AUGGAUGGCAGCGACGGAGAGGAAGAAGAAACAGAGGAAAAGGAGGGACUGACAGGUGGGGAAGGAAGGAAGGAAGGAAGGAAGGAAGGAAAGAAGGAGGGAAGUAAGGAGGGAUGGGAGGGUGGUCAAAGAGUAAAGGAUGGAGUGACAGAGGAGAUUUGACAGACAGAAAGCAGGAGAGAGGAUGUUGGGUGGAGGGGUUUUAUCUGCGACAUCCCUUGUCAUCAUAUAUGUAGAUGCUGUUUGAAGUUUGCAGUGUGCCGCUGCGCCUGUAACACAUCCCCCCCCCCACCUCCACCCGCGUUAGAUUGACUAAAAAACCCCGAGCACCUUACUGCGCCCAGUUAGGCUGCGGCGGCUAAUCGUUCUUGGCAGAACAUACUCUGCUUUAAUUUUAGCCAUAAUGACGUUGAGAGGGGCGAAAUGAUACUUUAAAGAGCAGAGGAGAGUGGAGGCAAAAAAAAAAAAAAAAAAAGAAGAAGAGGGAGAAGAGGGGAGUGAAAAGAGUGAAAAAGGACAGAGAAGAGAGGAGAAGAGUGAGGGAGAGAGAGAAGCUGUGAAGGUGAUUAGUUGUACUGGCGGAUCUUGGCGGUGGAGGAGGUUGGAACACUAAUCCUUGCUUUGGUUGGAGACAUUUUCGCGCAGUAGGUCCCUUCUUCCCGCCCCCUCUCAAUUUUAAGCCCCGUGUCAAGCUCAAGCCCUUCUUUUCCACAGCGCUCACUUGCUCUCAUUUCCUCUGCCUUCUGGCAAGCCCUGCUAUUUAUAAGAAAAAUCAUUUUUCUUUCUCUCUCCCUCUCUCCCUCUCUUUCUCCUUUAAUUCUUUCCUGGCGUGUUUGAUUUUCUGCCCUGCUUAGAGAAGGUGCCCAGAUGAGUGGCAGCCAGCCAGGGCUCGUCUCUUCUCCCGCUCUUCCUCUCCUCCCCUCCCCUCCCCUCUCCUCUCUUCCCUCCUCAUCCUCCCUCACAUGUGGCUUUUAACGGGGCUGCCGUGAGCACACAAACACAUAUCAAAUUUACAUUGAAUAACAGUAGCGGGCUGCUGCUGCUGCUGUAUAUUGAUGACUAGCUCACGUUCGAAGCAUUCCUGCUGCUUUGCAUAACCAGUGUAGCGAUGUGAAUUGGCCCUCUGCCCAGACAAUAAGCCAUAGAUUUUACAGUAUGACAUCAUUUAUCCAGUGCAUUAUUUGAUUGUUUUGGCUGCUUUCUAAUUUGAUGGAUCUAGCCGUUGUCUCCUAAAAUCAUCAGCAUCACUUUUUUCGGCUUAAUCCGUUCAGCUGAAAAAGGAGGGAAAUAUAUGUAUUUAGCACUCGGCAGCCGGUGAAAGCUUUACCACGGCUACGACUGCUUCAAAUGCACGUUAUUGAGCUACGUUAAUCAGGACAAAAUGGCAUAUAUUGUAGCUUUGGCCUGCUUCAGUGCACAUAAAGAAAACUGCACUUUUCACAUUUACAUUCAUGCCAAACACCGCAGGGCCUGUCAAUGCUUGGGGCCAGAUAUCAUCCAAACUGCCAUUGAUUUGUUUGUCCUUUGGCCCUUUUCCAUGGUUUGGGAAAUGAAUCAUGGCUUCGCUUUUUUUUUUUUUUUUUUGUUGUUGUUCGUCUUGGCAUCAUCUGUUUAAUCCAUACACUCCUCGUUUUCCAUAAAUAACAGGGCAGAACUCGGCUUGGACCGGCUUGUAACGCUGAGUGCUUUUGUUCUCGAAAGGAUGACAGCAGUGCUCGAGGUGCUUCACAAACACACACAGAAACGCGCACACACAAACACAUCCUUAACCGUGCUUUAAGAGGUAAAUUGAAUUUUGAGUGCACCGAAAACAUACACUUCUACACCGCGAGGCUACAAGUUCACAUCUAUAGCAUUAACAUGGCAGGAAGCGCGGCGCACAUGCAUGUCGGAAAUGUGAAACUAACUCAUCAGUUGUAAAAAAGAGAGGCAGUUUUAAAGGUCCAGGUUACUCAUGAUGUCUCAUUGUACUCAUAACCUCUCUGCUCUUCUUUCUUUCUACAACAUUCCUCGGCAACAGUGGGCAAAAUUAAUUCCUCUGACCUUUGAAUGGCCUGAACAGCAUCGGGUCAAAUUCCAGCGUUCAUUACGCUGCUGUUUUAUUUCACUGUAAAAUAUGUGCAACUGAAUAACGAGAGCUCUGGGAAUCACUGUAUAGAUUUUUAUUUCAUUAUCCUGGAAAAAAUGGAGAAAAUAAUUAAAGGAGAAUAAACAGCCACCUGAUCAGAUGGAGGGUUUUAAGAGGAACUUUAAAACAUGACUGAAGUGCUGGUGUUCUCCAGUGUGUGUGUACGUGGCGGGAAAUAAGAGAUGCAACAUAUGGAGUUCAUGUGAUGGUGGAGGUUGUCAUUAAAUGAUCUGUACGUCUCUUUGUGUACGUGCCUGAAUGUACAUGCAGAUGCACACAUGUGCAGACAGUUUGCAUGCACUUACGAUUUUUUUAAAAUCUCAUUACCUUUGAGCUUUGAAACUGUUUCAGCAGCAGGAUUUCUCUGUAAUCUCUUUUUAAUUUGGAGCUGGCUGCUAUACAUCAACCUUAAACUUCAAGUCUCCCACUUUUUUUUCCAAGGAGGGGGGGCUGGCUACGGCAUUGUAUGCAUUUUUUAGAGGUAGGUUUAUAAUGCACACUGACGCAAUUGUGCCAGGUGUGCGCCAUAGACGUAAACACUGUGUAAGCGCGGUAAUUGUUGCCACUUAGCAAGCUAAGCUGUGUGGGUUUACCUCCAAAUAACCUUCCCCAGCCAAGGAAUCUGUGGCCAACAGCUGCCACGCCGCCGUGUCAGGACUCCGAGCUCUGUAUUGUAAUACGAUGUAGGUGGGGAGAAAAAUUAAAAUCUUACAAUGUUUACACUUCAAGAUAAAAGAAGGUAGAUUGAAUCUUGGAUAACCUUACACAUAUGUUUGUAUGACGCAUGAGCCGCUUUUAAAGUAGAAUAACAGACUUAGUGACUAAACCUUGGAGAAAGAGCCAAAAGUUGGCCUACACAUUCUCUUGAAUAAUAGGAGAAGAACUAUAGCUGCAACUUUUAAGACUUAACUUUUUUUUAUCUGCAUUACCCGCAGAACUAUAAUGCUAAAGCUUGUUAAUCUAACAGCUUAUCAACUAUGGAUAAAGAAAGUUUUGAAGCGCCUUUUUCUUUUUACUCAGCUGUCUGACUGACUUUUUGUCUUGGACUGCAACAUGUGUGAAAACUCAUUACGUCAUUUUUAAGUUGGACAGUGUUUACAUCUGGCUUUUCAGCAAUGUCCAGGAAAGUUCUGUAACAAUGAAAAGCCAUCAUGGUUCUUAAAUCAAAUGUUAAAUAUGAACUUUGAUCCACUCAAAGCCCAGCAUCUGCAGUAUAAAGUUACUGAGGGACAGCCUUCCCUGAUCACACACGGCUGCGUUAACAAAACAGAUUGGUGGCUGACUCCGUGAUUUCAAAAAUAGUGACUAUUAAUACAUCUAUAGUCUCUGUUUGUAUGUGCAGGGCUUAAUGGACUAGCUUGUAGUUAGAACUGUUUAACUUUGGGAGGAGUUUACUAAUAAAUCGGCAAAGAAAGCGGUACUAAAAAGUUACACCCAGAGAGACCUUCAAAAUCUGUUUUACACUGUGAAACAGCCACAGUUUUAUCUGACUUCGGCUCAGAUUAGACUGAUUUAUACUAAAACAGUGUUUUCAGGUUUACUGUGACACCAUUCUUUUGGUAGAGAUAAACGCUAAGUCAUAUAUCAAUAUGUUUAUUAUGUGACUAACUUGAGAGAGUAACCUUACCAGUGGAAGUUACCAAACUUAAAGAGACAUCAACAUCUUAAGUCAAUAGUGUUCCGAUGUCAUACAAAAAAAGAAAAGCAAACUAGCUGUGGUAAAUACUGGAUGCUGAUUGGUCAUUAUACAUUCCAUAGCAUUGGUCUGUUAGCAGAACGCUGCCCUAGAGAACAGGUUUGUAGGAAAAUUGUUAGGGGUGCAGCUGUCACAGGCUCAGAAAGACCAGUUGUGACAGGAAACAAAUCCUGUAAAUUUGUUGUUUUUUCCGCAUCUAAAAAAAGGGAGGGGGGGGGUAAAAAAUGUAAUAAAACCAGUAAACACGAAACAAAGUCACUAAACCUGAAUAAAUGUUUGCUAAAUAAUGAAAUAUUCCCACAAAGGAAAUUUGGAUGUCUGUUGACCCAUGUACAGUGAUUAAUAAAUAACCCAAAAUCCAACUUUUAUAUUACAAUAACAGUAAGUUUAUUGAUAAAUUUAUAAUUCUGAUUUGUUAAAAUCAAAUAUUCAUGGUUAUCUUAGCAAUUUAAAUAUAUUUUUUUAUGGAUUUAAAAAAAAAUAAUAAUGGUGACAUGGUCCUUGUCAGAGGAUGAUGCAAAUGUGCUAUUGGAAAUUAUUCUAUUAUUAAUAUUAUACUAUUAUUCCAUCUAAUGCUAGUAUUAUCUCAGUAUUUUGGUCUGACUUGGAGAAAUUUUACUGUGAAAUCUCAGUCAGACAACCUUGUUUACAUGUAAUUUAAAAGCAUAGUUAUAGCAACAAAUAGAGGUUUUAGCAUCAUGUUAAUGGGCUGAGCGUCAACACACUGAGGGGAAGUGUGCAGCAGUUCUUUAUGCAGACUGAUUCUAUAUGAUGUGUGUUAUCAUGUUGUCACUGGCCUAGCUUCAGCAUCAAAGAAUUGAUCAUGGUCGUCAUUGGGUUUUGACCAAUCUGAACACAGCUGAUAAGGACGGCCUAGAAAAGGGUCAAAAUGACAGAUGCCAAUGAUAUAUGUUACAGCUAAUUACAGGAGUUUGGAUUUGAGAAAGGCUCAAUUCAUUAUCAUUCCCUAAAAGACCUGAUCGAGAACAUCUCUUCAUAUUUGUCAAAACUUUAGUCCCACCAGUCAGUAAUGGACUCCAAAGGUGUCAGAUGAAGCUUGAUUGAUAACCCCCCAGAGCCAGAGACUGCAAAUUGUCUCUUUGCUCAAAGUAACUUUACACAUCCAAAAGACGUGAGGAAAAUCUCUCCUAAUCCUCUCACCUUUGAGCGUCUGGUAAGAGUGCAGUGUGAAUAAUGUGCUCAGUCUGCCUAAAAAAAGAAGUCAUCACAUCCAAGAUUUAAAUUUUUUUCCUCUUUUUUUUGGAGUGACCACUGGGCUCUCGCAGUCACCGUCUGGCAGUGUCCUUGCCAGCCGCCAAACUCCAUCAAGUCAGCCCGACAGCUCGGGCCGGAAGAGUGCCGGACGAUAAAUGGAGUGAAACUUUUAGAGCUGUGUGUCAAAGGAGGUGAAGGGAGAUGGAGGAGGAAGAGGAGGGAGUCAGUCUUCAUCUUUUAAUGGCAGCGAGCGUGUGAAGGGAGGACGCUGGAGAAGGAGCGGGAAGGUGGAGGGAGGGAGAGCCAGUGAGCGAGCGAGCGUUUAGUUCUGAUAGAUAUUGAUAGAGAUUGUAAUGAAUGUGGUGAGGGCAUGGCACCCUAAAGCGCUGCAGUGGUAAUGCAGGGUGACAGUGUAUUUGUACUAAUAACCCUUAAAAGUGGUGAUAAAAUACUCCACUCCCCUACUGGAGCUUGCUGAUGGAUGUGCUGGGAGUGAUUAAACCACAUUAGGCUGCAGGUCCACUUACCCUGGGUGUGUGUGAGUGUGUGCAAGUGAAAGUGUGUGUGAGGGAAGUGCGUCUGAAUGUCUUAAAACACCACUCCCCUCAGGGAUCAGGCUAUUCCAGGUAGAGGGGCAAGUGUGCAGCCAUUGCCUCUGUAUGUGUGUGGAAGAGUUGUGUUUGUGUGGGGCACAGCAUGCUGUACGUAGCAUAGGAGAGUCUGCAGAAUGACAUGUACUGUACAUCAUUUGGAUCCGUGACGCUCUACACUCCGGUGUAUUCCCAAAGGUUGUGAGUGUGGUGUCAGUGUCAUUGUCAUCCAACACGUUGCUGUGUUUUGCUGUUGACAGGAAAGCACACUCCGCUACUGCUUUUUUUUUUUUUUUUUGUCUUCUUGUACCACAGGAGAUGUUUUGACUCAACAUUGAGCCAGGGGAGAAGCCUGCGGCAAAGACCACUGUAUGAGCCUCACAGGGAAUAGCACUGGUCCUGCAUCAUCUUUCUGCGUGUUUUCACUUGACAGUCAACCACACAAACACACAACCACAAAUAUACUCGUACAGCAUCUGACACGCACACAUAGCAAACUCAUGCACGUAAAAGAAAGUGGCUGCAAAUUUAUUAAUAGAUAGACCCUUGAGAUAAACCAUGCUGUUUUUGAGGCGGGGUUCAAUGUCAAAUCGGUGUGUGUUUUGAAGGUUAAAUCCAGAGGCCGAGGUAAUUAAAAAAGGUGACAUGUUCAAGGGUGAACCAUCAGUGAAAUAAGUGGAUAAGUUUGGGGAGUCGCCAAGGCGUCAUCCCUUCCCAAACAGCAUGGUACAUGACUUUUUAGUGUUAAAGUAGUUUUUUUUUUUAAACUGCUUCUUAAAAUCUUAAUUCAUGGAAAAUGGAAAAAUGUGGAGAAAAGAGAGUGUAGGAAGAAAAGCAGCAAAGGGUCAUUGGCUGGGCGUUGGACUAGAGACCACUACAGCAAGGACUCUGGUCUCUGAAUAGGAGGUGUAAAGUGCUUGGGGAACAAGCACCCCCUUCAAACUUCAAAGCUAGGUCAAACAUGUUUUCUAAAGAUAGUUUCAGUUACAGAUCUGUUAUUACGAGACAUACAAAUGUCCAUAUCAUCAGCAAAUAAUCAAAUCUAACAGUUGGAGAAGAAACUGGGAAUGUCUUUAAUAAAUAUGGAAAGAAGCAGAGGACCUAAAGAUGAGCCCUGUGGUACCUCAUUCUGUAUUACAUAAGCAUUUUGAAACAGCUGAGACUAAUGCUGCGUUUGAGUUACCUCAGAAGUCAGAUGGAUGUUGGAGCUGAAAAUGACGUCACACCCGAGUUACCAGUGUUUCAGUUACAGAGUCAGAAAAAAGCAAAAUCGGAGGCGGAAAAAAGAUGCCUUGUCCAUGCUUAUAAUCGGACAAGGCAAGCGCUAACAUAACUUUCGUAGUUGUAGCUAUCUUUUUUUCUCCCUCUGAUUUCACUUUUUUCCGACUUGGUAACGGAAAUGUUGGUAACUUGAGUGUGACGUCAUUCCCAGCGCCGACAUCUGACUUCUGAGGAAUGCAGCAUAGGACACAGGCCUGUAUGUGACAGUAUGAGUUAAAGCAAAGUUCAGCUUAUUUUGAGACAUUAAUAAAUGAAGUUUGUCACAGAGUAAAUAUCUAAAGUCUCGGUAGGUGAAGGAAGAUUGUUCCUGUGAGUGUUCUGAGACAGUGUUCUCAGAAGUGUUAAACACAUUAUUUCUCAUGAAGCUGUGGUAGUCGACAAUUUAGAUCAGAGACCAGAGUGGCGUGGUUGUGGAGUACUAAAGCCAGUCAAAUAGCACAGAAGUUAAUUAAAAAUAACUUUUUAUAAAACUUUUAGCUACAGAGUUAAUAUUUGAAAUCGGGCAGUAAUUAUAAAUGUCACGGUGGUCACCUCCUUGUGAAGCGGCACACUUUCAGCAGAAAGUAGGUGCACAAGAUGAGAGAGAGAGAGAUGGAAUAAGUCAGAAAUUUGGUACAUCAAAACAUGAGCUUUAAGUUUAAUGAGUUUAGUCUCAGUGCCCGCAGUUCAACAGGUAAUGCGUUGGAAGAAAAUGAGUUUCUACAAUUAGUAAAAAAAUCUCCAACCAUCACAGAAGAGCUUCCUUUACAGGAGAGGUGCUGUUUAAGAACAGAGAGAUCAUAAAUCAUUUCAUUAUAAUCUGGCUGCUAGUGCUUUUCUUCUAAUUACCCAAAACAUUGUUUAUAUUUCUCUCGAUCAGUUUCAUGGUAGUCUAUAUUUUCAUACAGGAGUUUUUCCAAUAGAAAUAGAAUUUGGCAUUUUUGUCUUGCGUUGGCUUUUUAAAGAUCUUGAUGUCUCCUGAUCAGUAGGAUCCCCAGUGUCCCUAAAGAUCCUCCAGAUAUGUCCUAUUGCUCUAAAAGACUUAUCAGAUGUGAGCUGUUUACCUUUGACUUUGAUUGUCUCUCUUAGGGACACAUUUAUCCAUGACUGUGGUGAGUUAAGAGUAAAAUAAUUACAAGCUUCCUGUCGGUGGGGUAAAAACUAAAACCUUUCCCAAUUCAUUAAGAUCAAAUCUUGUGUUAAAUUUGAUUUGGAUAUUUAUAAAUCCACCUGAGUAUUCUGUCAUACUCGGGUGGAUUUGGAGGAAGGCUGUCAAAUUUUUAUUUGACCUCAAGUACCAACCAAAAAUAAAAAAUACAACCAAAAGUAAAAAGAAUUACUUGAUGUAAAAACGAUUUUUAACAAGCAGAAAAACACUGUCUCUUAAAGCACAAAAAACUCAUCUUCUCUGCAUUUGAUUCUCGAGGCCUUGCAUCACUGCUGGCACCCAGGCAGGUCCGAUCUGCUUUUAAUGACCCUCCUGGGAACCCUUACCUGAUGGGCCAGCUUAGCAAAUGUGUCCAGGUGCAGCAACAUAAGCAUUUCAUUAAAAAUUGAAGCCAACGUUUUGUAGAAAAAGCUCUCAGUGGCUGCGGUGUGGUGUAAAAGAAGAUGGAGAGAGGACGGCAUGUUUAAAAAAAAAAAAAAAAAAAAAAAAGAGCGAGACGCUUUGGCACGAGUCCAAAACUAGAUGUAUGUGAGCUUCUUCUUCUUCUUCUCCUUCUUCUUCUUGUCUGUCUCGUUUCCUCCCAUCCUCCCCCUCUCCUCUCACUCACUCCCUUUCUCUCUGCUUUCUCUCUCUAAUCACAGCCUGACUUUACUUGACCUUUCUGUGGCUAAUUAGUCGGCUUGUGGAAAAGGAUUGUGGGUAGUAUAUUUCCAGUGAAGAUGAUGAUGAUGAUGAUGAUGGCGACGCUGUGGUCUUUAUACGACUUGCAAAUGUGCCGGUGAUUAAUUUACUCUUCUCCCUUAAACACACAAACUAUAAAACACGCUGGGCUGUGAUGACCUGGGUAUUGCCAGCGGGUGUAAAGGUGUGGCGGCGGAAACAUGACACGACUUUGAUGAAUGGUUUUAUUUUUACCACACGGACAAACAGUCAGGGUGCAAGUUCUGAUACUCCUCAAUCUGUUUUUGUUUAAUUUCUUUGCAGAAAACCUUUCCUAUGAUCACACUCUUUCGAAUCAUUUCAGUAAUUUGGUGUCACUUCAGCAGCUUUGAACACAUGCUUUAUUAAAACUGGAUGUAUGAUGGUGCUGUUUAGACUUAGAAAUAAUUAAACUAAUGCCAGUUAUUUGUCUCACGGGGGAAAUCACAGAUGAUUGCGUUAGUUGUAAUGAGUGGGUGGAAAAGCAAUGAAAAAAAAAAGAAGAUAUUUUUUAUUACUUUAUUCACAUCAAAUGUGUUUUUGUUUUCAUACACACAGAGAUACUGGAGAAUAUGUGUUUGUGUGCGCGCUUGUGCGUGAACAGCUGGAUAUGAGUCAAGUCCUGAGCUGAUGAUGCCUGUUCUUGGCGUGUUGACGUGUGCCUUCAGGUGCAUAGUGUUCUCCAUUUCACGCAUAAAAGAGUUAGCUCGCGCUACACAAACACACACGCACACAUAUGGAAGAUACACACACAGGGACAAGGUAAAUGCAUGCAAAACAUCCGCCCACAUACACAGACACACAGGGGGAAAGCAGAGGUAAAAGCAGGUGUGUGUGUGUGUGUGUGUGAGAGACGCUCAAAGUGGAUCCUGUGUGAUUGACUGUGUGUGUCGGCUGUUUCAGCGUCUGCUGCCUCAUUAUCACGACUUACAAAAGCUGUUUUUCAGAUUAAUAAUUGAUCUUACUUUAGCUGAGAAAGGAGCGCUUAAAUCAGGUUCAAGUGGAUCACAGUUUAUAAAAGAAAAACUUAAAUAAACAAGUUUAUAAUUACGGUCUCUAUAAUGGUGCUGAUAUGCAGUGUGUAAGUGUGUCAAUUGCACAGAAGCAUAGCUACAUAUAUUUGUUACAAUUUCAUGCAUUAUAACACAUUACUACUUCAAGACACAAACUGCAAAACAUCCAAUAACUUUCAUUGAAAUUAUGUGCUAAAAUUAUAAUCCUGUAAUGUAAAUUUAAUUAUAACGGGAAGACAUUUUUCAAAAUAAGAACCUGCCUUACUAAGAACAAGAGCUCAAUUAUUUUUUUUAAUAAUAAAUUAUAUAUGAAGAAUAAUAAAAAUUCAAAAAAUACAAGAUGCAAAACACUGGAUAGAAAAUAUCAUCUUUAAUAUCUUUGAAACCAAUUCAUACACAUUUGAUCACUUUGGGCUAUCUAUGCAAUGUAAAAUAUAUAGAUUAUAUAUAGUGUGUAUAGUAAACAAUAUUGAGAGUGUGUUAGUGUGUGUGCCAAGACAUAACGUUUGAAGUGUUUAUGUAAAGAAAGUUUACACCAUCAGAUAUCUGGUUAGAUAGAUAGAGUAAUAGGGAGGUUUACAAAUAUGAAGGGGGCACAUAGGGAUUUGUUACCAUAGGAUUCAGCCCUCAUUAUGAGGAUAUUUAUUUAUUAAUCUAUUUCAGAAUCAGAACUGGGUUUAUUGCCAAGUAGGUUUUACACCAAUAAGGAUUUUGUGCAAAAGCAACCAACAGAGAAGAACAAUAGAAAUAAAAAUAGAAAUACUUAAUGAGCCAAAAGCUUUCUCCCGAAAAGUCAUCUUUUCAGGGAUCUUUAUGGCCAAAAUUAUGCAAAAAAAUAAAUCUCAUGUUUGAGAAAUUUGAGCCAAACAGGUUGGAGAAGGAGAAGAAGAAGAACUUUAUUGAUCCCCGAAGGGAAAUUCAAUUGGAUGAUGCUCAAAAAGGUUUGUGGGGUCAGGUCACAAGAUUUCCCAUAUUUAUGAUGAUAAGUAAGAGCUGCCUAGACGCAAACAUCACAAAAUCCAGAGUGAGGAAAACAACUGGGUACUCAAAAACAAAAUGAUGUGUGGGAUUCAUAUCUAAAAUACACCCACUCUUAUUUUAUGAAUGCAUGUCACUGUUUGCUAUAGUUAAAAAAUAUUCAUGGAUUAAACUAUUCAAAGGAAAAUCUGCUCAAACUUUUCCAGAUAUAUCAUCUAUUUGUGAGAGGUGAGGAAGAAGGUAAACGACUUUAGAGCUAUGCUUUUGUCUAAAAUCACAAUGUUUUGAGGUUGACCUCUUAGCACUGUAUUUAUGACAUGACUUUGUCAGGAAGAGAAGGUGCCAGGGCAUAAAUGAUUUAUUUUUAUCAUCACAGGUGAGGGAAACUAGGAUGACUGUAAGAGUCCAUAACUGACAAAAGCCCUGAAAAACUACAACAACAGUUAUGUCCGUCAAUACUCAUCUAAAAAUUUCACAGGGCCCAAAACCUGAGGUGGAAUCUCUGUGUAUUGUAUAUAUAUUUAAGUAGUGAUAAAAUAUCUUUCACAUGUCAACAAAAUCCUUUCUCAUCAAUUUGCAUCCUUAACCUGCAAACACAGGGAUUGGAAGAAGAAGGUGGCAUUCAGUCCAGUGUGCAGGAAGUCUGACAUUUUUAAUCUUGACAUGACUGAUUUUGAGUGACUCUUUGGCUGCAUGACAGUAUGUGUCAGGUAGUUGGUGGGGCUGGGGCAUCAUUCAUUUUAUUUGUGUUAUCAGGGGUGGGAUAGAGGAGAAAUGUUAGAAAGAUUUUAGAGGUACACAUCGGACAUCCCUAAAAAGACACAAGAGCACUAGUUAUGCCUUUCAAUACCCAAAAGUGGCACCUCUAUAUAUGUUAUACAUUUUUAAUAAAUCAUUCUGCUGCAGCUUUUACCAACAACCUUCAUCCUCAACCUGCAAAAUGCCCCAAAUAAGUGGAGUCCAAAGAGAAGGAGGUAUUCAAUAGUUAUAAUAAAGGUAAUUAAAAAAAAACAGUCUUCACCUGAAGAAAGCAAUAAUAUGUGAGGUCUGUCAAAGCUUACAUUUUCAUCAUAUUUCACAUUAAUUUUGAUGUUGUUUUGGGGAGCCGCACAGACAUGAAGAAAAGUAUGUUUCUAAUAAGAAAGACAAAAACUGAUUUAACCAAAACAUGGAUCCAUGACUGACUGAAUGAAUAAAACCUUUUAAGGAAUUUGACCUUACACUGAGAGCUUAAACACACAUAAAUGACAAAGACAUCAUACAUGACAGCUCGCAAACAGUGAACAGAUUUAUAAAAAAGUGACAUCAUUAGAGGAUUGCAUGGUUACUGAAGAGGAAUGCCAAAUACAACAAAGUUCAGACUGUGCUUAUAAUUCUAGUUAUUCUCCAGCUAAAGUAAAACUUAAACCAAUUAUUUAAAAAAGAUUUUAGAAGUUAAUUAAGCCGGGAUGUCUAAGUGUCAUCUGCAAUAGAAAAAAAGGUUUUUAUCAAUCAUAGUCAGGUAACUUCUCUGAGUAUCUUCAGAUGUAUAAACUGAAGGUUAUGUGAGGCUACUGGAGAGGUGAAAAAGAAAUAAUGGCUGAUAAUAAUAAUAAUGGCUAACUAUUUGACAUUAUUUCUAUAGAUUAAUGUUCCAAUGAUCAUCCGUUUUGUAUAAUUUUCUUUGGCGUGUAAGAAAAAUUCUAAAGUAACUCUGGUAUUUGUCAAUGUUUCGCAGUACGUAUACAUCAUUAUUUUCGGACAGUAAGAGUAUUCAUUAAACAGCAAUGCACCUGUAAAUUUUGAAACACCAAAUAUCUACAACACAGGUAUACCGUGUGCAUGUUUUUGCCGCAUGGAUUUUUUAUGAUGAAAUUCAUAGUGAUCAGUGUUUCACAGGAAAAAAAAAGAUGUGAUUGGAAAGAAGUCAGAAAAGCAUCUUAAAAACCACCAAGUUCCCAAAUGUCAACUCAACCACUUAAAAAAUAUAUAUUUUGUGCCCACCCUGAUCAUAUUUUCAAUUAUGUAUUUAAAGACUUAGUGAUAAUAUUCUUAUCCUCCUAUCUUAUCUUGAAUAAAUGCUGCUUAGUGCAGAUCUGGUGCAUUAUGGGUAAUAUGCAAUAUGAUGACUGAGGAUUUUUUUGGUAUAGGUUUCUCUGUUUAUGCCUGAAUUAUUGUUGGUUUUCCUUUUCUAUCCAUCCACAGUAAAUUAAAGGCAGUUAAGUGCAGCAUUGACAUACAUAACAAAGUCGCCAAUACAUCGACAACGUCUAUCAUAUCGCAUUAUAUCGUGUCAUAUCGUAUAAUAUCGCAUUGUGUUGUAUUGGAUUGCUCUGUAUCUUCUGGGUCUUGUCAUAUUGCACUGUAUCGUAUCAUACUGUAACCAUAUUGAAUUUUACCAUAUCACAUUGCAUCCUAUCAGCCAGAGGUUUAAGGCCACUGACCCUUUGAGGAGUGUUUUCCUUUUUCCUGUGUUCAUACUUGCAUCCUCAGAUCUCACUUUUCCUGUUGGUUUAAUUUACUGCGCUCCUCCUUGGCAUUGAUCAUUCAGCAAGCAGGCAGCUUUGCACACCGCACCUUCCAUAAGUGGCACACUCUGCUCCAUCAAAUCACAAUUCAUCUUUUCACAGCCUCAGACGCCUCAAACAAACAAAAUGCAUUUUCAGUUUUUCAUCCCAGCACUCAAGGAAAUACCUGCUACUCCCCAUCAAACGUGCAUCAAUUCUCUGUUGAUGUGAGGAGAAAGGACAAUCUAUAGUUUGCUGGAUUUAUUCAAUUUGCAUUCGUAAUUGCGUGCAAUUUACAAACUCAUUAUUUUACAAUUUAGUGCAUUUAACAGCAGCUGGAGGGCAGAUAAUGGUGGGACUAUAGGGGGUUAACAUGGGCCCCAGAUGGACCCAAACAUGAUAUAAAGCUUGAAAAUGGAUGUUUGCGUGUGUCUGAGUUUAAAAGUGGAUAAUAGUGUAAAAGUAAAAACAGAAGAUAGCUGAUACUUGGAAAAAAAAAAGCUCAUUUUGAUGCAGGUAACGCUGCUUCAACAACAGAAUAGAGUGAAUCUAGAAGAUACCGGCUCUGAAUAAUGCAUCACACAUGUACAGUCACACUCUAUCGAUUAUUUCAUAUUGAGUUUUGAUCAACGCUUUUUCUUUAAAGUUUAAUGAAGACAUCGCAACGAGCAAGCCAUACAUAGGUAUAAAAGAAACCAGUAGGAAAUUUAUGGCAUAUUGCAGCCCAGUCCAACAACUCUGUGAAACCACUUUAGUCACUGAUACUUUGAAGGUGACAUAGCCAUACAGCCUAACAGCUCUUUGAGCUUUUAUUACAUUUGGCAUGUCCACAAAGCUCAUGAAAGAGCUCUUUUUCUGCAGCAAAGGUGGGCGUCUCGCUGCUUUUUUGAGGCCCCUUCGGAUUCUGGCUUGAUCUGCGGGUACGGCGGCCUUGUUAGGCUCUAAUAAAGUCUGCAUGUUUUCAAUGUGUGAUGCUGUACUUAAAAUUGGAUUGCCUCGGCGUGUCGCACCUUGUGAGUGUUUGUGUGAUGGCCUCUCCCUUCUCUCUCCUCUCAUAACUGAUUGUUUACUGAGUGCUUUCCACCUUUUUUUUUUUUUCUCCCCGAGCCUGUAAGUAUAAAAUUUUAAUUAGAGAACACUGACAGGUCUGGCGCAUGAUCCACAGCCUUGCAUCCAUCACAGGAGAAAAGGAGGGAGAGGAAGACAGAAAGAAAAAGAGAGAGGGUGAGAGAGAGACACUUUCUUCCACAUCUCUCUCUACUUCUACAUCUCCACCCCCCCCCUCGGUCUCCCCUCUCCUGACGGGAGCGCCGGACUUGAGCAGCAGGUGCCAUAUUACUGUGUACAGAAAAGCAAUUAGGCAGCAUAUUGGAUGAAUGAGGAGUGCAUUAAUAUUAGCAAGUGCAUUUGUCAGUGGCGUUUGAUGCGAGUCCUUUUCUUUUCUUUCUGCAACAUUAAGAUUGUGGCGCUCAUAAAUUCACUGCUUAAACCACCAUCUGCUGCGCUGUCAGCCCACACCGAGGAGAGAGGAGAGGAGAGGGGAGCCAUUUAUUCCCUUCUGUCUCCCUCACUGGGGAAAGAGAGUGAAAGACAGAUAGAUAAGAAGAAAAUGCAUUCAUUCCCUCCCUUUCUUUGCCUUUCUCUUUUUUGUUCCACUGGGAAUGACAGUGUAUUAGGAUUUAUGGAGAUGCUUGGCGCACACCAAGCGACAAUGCUCUUAAAUCUGGCUCUUUUCCCUUUUGUCUGGAGUGCUACCUUCUGCUUACCGACACAUGCGUAGACACAUUGCUCCUCAUUGUGCUCAACAAGGAGAUAAAUUCUUAUGUGUGCGCCAAUUCAAACAAGCUUAGGGAAUAACUUACAAUAAACAGGUGGUUUGGGGAUCAUAACUCAGCAUCGUGUGUGGCGAGAGGUCGGGCUCUUCUGUGACCUCUGCUCUUUCUUUUCUCUCUGGUCUCCGAUAUUCACCACAUUUGUUCUAAUAUUCAAAGAAUGAGAUGAAGAUAUUCUGUAUUUUUAUGAAUGAGAACAAUUCCCUCAGAAGACCAAAAACAAACUUAUCUGUAGGGUCUGGAAAGCUUAAUCCUUAUUGAACUCCUCUGGGAUUGAAUGACAUGCUCUCUAAUUGUCGUUGAUUUUAUAUUAUUUCGUCCUCUCUUCUUAUUUCAGUCAUCGAGUGGAUCUUUAUCCUUAAACCAAAUUGUUACGAUUUUAAGAGAGAGGACACAAUUCAUAGGGAAUUCAAAGACUGAACUAAAAGGAAUUUGUUGACAAUGUACCAACACAAAACAACACACAUCUUUUCUUUUCCAUGUGUUUCACCAAUUUUUCAUAAUUUUAUACCUACAUCGAUAAUAUGAUCUCAGAUGAUACACUGUUUUCUUAAUCUUCAACGAAAACCUCCAUGCUAUGAAUUUGGAUUUCCCCCAUUACGAGUCACAAGGGUCGAUAAUAGCAGGUUUUCCAACAACCAUGGUCAGGUGUAGUCUAAGCACACUAAUUUGCUCACCACCUUUGACAGCAAACAGAUCAGAAAAUGUAUUAAGCUCAUAACACUGUGUCUUCAUCAGAGUUUGCCGUACGUCUUUGUCCAUUUUGACUCUGAUGAAGACACCAAAUAUGUCAAACUGUGAGUCUGCACUGACACAUUCUGCAACUCAAUCAGCCUCGUUUUCAUUUUUCACUGGCAGUUUGGGGUGAAGCUUGGGUGCUUACAUCGCCGUGCACUCUGUGCAUCAUUGCAUAAACCUUUUAUCAAAUGCAUUGUGUGAAAGUAUUUUUAGAGGCGAGGAAGAUGAGGCAUCUCUGAGCUGCUGGCUGGCUCUACUAUUGCCGGCAUUGUGCCGCCGUGUUGUUGCCUUCUCUGGGGGCAAUCGUCUAAGUGUCACAGCACCUCUGGGUACGGUGGGUGGUUGGGUGUUCAGUGUGGAGGUGGGGUUGACAAUGUCCCCCCUCUCCCCCUCCACCCCACCUUAAUUCCCCCUCUCAACCCCCUAUUAAAAAAUAGAGGAAGAAAGAAAGAAAAACAGAAAAGUGUCACUGAAAGAUUACUGUCACACCGCUGUCACCGUGACGGUGCCCUGCGGGCAGUACGGGGGUGGGAUUGGUGGGGGUCGGAUGGUUGGAUGGGGAAGUGGGGGGCAGUUGAGCGCCACUCUCCUUCUUUUCUCCCUCGCUCUCUCUCCCUCUCUCUUGCCCCCCUCCUCCCCUCCCACCCUUUGCUUUCCUUGGUGAUUAGCUCGCCCCGCAGUGAGCGCUAAGCGGCCUAAUCUGCAACUGUGAGGUGGUGGGUGUAACAGCAGAGAGACAGGACGACAGACACAGAGACAGUAAUAAUACACAAUCCUGGGUGAGAACAAACACAUAAAAACUCACACACAAUAAUCGUAAGAAUGCUUCCUUUUCUUUGAGUGAUCUUCAGAGCUUAUUUCGGAGGGUUGUUUCACAUUAUCAGAACAAGUGCCACGUGUUAUUGUAUAAUUAAUGCUUCCAAACCAAAUCCUCUUCACAUAUUUCCUGUCUAUUGUUUCUGAUAAACAGUCACCACAAUAAAGCUAGAGCACAUUACCCCUGAAGUUAAGCUAGCCAGGAAAAAAAAUAUAUGCUCAGUGACCACUGACAAGUUUUUAACCUAUAGGCUCUUACAAUGUCCGUGCAAUGAAGCACCCAGGUAGGCCUUUUUGCACUCAGAUCUGCUGGCUGUGGAAUAACCUGAAUGGGAUAAAUCAACUCCAAAUAGUUCUAUCAUGUGUAUUCCUGUGCUGUGAGUACACUGUGAGGCCUGACCCAGGCUGCACUGGCCUCUUCUCUGAUUUAUGCUAAAAAAUAGAGCAAAGAUGGGAGCUUCUGUCUUGCACAGUCAGCUUAUUAACUUAGCUAAUCAUUUCUUUUUACUUUUUACAUUAUCACAAGUUACUUAGAUCCAAACAGUCUUAAAAAGUCCAGCUUUUUGGGACAGAAAAGCCCAUAAAUGUAACAGACAUAGUCAGAGUUUAUCACCAAAAAGCUGCUGGUCUCACAAAGUGAGUGGAUUUUACAAUCAAACGCUGGUCAUACUAUUCAUUAGUAUUAAUAGUUUUAUUGUAGACACAGCAGCGUGGACCACACAAAUGAUCCUACUUUUUCAGAUGCCUUACAACUUUGUACAUUUCGGUCUUACAUUCGGGACAAUAGAGUAAUGUCUUGAUAUUUCUAGAGUUCUUUCUCAGAUAACCAACACUGACAGUACUUUUCCUCUCAAAAUACAUGUAAUAAUGUGUUAAUAAAAGUUUCAUAUUUCUGCAGUCUUAUACCUUGCUUAUGUAUGUUAAUAGCACACUAGUAGUUAAUUACAUUCAGAAAAAAAUAACUUGUUUAUGAAAAGCAGGUCUUAUCUGUUAGCCUACACUGUGACUCCAACUAAGUGAUAUGGGUAAAAAGAACAACACUGAAAUCACCGGUGCAAGCAACUUCGCCAAGUGUGUUGUGCCAGAAUCUUUGCUGGUCAAUCUUUGUCAUCUGCUGACUCCUGAAGCUUUUCAUAUUCUUUGUCUUCCUUGUGGUUAAUUUGCAAACAGUGAAACAAGUUAGUUAUCAAGCUGUCCUCAUUUGCAGCUGCUUUCUGACAGUCUGCGGAUUGACAUCUUUUGAGCAACAUCCGUUAAAGUCAGAACAUCUCCGUGUGAGUGACGAUGAUCCACAUUCAGCAAUUAAGAUUAUCCAUGUCAGUUCAGAGGCUGGUGGUGUCUUUGUUUUGUCUCCUGUUGCUGUUUGUUCACUGAUUUAUUACCUCAACCAGGCAGGGAGCUCCACUAGCUUAGCUUGCUUAGUCAGGGCAGGGGUGUGUCUACAUGGGUGGCCAAGUGGAGGAUUGACUGACCAUCCCAUCAUCCUAAACUGUACUUGAGUAUCAGUCUAGUUUGAGGCAGGACCAGGAAGUACAUAGACAUCCUCUCCGUUUUGAAGCUCUUCAUCUGCAAUAUUAUUGGAAAUGCUGACUUGACCUACAAUCCACCUAACAAAAGGCCAAGAGGAAGCAUUGAGGUGGACUUUAAGCUAGGGUGACCAUAUGUCCUCUUUUACCUGGACACGUCCGCUUUUUUGGGGGGCUGUCCGGGCAAGUUCAUAAAAUCCUUCAAAUGUCAGCAGUUUUGUACAGAAGUUUGGAGUUUGUGUUACGUUGACUUACUGAGUUAGAAGCGCAUAGAAGACACUCAGUCCGACCCGAAAAACUCUCAAACUUAACUUUGUGCGACUCCAUAACUCAGUCCCUACAUAGUUGUGUCCUCUUUUUGGGAAGCCAGAAUAUGGUCACCCUUCCUUUAGCCUCCUCAGUUGCUCAUGUCUGUGAAAAAACACCCUCUUUUUUCCCCCUUAGAUUGUCUAAUUUUCUAAAAGUGUGGCAAUACAGGUUCUCCUAGUUCGUCCUGAGGUAGCUGUAGUGACUCUUUGUUUUUGUUUUUUAAUAUGAUAGCAGCAGCGAUAAAUGUAAGUCCUGGAUUUUAUAAAAAGGAAUAAUUUAUAAACUGAAGUGGAAGACUGAGGCAGGUGUGUUUGAACAUAAGGGACAUUUUUUUUUCCUCUCCUGAAGGCAAUAGUUUUCCAGUAGGUAGUGAAAAAUCCUCCAACUAAAGUGGGCCGUCCUGGGGUACUUUAAUAAGACUCUAUACGCCCCCCUGCCUCGUCGCUCCCCUAUUCAACUCAUCUGGAUGCCAUCAUGGGCAUAUGGGCACCAUAUUGUAUCUGAUGGUGGCAAGGAGCAGCGUGUGGUAACAUGUAGGCUCUUGAAGUGUUGUGAAUUCAGCAUUUUGUGAGUGUAGCCUGUUUAUCUGCAGCAGUCCCUGUAGACUGCAGACCACUGACACCUUCUUAUGUACACAUAUAGUGUAGUCAGCCUUAAACAGCCACACAUGCAGACGCAGAUGUACUCGCCGAGGCACACACACUGAUUCUUUUAUAAAGCUGGAUCAGCCAUGCGAGAGCCCUACAUCUGCCUUAAAUCAAAACUGAUCAGUCUCCCCAAUCAACCAUUUUGGCUCCAUCCAAAAGUCUCCAUUUCCUGACCCGGCUGCUCGCCAUUAGUCAAAGACCCUCUCUGCUUCUUUUUUGAACAAUCCUUCCCUAAACAGUGCUACUGCCAGGUUUGUCAGCCGGCCUAGAUUUAGCUGCCUUGUCAGGAGAGCUGCUGUCCUAAUCUCUAUCACAGCCUCAACUCUGGCCUCGAGGAAUGAUCAGACACAGAAUGAGAGAGGGAGAAGAGAAGAGGGAGAGAGGCAAAUUUUGUGCCAGAAUUGCUUUUUUCCCCCCUUUCAAAUAAGCAAAUGUGUAACGUGGCAAAGGCCCAGUGCAGACCUACCCGCGAGAUGUUUAUGACUAGAAAGCUGCAGCCUCCCCUUGGUCCUUUGAAAGAGAAAGGGUUGGGGAGGGUGGGUGAGGGAAGGGGGUUAGAGGAGAGGCAGACUUGGCACAAUGCUCCGUCUAGUGUUCUGAAUUAGCGAGGGUCCUAUUCCCCCCCACCGCUGCCCCUCUGUACCUUCCCUCCUUUAUUUUCUUUGUCUUUUUAUCUUUGAUAUACUUUUUUUUCCCUCCUCCUCCAGAUAGCUAGCGGCAUGUCAUAAAGUAGGCUAAUUUAUGAAAGCUCCUCUGUGCUGGCCUGUGAUUUUAAGGAUCACAUUAGGAGCAUGUGCUUGUUUUUGGAGUAGUCAAAAAGUAUGCAUGAUUAUGUUUAUGUGAUUAUUUCCACGGCUUCAGGUCAGAACUGUGCUGCCUUAUUUUCUGAACCCUCAACGCAUAAUAUCUUAAAAAGUAGACCACCUAAGAUCACUUUUAAAGGCACCUAGGACGCACUUAGAGGAUUAGGAAAUAGAAAAAGGAGAAACAUCCUGCUUUUGCCGAAAUGGCUGGCUACCAGUUUGUUUAGUCUUCUUGGUUCCCUUAAGUUAAGUGUUUGCAGUGAACCUUUGCUGUCCUCCAUCAUCACACUCAAUAGUUUUUAAUUUGUCAUUUCCUUCAUAGAGGAAAUGAGGAUCGCUGUCUCCAAUUGUCUGUGUUUUUCUGAGGUGUUUUGACUUAACAGACUGAUUUCACAUUAUUGCCACCUACUGGUCUGUUAACACUUAACCAUUUCUGAAUCGUCUCAUGGAUACAGAAAAAUUCAAACACACCUCUAGAGUGGAUGGGAUUUUUAAAACACUCUCUCAGACAAUUUCUUUUAUAACUUUGGACUGCAGAAAAGAGGCAGGGAAGGUUGGAGACACCAAUGCUGAAGUCCACAUGUGUGAAUAUUUCUGAAAACAGAGGUUGUUGUUUUUUCCACUGCCUGCUCAUGCUCAGGCACACAUGCAAACUUGCGGGACACUUUGAUAUUUGUUGCAUUUUCUUGCAUAUUUGUUCAGGAUUUAUUUUUGGACUUUUUGCCUUGAUUUUGAGAGAGCAGGAGUGUGGACAGAUAAGGAAGUGUAGAGAGCAGGGUGUGACAUGGGGGAAAGAGACCUAACCUUCAUUAAUGGGGUGCAUGCAAUAGCAAUAAUUUCCUUUUAAUGUUAAUACUCUUUAACUAUCAGCCGAAUCUAAAAUGUGAUGACAUGACUUUGUCAAAUAAGUAAAGUUAUGUAGAGUUAGGUCAUGGAAGGGAGCCUGAUGUUAGCCAAUUUAACACAGAACACCAAUCAUGUGAAACUUAAUUGCUAUUUUUUUUUUUGCUCAGUGUCAUUAUCAUUUAUACCUGUUUUUGUUCAAGUUUCAUCAUCCUGGAUAUCCAAAAUAAUGUAAUCUGUAAAGUUUUAUUCAUAAUCGUAAAGCAGUCUCCAAAAGUUUACACAUUUUUUAGGUGUGCUGCACAUGUGAAUGCAAACACAAAAAAAUGUCAAGAUAAAGUUGAACAUCCAAGAUUUAAGAAGAGUAAUUUUUGAUAUGCAAAUGGCGAAGAUAUGUACCGGGGUGGGAGAAAAAAAUGAUGCAGCAUAGUAUCGCAGUAUUUUGCCUUAUGAUAUAUCCUAUCGUCUCAUUUUCCAAGUAUCAAUUUUUCAAAUUAAUUGUUUAUAUGAGGUCAAAUCUAUCAUAAUGGAAAAAUAAAAUCAAUUGUUUGUCCAGUGAGAUUGGUAGAGGUGACGUCAUAGAGCAGGAGAAAGUUAGUACAACAAUAAGGUUUGCAAGAUGUGUUACAUGAAAAUAAAAAACUGUUUAAGUGAGACAAACAUAAAGGAAAGUUAAAUCCUAAAUUAGCUUAACAGUUGAAAAAAUGUGUAAAUUGCAGUAUAUUGUAUCACAAUACUCACGGUUUUGCAAAUGUUAAAAAUCACAAUAGUAUCGUAUCGUGGCCCAAGUAUCGUGAUAAUAUCAUAUUGUGGGGACACUGGUGAUUCCCACCCUUAAUAUGUACACAUCCUUGCAUGAAUCACUGAUGUAAGCGCAAAAGGAGAGAUAUCUUUUCAGAAACAGUGCACUGUGGCUUUUCCACAGUAAUUUGGAUGCCAUGUCCUGCCUCUCAAGACUUGGUUACAACCCAACCCAUGCAACUCUGGAAAGUCAAGGUGGUAGAGCCCCUCAAAACUUGUAGAGGUUUACUGUGUGAAAAGACUGAAUGGUCACAUUAAACAUGUAUCAGGAGUCUAAAGUGUAGUUCUACUAUUAUUUGCCACAUUUUUUUCCUCAAAAUCUCACCAAAAGUUGAUCUGAAACUUUUCCGUAACAAAAACAGCGCUUGAUCCAAACUAGCAGCCAUGAGGAAUGUUACAUUUUGCUGCCUCUGGACACAGACUAAACACUGGUUUUGCUUCUCUUAUGUUGGGUUCACUACAACUUGAAUUUUGACCUUCAACAGAAGUAGGCUGUUGUCAUAAAAAACUAAACUGUCGGUAAAAGAGAGAAACAGCCUGGAGAAUAUGGGUUAUAUUAUCAUAACAGGUUCAGUGAGCAGUAUGUGGGUUAAAUUCGGCUGUAAACGAGGACUACUGGACUGUAUGUGGGUCAUAUUAUACACUUUAAGUGGGGACUGGUGCACAUAAAGUGGGCUACAUCUCAGUUAAGUAAAGUCAAAUGAAUUCAGAUUUUAGUCAGCUAUACUCUGUCUACAUGCACCCAAGAGAUCCCGCCUUUUGUUGGUGAUGCUUUUUAUACCUGACUAAAAUUCUCAUCCACGAUACACAGCAAGGUCAUAGCUAAAACGUGUCUCACAUAUCUCUAAUCUUACUCAGACGUACAUACACUCACACAGAAGCAGUUCAUCCACAGCCCGGUGGCCUGUACGCCCUCAGGUAUAUAAUUUUCUUCAAAUGCACCUUUUCGGACUAGUUUGGCUGUAUCCUCUGUGCCCUUUUUCAAUCUGAGCUGCCGACUCAUCCUGUCGCGUCCCAUCUUUCACAAAUCACACAGCGGCAGGGCCGUGAUCGGAGAGGGACAAUUUGUCAGCUGUAUGCAUGAGUAAGCAACAGAUUCACCAUCCAUUACACUGACUGGACAGAGGGAGGCGGAGAGGGAGUGGGGAUGGAGAGACUGCAAGUGUGUGUGUGUGUGUGUGUGUGUGUGUGUGUGUGUGUGUGUGUGUGUGUGCGCGCACUCCCAUCCCUAUGAUUUUAAAUGCUAGACCUUCAGAGGGAGGGCAUUUCUGCACAGGGAGGACAUUUUGGCUGUUUGUUAUUUGCACAAGUAGUUUGGUUGUUAAACGUGUUGUCACUGUUGAAGAAAUUCACCAAGGUUUUGGAGAAGAAGUCUUAAUGAUUGACUUGAAGUUCAACAAAGGACACUUGAAAGACCAGAGGCCUGAGAGCUUAAAACAAAGACUGUAUAAAACACGGAUGUCGUUACAGUGGAAUCGCCGCUUGUUUCUGAAGAGAUUUCAUGACACACAAAGAUGCCACACAGGCACAAAACUCCCUAAAACUUCACAAAUUCUGAUGUCAAAUUAAUGAUGAUAAUUAUAAUAAUAAUAAUAAUAAAUAACUUUAUUUAUAUAGAACUUUUAAAAACAAGAGUUACAAAGUGCUUUAACAUGCAGGAAAACAGAGAAGAUAAAAACAACAGAACAACAACAACAAGAGAACACUUGGGUCAAAGAGCCUUGACAUGACAAAAACUCAGACUACAUGUUCAAAUGUCUCAAUACUGGCAAUAAAAAAAAAAAAAAAAAUUUGUGGAAGACAUAAAAAGCUUCGAUGAGUGUCACAAGAGUUGAGACAUCAUAAAAACAAAGAUAUUAUGAGAACCUGUGAUACCCAGCCAACACAGGAACCCAGUCACAAAAACCUGAGACCAAGGGGGCUAUUGUAAACCAUGAAUAAAAAGAGUAAAAAGGUUUUAAAGAAGACAAAAUCACAUAAAAGCAAUUCUAUAGAAAUUAGUUUGUAGACGUGAAUUGAAAGCAGUGACUGUUUCUGCCCACCUGAUCUCCUCGCCCUGAUGGAAAAGGCCCAAUCAGGUGGAUCAGCUACGUCCCCAAUCAUACAUAUCUGUGCAUAAAGCUUUGCCAUAAAGGAAUAGUUCCGUAUUUUUAAAGAUGGGUUACAUGAGGUAUUUGUCAACAGUACUGGUCAGCUCAACCUCUUUGUUGAGAAAACACCAGUGAACAGUUAAUGAAGCUCUCCUCAGGAGCUUAGAUUUCUUUGCUGACAUUUGAUUGAAUUGGCUCCAUUUCAUUUUGCUGUGAGGAUAUAUUUUGGGCACUUAAACAUAACAGCUGAAGAGUGAGCAGAGAAUAGGGGGGGGACAUGGUCGGAAAUCGCACCAGCGACUGCUGCGACGAGAACGAAACCCUCUAUACCUGGAGUGCUUUGACCACUGGGCUAUCAGUGAGCCUUUUAUACAGCUGUAGAGGGGUUUCUGUUGCAGUCAUUAGAAGUUUAGUAGGUCUCAUGCAGUCACUCAGGGUGCGUAUCUCACCGAGAGUCAGUGGGACAUCACAGGCUGUUUUAGCUGACUGGAAAACUACAAACUGGCUGUAAGGAUGAGUGCAGGCAUUGAUGCAAAUAUAUUCCCAUACAUUCAAGCAUGAGAACAAUGCAUCACAGUGGCUUUGCUAUACAGUACAAUGUAUUCAAGCACUUUUGAAUCGAUGGGCAACAGGGUGUUAAAAGGAGAGAGAAAGAGAGAAAAGAGGGAGUGAAAAAAAGGAGAGAUGGAAGAGGCCGCAACUUUUUGCUGCUUUGACAUCUCUCUGCCAUUUCAUGAAUAAAUAGCAGCCCGCAUACAUAUAUGCGUUCCUGUGAAGCACAAUGCAUGUGUAUGUAUGAGGUUGUGAGUGGAUGUGUGCUCCAGUUGGACUCAAAGAGGACUUUGUGUCUGUGGUAAACUUUAAGCACUUGUUUAUGGAUGUGUAUAUGUAGGUGUGAGUGUGUGUGUUAGCGCUCGAUCUCCAUGUGAAGGUCGUUUGAUGCCACGCCUCCGAGACCCUGAAUAGAGGAACAGACACAUUUCAUACAUCUGCUUUUGUUAGCACUGGAGAGAUGUCCACACUUGUGCGUGUAAGUGUUUUUUUUAUUAUUAUCUGUGUGUGUGUGUGUGUAAAGUAUGUCAGAAGGAUUAGCGGAGAAGCAGCCAAGUUUUGUAGUUUUACAGUAUAUGGAAAAAAAACCUCCAGUAGUCCCACACCAGCAGUGAUGGAGAACCUCUAUGAGCUUGUAAAGCUCACAUCUGAACUCCAGAGUCGACUAACGGCUCAAAAAGACUUCACUGAGACUUGUUAUAGCAACGUGAGCCCAUGAUUGAAUGUCUGCUCAACAUUAAAUUAUAUCUUUUAUUGGAGUCGGUAAUCUUUUCUUACACAUUGGUGCAAAAUUGCCUCUGUGCUUUGUGAGAUAUAAACAGUGUUAUGGCAGAUUGGGUGUUGGAAACACAUCAGCCUUUGGCAGGUAAUCCUCUUGAGGCAAACAACCAGAAUUAAGAUCACAAAUGUACCUGUUUUAUGUAUAUUACUUUGAUAUCAAUGCUAUUAUUUAUUUAUUGAUGCAUUUCAACCAAAAGUAACCGGAACUUUUGGCUCCGAGAACUUAAUAGAAGUUCAGGCAUACGUUGUAGAGAACUUUUUGAAGACAGGUAUUUAGCAAAUUAAGUCAGUUUUUUUCAUUUUUUUUAUUGAAGUAUCAUAAAUAAUUUUACUCUUUCUCACAGCCAGUUGGAAAGCUCUUACAGAAGUUUCCAGCAAAAAGAUUGUUUCCUGAAAAGACUAAUGCUCAAAAAAGAAACGUAAGAAAAGCAUCCCUGGCGUGGAAAGCUGUACAUGAAAUGGAGUCAUAUUUUUACUGAUCAAAUAACAUUAGAUUACGCAGUAAGAUCUAACAAAACUAACUCCGAGUCUGUUUUGUGAAUUUCUGUUAAAUGCUCCACAGUCUACCUUUAAAAUUGGAACAUAUACCAGAGCAUCAGUGUGAGUGUUGUUGUAAUGAUGAAGCUGUUUCUCUGGCGGUUUAACUGUGUUUUUCCCGUCCACACGUUUACCUUUUUUUUUCUGAAGGAACAGAGAAGGAGCUCAGUCAUGAGAGAAAUGAAACAAACCUGAUUGAAGGACUGAAACAGCUUCAGAAAACAUGCACAACAACAGCACUGCUGCUGUCUAUUCAUAAACUUACAGUAUAUGUCAGUGCGAAAAUACUCUCCAGCUUAGACACAUGCACCUACACACUCUCUCUACAUCUGCACUCCUGUGUCUGUAUACAAAGACUUCCUACACUCACACACACACAAAUACACGCACACACCACUGGUGUGAAUGGCCCUUGGCCACAGGCAGAGUUUUCACAGUAAACUAACCUUGAUCAAUAACCUGCUAUGGACCUCAGCAAAACCCACUGUUCUCCCUACUGCUGGAUUUCAAUAUCACGCCUGUUUGAACACUCUAGCCACAGGCUAACUGUGUGUGAGAAUGUGUGUGUGUCUGUGUGCGUGUCUGCAUGUGUGUUUGUUUGACUGACUGCUGCUGCAUGAAUUUACGCGAGCCUCUGAGCAUGUGUGAAUGUGUUUUUGGCCCCGUGUACGCUGCAUGUGUGUACACAGAGGAGUAUUUGUGUGUAAAUUUCAGCCUCUGUGUGUAUGUGUGUGUAUAUGUGUGUUUGUGUAUGUGUGUGUACGAGGAGAGCCUCAGGGUCCGCUGUGAACGGUGCUAACUGGCCCUCUGAACUCUUCCCUGUGAAGAGAAAGAGAAAGCCACCGGGCAUGUGCAGAGGACAGCAUGCCAUUUACCUGGGCUACGGAUGGUUUUUAAAACUGGCAUAAGGGACCUCCACACACACACACACACACACACACACACACACACACACACACACACACACACACACACACACACACACACACACACACACACACACACACACACACACACACGCUGAAGAUACUCCUGCCUUUUGCCUCAAACUCUAAAGCACACCUUUGCUCCCUCGCCUCAAACACAAACACACUUCAAAAGUUUUUUUUUCAUUCUUUCUUUUUUAUUUUUGGAAGCGAUACAGCCAGUACUACCCCUGCGUUUAAAGAGCCUAACCGCUCUCUUCAUGUGCCCUUUUCUCGCUUCCUGCCUCUGCAAAAAGGCCCCACCGCGCCAAAAAAACUUGCUAGUUUACAUCCAGCUACAACUAGCGCGAUGACCUUUCUGGCUCUCCAAGGUGUUCAUCUCACAGUGCUCUUUAUAUACGCUGAAGUGGGAAGAGUAUACGGCCCCUGCUCCAGCCCGAGCUGGGCCUUUCAGAAGAGCCUGAUGGUAUUUCAUCCUGGGUAAACACUCAGGAAAACUACGACUGCUGAACUCUGGGUGUCCUGAGGUGGAUGUGGAACAAUGGUUCAGUUUAUCACAUGGUAGCCUGUGUCACUAAUACAGAGCUUUUAUCAUAAUGAGAAGUAAAAAAGACUUGAUGUUUCCAUUAGAGUGCUGGAGCAUGUCUGCCUUAUAUGAACCUAUGUGUUGUGUGCGUGUCUGUAUGUGUGUGUGUUUUUACCUGGCUCAGCUUCAGUGUGUGUGUGUGUGUGUGUGUGCUGGUGGUUGAAUACAGCUGACCCAGAUGUGUUAAGUGGGUCAUGGGAACACCACCGCCCACACAUUGGGGGUUAUGGGUAGGCAGAUGUGCUCUAGUGUGUGUGUGUGUGUGUGUAGACGGGGUUAGGACACUGGGGCAGUGCCCUGAUUAUACUCAGAUUAGUUUUGGGAAUUCAUCGCUCCUCCUCCUGAGCUUUACCCCCCUUAACUCUGUCUCCCUCUUCUUUUUUCUCUUCCCCCUGAUUCUCCUCAACAUCCCUCUCUUUUUUUUUUUUUCGCUCAUCAUCCAUGUACAAUUUUUGUGCCUCUCAUUUGUGAUUUUCCUGUCAAACAUUGGACCACAAAAAAAAAAAGGUUUUCUAUGCCUGGUCUGAGGAAGUCAGUUUUCCCAAAAACAAGACUUUGAUAACUUCAUAAGGACUCUUGUUCAAGGAGGCUGCCAUCUUCCACCACCAUGUUGCUACAGUAACACCGAACAGACAGACUUUGAACAGGCACACGCUUUUGUAUUUGGUGAAUGGCAGCAUGAAGUGCACUGGUUAGAACACAAGGAUGAGGACAGAGGUUGAAUGAGAGUGGUAGAGAGGAUUUGUAUAGACAGAAGUUUUAGAUAGUAAAAACUUGACAAAUGGAGGGUCAUACUUAUCAUGCAUCACAGGUGCUUCUUGUCCUUGAAGGCUACUGUAGCUUCACUGUCAAGAGGAGUGAGCAGGGCAGAGUUUUUCUUUCUGCAUGCUUUUACUUUUGAGGCACAACAGCUGCAGCGCCAAGUAACACCCUAAAGGGGAACUUUGGUAUUUUUCAACCUGGGUCCUAUUUCCCAUGUUUUUGUGUGUGUUUGACUGAUGGGGAGAACAAUUUCUGAAAUUGGUCCAGUAUUGAGGCAAAGUGGAGCACCCAUGAAAUGGAGCUAAAAACGUAUCCUGCAUCGUUAAACAGUGUCUACCAUAAGUGCUUUAUCUGACCGCUGACAGGCUCAGAUUGUUGUAGCAUGUCCUGAGAAUGGACUGGCAAAGGUUUCCCUCACUUCCCACUGGUGCUGGUUCAUGAACAACCAAACCUUGUUGGUGAAUGAGGAUCAUUCUGACAUGGGUGACUUCUUUGAAUGCGAUGAUCAACUGAUGAAGAGCUCCUACAAAUCAAUGGGUCAACAAGGCGAGAGAAAGAGAAUGUCAACAUUUAGAGGAUGAGUGGAACUUGUUUUCAGCAGAAACUUGCUCUAAGACUGCAAGGGAAGCUCGGCGUCCCCUAAAAUGUAAAACAAAAAAGGGGGGUGAAAUGUGUACUGCUGUGUGUACAUUUCAUUGACUAAAUAUGCGCUAGAACGGGUUCAUCUUUUGUUCAGAAUCAGUUACUUAUCACAGGUAACCGACACGACUUCCUUCUCAUUAAUCCCUGCUGCGCCAUAGUGUUUUACACAGUUGGACGCUGAACAUCUACUGACUUUAAUAGGGAGGUGAAGAGUGGGUUGUUUCACUGUGCGAAACUGGACAGUCAUUGGAUAAAUGCUGGGCUUUGUCCCGCCCAUCGGAGGCUCAGCUUCUCUUGGGGCCUAUGGGGCAGUGGGCUGGCCUGGCCACUUGGCUUUUGCAUGAUGAGUGGAUGAUCUGUUUGAGGCGGAAUCCCUUUUUGGUUGACAGCAAAAUGAGCCAGUCAGCGACCUUAAAGUAUAAGCGUCCACCGGAGCAUUUUCCAAGAUUUCAUUGCGUUGUUCUGAACUGAUCCGGAGACUUUACCGAUCCCCAGCGACUUUGUUAAAAAUGACUAGCGUUGUGUUUCUCUUCUGUCAAGACAGGGUCACAGAUCAUUUUCUCAAAAAUUAACAAAGGGUAGAAUUUACAUUCAAAUGAACAAACACAAUUACAAUGUGGAUGGGGAAAAAUGAGCUUCCCCUCCUUGAAAGACCAGCAGCCGCCACUGGUGUCCAGUUUUGAUACCUUGGACAUACAACAUUGUGUGACCACGUCUGAAGACUUGUUUUGGUGAAAUAAGGCACUUGUAGUGGACGAGGGUUAGCAAUGCACAAUCAAACUAUGUUUUAACUUGUUUCUCAGCUGCUGGAUGCUCCACUGUCCCUAAAUACUGGAAAGCCUCAGAAAUUGUUCUCCCCAUCAGCCAAGCACACAUAAACAUAUGGAAAAUAGGCCCCAAGUUGAAGAAUACAGAAGUUUCCCUUUAAGUCACUUAAUUAAAAAAUAAUAAUGAAAAACGAUAGAACACAAGUUUCAAAACAUCAUUAUUCCUCCUCCAACAUUAAAAACCAUCUUAGUCCACGCUGUCUGAUGCUUUAUGUUUGACCUUCUCAUUGUUCUUCACAAAGAUUCAUUGUUAACAGGCAGUUAAUUAUUGAAGACGAAGAGUAAGUGUAUUUACGGCUUCAUGAUGCCUUUGAUGGAACCAUCUGUGCUUCGAUUCUUAAAACUUUCCUGAAAUUACUUCCAAAAGACUUUACAACUUGACAAGGUCUUGAAUAAACUUUUGAGUUUUUGUACAAACUCUCCAUCAUGUUAUAUUCAUUUUAUGCCAGUUUUUGUUCCUUUUGUCAACUUCUGUAGAUGUGUUUUUAUAAAGGGGUGAACUUUUUUAUGGAAGUGUAAGUCAUUGCGUAGCCUCAGCACAUUGUCAUAUUUUCACAUAACAACAUAAUUCCGGACCUUUUGUAACCCAAGACCUUUAAUUAAUUACAGCACCUCUUCCUUUUAAAAAAAAACGUGUCAAUAUGACAACCACAGAGCACCUUGUAAAGAAUGUGUCUAACCACCUGUGAGCAAAAUUUCUAGCUGCUUAGUGAAGUAUGAAGAAAAUAAAAAAGUUUAACGUUAGACUUUGGUUCAGAAGUUGAUGAACUAAAAAAAUGGAAGUAAUAAGGGCACAUGUUUAAAAAACCUUCAUGUCAAGGUACCUGCUUUUUCUUCUACAACAGAUAAAAGACUUUAUGUAAUGUGUCACAGUAUGAAAUUGUACAAGCUGAAAAAGAAAAGAGUGAGGAUGUACGAGUAGAGAAAGUCUCCAAUGUUAGAACAAUGUUAGCUCUACAUGUAUGCCAUCCUUUGUUAUCAAAGCUGCCAAGAACACUAAGUAUCUACUUGUCUUCCUUAUGUCCCUGAGGUUAUAUUUUCCUUUACUUCAGCUUUCUUUUAUAAACUGUUUACCCAUAUAGCUGAUCUGAUACUGUGGGCUGCAUGCUUAAGAAUACGGUAUUGCUAUGUGGUUAAACCGCCCUCCUCAAAGUCACAAACAAUCUUCUUUUAGCUUCUGACAGAGAAGAGAGCUCAGUUUUAAUUCUUCUGGAUUCAAGUGCAGCUUUUGACACAGUUGACCGUGUUCACAUGGUCACAACCCCUUAUCUUCUAAUCUGUUUUUAUUGUGAUUUGAUGUCUUUAUCCUUUUACCUUUUCACUUUCCCUUUCUUUUUACUGGAAAUCUUAAUGCCUGUUCUGUGACUUAUGAUUUAUUUCUUCUAUGCUCCCAUAAUUGUUAUUUACUCUGCUUUGUCUGUCAAAGCACUUUGUAAAUUUCUGUUUUUAAAGGUGCUAUAUAAAUAAAGUUAUUAUUAGUAAAAACAUAUACCCACAACAAAGCAAUCACAUGCUUUCAGUAAAGCUAAAGUCUGGAAUAGUGGUCAGCUAAAACUGGUGCAUCCAGACAGCCUGGCCUUCAGACGUUAAACAACAGGUUUAAAUAUGUUCAGGCUUCCUAGGUUUUGCAGUAGAUUGCUCAAUGAAAAAAGGUACAGAAUACCAAAAAGCUUUUGUUUCCAACUCAGUUUGGACUUGGAGAACAAUAAACUGUACAAUGUCCAACAAACGGAGGUUAUGAAUCCAUCCUAAAUGGUUCAAAGGGGGUCGAGUAUAUAUCAUAAAUAAUACAUUUUAAAAAAUGAAGACGUAAGUGUCCACUGGGGGAUUGCUCCAAAAAUCCAAGGAAUUCCCAUCGGAGCCGGGAAUAUGAAAGCCCACAUUUACAGCAAAAUUAAACAUGUUUACAGCCUGGUGCAAUAAAAACAUGUUGGUCUCUAUACCUGAUAAUUCUUUUUGUUAUGACUGUGGAUGAUUCUUUUAUUUAAGGUUAUAUAAGGAGUCUCAAAGUCGGACCGGCUCUGGGCCACCAAUGGGGCUGUCUUCUUAAAGGAAGGCCCUUCAAUGGCAGACAAGGAUAAGUGCAGACAGGGUGUCGAACAGUUUAUGCUGCAGAAUAAUGUGCUUCAAACGACAAAGACAGGAUGCAAAAAGCUGAAAAAAUGCAUUGAUAUCACUUGUGCUGCAAAUGACGCAAAACCAGAAAGCAACUGCAUAAGGGAAAUGCUGUAAAUCCAAAAAUUACACGAGAAUACUUGGUUUGCAGGGGUGCCAUUUGAAAAAGCUUUAUUAUUGACAGGACUGAAAAGAAGACCUUAAACUAUUUUAUGUGUUAUUUGACGCUGUGCAUGAUUCAUUUCUGUUAUUUCAGUAAAUAUGAUUCUGCCAUGAGUUUUGCUCUCAAACAGGACUUAAACUCUUGUCCUUCUGCAGCGCUGUUUGUUUGACUCACUCAAAGCCCUGCUCUGCUCUCGCACUGCUUAACUCGAGACUUUUUCACUGAUGGCACAGAAAAUACUUCCAGUUUAAUAAUUUGCUCAGAAAUUCACUCUGAUACCAAAAUGCUAAAUAAAACUAUCCAUGUAUCCUUGAUUUAAUUGUCUAAUAUCCUCAUUAACUGCAGUUUGACACAGUUUAUAAAACAGUGGGGUUUAUAUGGAUAAGGAGACAAUUAUUUUAAAAACAAUCCACUUCCUUUCAUUUGAAUGUUCUCCUUAUUUUAGCUGAGGGAAAAACACAAGCUUCACAUUUUACUUGGCAAACUCUCAGAGCUUUGAUGAACACUUGCACUUCCACUUUAAUGGAAACAAAGCUGCCGUCUGUUUUUUUUUUUUUUUGGACUUACUCAGACAAAUAAGCUUCACUACUUCUUGUCAAGGAGGCUGACUCACUUUUUUUAGUUACUCAGAUAUUUCUCAUGAGGAAAAUGGAUCAGGCAGGGUGCUUUUUCUUUAUAAAUACAACUGAAGUCUGCUUUUCUAAUAAGAUAAAGUCCUAGAAAGCCGUUGAUUUUGAGGAAUCAUUCCCUCAGUAUUUCUACUAAAUCUUAUUCAGUAAUUGGUCAGAAUGAUGUCGGUAGAGAAAUAUGAACACCUGACAGAGUUUCAGGGCCUAAAUGGCCUUCCUUUUCUCUGAUUAUCACAGUUUUACCUGCUUACUGACAAUCCUCAUCUUGUCUCUUUCCAGUGCUGUUCUGGUUGUGUCCCCAGUGAGACUGGAAAUGGGACACAGAAGCUGGGCGGGACGCUGGGAGGAGAGACGGCAGCCAGGGUGGCACACUGACUGGAGGAGUGCCAAACCCUCUCAACCAGGUAGGGAUCUGUGCCAGCUCUGCCUCCAUCUCUCUCUCUCUGUCUCUCUGAGCCAGUGGCCGUCAUGCUCGCUGACAUUCAAAGUUUGUUACCCGCAGUAAAGAUUCACUUCUCUGUUUCUAUUACUUUGUAACCCCUCCAGUUGGAAUAUGAUACAGUGUGUGUCACUCUGUCUCAGGCUGUGGUACUAGACUAGCAGAUCAUCAUCUCCUGAUCGCCAUCACUUUUACAAUGAAAUCUAGCUUUGUCUCAUCAUUUUACCAAUGCAUGUUGUCAAGUGACUGUAUUGACUUAUAUAGUUUGUUAUGCUUCAAAGAAUGCAGUUUAAAAUUGCUGCUAGCUCAAGAAAAUGUUCAAUUCACAUGAUCGCUGUGCAUUUACACUGCGCAUGACAUGAGAGACUGAUUACACGUCAUUGCACACUAUUAUGGACCUCGCCGUCAGAGUAGAGAGAGGGAGAGCACUCACUGCGACCCCGUUUGCUGUCCCGCGUUUUACCGCUGCUAAGUUUGGCAGUAUGGCACAAAGUCUAGUAGCGCGACGGAUUUUGCAAAACACCUCAAGGACCGGCAUCCUGGCCUUCAUGAUGAAUUCCAGCAGGUUAGUAAAGCUCCUGUUCAUCCAUGACCUUAAUGUAUUAAACUGAUUAAUGAUGUUAGUCUGGCUGGUGGCUAGCAGUAAUCUGCGGUAGCCACGGUCGGCUUUAUGCUCAGUAAAUGUUGGUUCUUUUGUGAUUAGCUGUGGCUAGCGCUUCACUGUAAUCCACGGUAGCCGCGGUGCUCAGUGAAUGAUGUUUGUUUUGUUAUUAGCCAUUAGCCGCGGGCCCGCUGCUAUCAGCUCGCUAACGUAACUCAAACGUGUUGUCUUCUCUUAAAGAUGCAGAGAGAAGUCCACCUGCAACUAAACCGAAGAAACCGCAGCCUACUCUUUCACUGCUAUUUGAAAAACAGAGAAAGUAUGACCCCAAAGUCUCCUGAAGCUGUCAAAAUAAACAGAGCUGUAGCAGAGUAUAUAUGUGAGGACCAUUCUCCCAUUUACACAGUGGAGAAACCUGGGAUCCAAGUGAAAAAGUGAUUGUCUUGUUUUUCUAUUUUUUUCUAUUUUUUAUUUUCUGAUUAUUUAAUAAUUUUAUUUGAUUGAUUAUUUAUUGGCCCUUCUGUUGUUCAUGUUAAUAAAAAUAUUUUUUAUGCCUUUUAAAGUGUCAUUUUUUAUUCCCACAGUUUUAAAAUUGGUAUAGAGUAUCAAGUAUUUUCCUGGGUAUCGAUAUUGAGUUUGAAAUUUUAGUAUUGUGACAACCCUACAAUCACUAUGAACAUUUUAAACUACUGGUCUGAGAUCUUUAGAGGCAACAGAAAAAUUUUUCCUUGAGCAGUAAUACAGUAUUGUUUUGGAAAGCUCGGUCACUCUUGCCCUCACUAAAUUACAAAGCUGACAUUUCCAAUUUCAUCUCUUCUAAAAUAAAGGAUUUUGAAACUCUGUCUCUGCCUUUUUAGUUUGGGUUAAAGGCAAAAAUGUCUCAAAAAAAAAUGUGCUCGAGUCAAAAGCGUCAACUCUCAAAGGACCAUGUAAUGCUUCACUGGAGUUUCUUCAUUACGGAGUCGACUAUGAAGCACUUUGGGCAGCAUUAGCUUGUUUUCAUGGAUGCACUCAGAGUAUAUUACUAUCACUUAAUGUUUCUAUCCACAGGGUGUGUUCUGUGUGCCCACACUGCCAAAGGACAGUGGCAGUGUUACUGGCUCUGAGACAGAUUGAGAACAUCAGGUGUUUUAUUUCAACCAGUGUCAGCCUGUUAAACACGGCUGCUUGGGCCAAACUGGCCCACGGCUAAACUCUAAUGUUUAUAUGUCCGACUAUGAGCCAAACACAUCCCCUCCACACACGGGUCAAAAGCUAUGAACUCAGAGUGGGCAUGUGCCAGAGUCUGAGCCGGCCUGCCAAUUGCUGCAAGCCUGUGGCCAGACGGCGUGUACACAGAGGUCAGGAGCAGCCAAGUGGUGUCCAGUGAGGGAUACCCUGGUUCAGUGUUGGCCAAACAACGCCCCCAGGCUGGCUGGACUGACUCAACAUGAAUGCUGAGUGUGGAAAGUGAAACGGAGACUGUGAAGCCUGUCCUCUGUGGAUUUGAUUUGCAGUUUAUUGGACAGAGUAGAUGAUGGGAGGUCUGUGCUGGAUUACUGUCUUUCCCUGGACACUCAAGUUGUGUUAACAUUUAGUUUUCAUUUUUUUAACCUUGCAAUGAUUGUGUUUUGAGAUUGUCUAACAUUAUGAUCUACUCGAGGCUUUUCGGAAAAAAAAACUUUUAGUUUGUGUUUAUUUCUGCAACCCCAGUGGACUUAAUAGCUUCAAUGCUGAUUUAAAACAGUAUGACUAUUUAUUUUUUUAUUUUUUUGGGGGUGACAUGCACCAAUCAUACUGGGAUAAGGAAUUGGCCCCACUACCAUUAUAGUGAGGAUAGGCUCUUUCCAUGCAUGAGAGGACUCAAUCAGAAGUCAGUCCUAUAGGAAAUUUUGUUUUAUCCAAUGAGUCGUCCCCCCCUGCUGCAAUGGAAAUGGGUCCCCACAAUCCAAAUCCAAAUCAAGGUUUAAUCUAAAUACAUUGUAUCUGGAAUCCACAGAAUACCUCAGAUCUGCAAAUGCCUAAUGAUCUUGCUCAAGCUGUCUGUGAUCCAUCUUACCAUGUAAGAGUGGGGUUUUGGAUUUUUUUUUAGAUAACUAGACAGUGCACCUUUACCCUAUCACCUUAUCAGUGGCUCAGUUGUUAGUUUUAACAGCUUUAACAAAUAAUCCCCUUUACAUGGCUGACAUGACAUGAUACAGGUAAAUGUGGAAGUGAGGUCAGGAUAGAUGAAAUGAUGACUUUAAAGAAACCUCAAUACAAAUAGGAAAUAAAAGAAAAUCCCACAAACAUGAUCAACCAAGAGGUCAAAACCCAACAUCAGGACCUUAUAUUACAAACAACUGGAUGGCAUGACUUGGGCAAAAUUAGCCAGUUUCUAUCUAUCUGUAAAUAAAUGCAUGUCCUUGCAUCUGCCCCAGAGUCUUGAUAGGUUUAUUUAUGGAUCAGUGGACAUCAGCUGCAAAUAUCAAGUAGGAAUGAGGCAUCAAAUGUAAAAAAUGCUGUAACUGUAGUUUGAUGUCAUUGUCCAUGGUAGCAGACAAGAACAACCUCAGUACUUUGUGUCAGGGCAUUGUUGGUGUUUUUGAAGAUGUGUUUUGCCUUUAUUACGACUAAUCAUCUGACAUUAAAGCAGUUGAACAAUCCUGUAUGUUCACCCAUCAUAUUAAAGCUCCUGCAUCUGUUAUAGACCAACAGAAGCACAGUGAAACACAGUUUUUAUUAAAUAAAUUUUAAAUAUAUAUAUAUAUAUCAUAUAGCCUAUAUUUUUGAGAUUUGUGACUUUGUACAGACUUUUGAAGUACUUAAAUGAACAUGCUGUUGAAGAAGCAGAGUCAACCCCCUCCUCUGGGCAGUCGGCGCCUCUCUUUGGCACAUUGCUGUUUGGUACAGGUCCAGAGUCCUUGAGGUAAGAUGGCACAGGCCUGGGCUUGGCACACUGGAUAUGCAGUGGCUAGUGUCUAUAGUAGCCUUUACACACAGUACAGGUGCCACUGGGCCAAACAAACACACACUUACACUCCCAUACUCUCAGUGGCUCAGGAUAGCCAAAACUGAAUCCACCGCCAAGUCCACUUACAGGCCAUGAGAGGAUAAACACACACUUCGGCCAAAUACACACACACAAACGGGGCCAAAACCAACCUCGGCCACUCUGUGGCCAAAGGCAUUUGCAGCACAGUUCCACUCAGCGGGGAAUCCCAGCGCUUGGCUCUCCGUCUCUCCGGGAAAAUCCAUCUAAGAGGGACGAGAGGGAAGAAGGAGGGAGAGAGGGGAGGGGGGAUGACUGUGGUUAGAAAAGCCGGACAAUCAAAUAUUACACAGUGUUUAACACUUCAUUUUCAAUCCCCGCCGAUUCCAUUCUGCGCCAAUGUUAAUUGCCGCUGUGCUACCUGCCACCAGUGGUCCUUUAUGAAAUGACUUUUGAAUUGAAGCAUAUGGACAAGGAGCCGCGACGGGAGUCGGGAAUGACUUGAGGAAGGGUCCCAUUAAAUAAGAGCCGGCUAAUUACUUUGUCCUCCCUUUUGUCCUGCGCUAUCCAGGCCCUCGCUGCCGUUCAUAUAUCUUACUGUAAUGAGUAAAGCCAGGGCCCGGCACCUGCGCUCGGUAAUUAAACAUAUAAAUUCUCCCCUCACGGAAAUAUGUGUACUCACCAGGAUUGAUUUAUAAGGCUCUCUAAAUUGCACUGUUGAGCUUAUUUUCAUUGGCUGUUUUUUCAGAGGGACUGUGAAGGGGAGAGUCGUCCAUCAGCUCGGCCGGAAAGGAGCUCGAUCUUUUAAAGCACUUGUCUCCUUUGAGUCAAGUUUCCUUCUUUCCAUUGUUGCUGUUUAUGUUGUGGGUGAUGGUGGUUACGGGGACUCCCAGGAAGGCCUUUAGGAUACUGAAAUGAGCUGUUGCAUUUUCGCAGCCAAGAACCUCAAUGAAAAAUGUCCUCAUAAAUGCAUACCAUGAUAAAAUAGAAGUCCAAGUGAAACAGGUCUGUGACUCAUUUAUAGUUCUCACUGCUCAUAACUCACUCACACUGUACGGUCACUAACACGGAGAGCAGUGAUCAGUUUUUUCAAGUGAGAGCUGCUGAAGUUCUCGGCUCCAGUUUCCUUGUUCUUGGCGUGAAUGUGUAUGAAAGGUCUGGUUUGCUGAUUUUUAAACCAAGAUCCUGUUUUUAAAGAUGUGUGCCAAUGCCAUUGUGCCCAAUAUUUAGAUGGUGGUAGUCAAAUUUGAAGUUUUGUGAGACCUUCAUUUCUUGUUUGACUUGGGACAGGGAUCACUGUUUGGAAAAUCUUGGUCUGGUUGUGGAAUUAUCAGCAUUUUUGCACAGAGUUGUCUUUGCCAUAGAAGAAAAAAAAUAUCAUUUCAAUCCUAUUCCGGAUCCCAACGACAAGAAGGCCUUAAGAAUUUAAAAGAAGAGGACACUUGACUGCUUUUCUGUUGUGUUGUUAAAGGAAUUUCAUCUAGAAAGGGGGCUUUGAGGAGGGAUAAAGGUCUGAAUUAGGGCUGCUGCAUGUACAGGAGUGGGUCUCCUUCCACAGAAGUCACCUCAUAUAGUAGCAAUAGAAUACCACAAUAAAAAUAUUAUUGCAAUAUUUAUAGCUUUUAUUCUUGCAUUGUAAAAACAUGCUUUUAUUUUGAAAUUUAUAGUUAAAUUCUAUUCCAGGUUGAUCAUAGGUAAUUUAAGUGAAUGGAAACAGCUGAGGUACAGUUAGAAAGAAUAAAUGUUUAGUUUAUUGGAACCUAUGGAAAAGGCACAAGCUCUUAUGUUGUAUUUUGGAUUUACAAUAAAGUUAAAACUACAGUCACAGUGUCCUACUAUCUUUUCAAGGGCUGCUACAGUUAGCUAACUAGUAGGUGCUUCUUCUUCUUCUUUGUCCCCUUCCAUUUUAUGUAAAUAAAUCAAUUGCUUACACACUAUCACUGUAUGACUCUUUCUAAAACAAUAUCAGUAUUUAAUACAUUUCAAAAUAUGCUUGUCACUGCCACAUGUUCCAACCGCCCUCCUCUGCAUGUUCUGUAUCUCAGUCUCAAUGUGUUGUUUAACCACUGGGCUCUAUUAUGUACUUGACUCUCUGUCUCAUUGCCUUGGUGUUCAUCUUAGCAGAGUAUGAAUCUCUUUCUUGAAUUUAAGAUACAAUUUACCCCACUUGCUAGAGAAAGUGGCUGUUUAAGCCAAAUGUAAAUCUCUCAGUCAAACUGAUGAGAUUUUAAAUGACUAAAAUAAAUGAUGGAAAUUGACCCCUGUGCAGUGAUUAGAAAUAAACAAAUGAGGGAGGGUAAUCACGCUAAGUUUGGGUCAUUUUAACUUGUACUAUAACUGGGUGUUAUUGGCUUUUGCCUGAAGUUGACACUUGAGGAAUUUCUCAUACUUCAACAUUGUAAUGAUGUGAAAUGAGCCUUUUACUGUGUAUCUAAACUGGGUUGGGUCUCCUUACACAGAGGCCACCGUCUUGUACCAUAUUUCUACAGUAGUACAGAAUGAACAAACUCGCGACCUGCACAUUUUAGGAUGUAGUCAAAAAUGCGCUAAUCGUUUGUCAAAGGAGAAGAAAAGUGGUUGUUGUUGAUCGUUUUGAUUUAUGUUAUUGAUCAGUAAAUAUUUGCCAAAUGGAGGAUGAUACUAUUCUUGCUUCUUGACCUUGAAUGUAACUGGUACAGUCCAAGCAGAAAGGGUGAGCAAGGGGGCAUUUUAGUCGUUACUAAAUGUACCUAUUUCUACACAUUGCACCUUUGAAAACAUAAUAGACGCAGACAGACUUUGAGCAGAUGCUGCCUUGUUUGUCUGUAUCACAGAGUGUUAAAAAGAAAGAACAUGAAUGAACUCCCUGCGACGUUCAAAGUUGGUAAUGCUAGCAAACAUCAUAAUUUGAUGAUAAACAUUUUCUGUUAGGUGUCAUGUGAACUGAGAGGAUAGAUUAAAUCAUCAUGUUUGGUGUAAGAGGUCAAGCUGUAGCCUCGGUGUGAAGGUCAGAACCCGGUCUCAACUCUUCCUCCUCUUCUUCUCUGUUGCUGCUGCUGUCGUUUUUUCCCCCCUCUCGUGCAGACUCUGUGAAGCAGCAUAUAAAACCAUAUGAGGCUCAUUCUCCUCUAUGGCUGAUGGAAUUCCCUAUUAGCCGAGUGGAGAACGUUUCCCAGCUGGGAGUCUCAGUUUGAAUGUGCUGUGUUAAAACCUAAUGAAUGUCAUAAUUAACUGGAUAUACUUUACAUUUAAAAUGGGCUCUGCUGUUAUAAAACUGUCUACCUUUUAACCCCUUAUUCCCCUGUCAUCCUCCCUCUCUCUCCUUUUCUCUCUUUAUUCAUUUGUAAAGAUGACAUUUCUUUAUUUGGUUUACAUUAUUUUCUCUCUGUUUCCUGCUCAGCUUCCUUUUUUAUUUUUUUCAGGUUUUGGCCCAGGCCUGCAGCUUUCACAGCAUUCCUGACACUUUUGUUAAUAAAUCAUUGGGAAGUUAAUGAAAACGGCAUUCAGGCAUAUCCAAAAUGAUUGUGUUCUUUGUCAUGCUAAUAAAGUGAAAGAUGUUCGUCCAAUGGGUGAAUGCCUGCACAUUACCAGCAACUUCUGAUUAUGUGCGUGCCUGUUGCACCUCCUUCUCUCUCCCUCGCCCUCUCCUUGUUUCCUCUCACCCUCUCCUUCUCACAGGCGAAUGUUUUAGCAUAUUUAUCUCACAGGUUAUCAACAUGAAUCCAAUAGGUUCCCUGAAGCAGACAUUUGUGUCGCUCUAAAUUGCUUAGAGGGAAAUAAAAGAAGAUGGUCGCCUUGACUUGUUUUUGACCUCCACUUUCUAUUCUCCUUCACACCUCCUCUCCUUUGCCGUCUCCUUUUUUUCACCUUCACAUACCAGAGAGCAGGACUUCUUUUACCUCAAAACUUGAAAAGUUGGCAGGUCCUGUCGAUGAGUUUGAUGGUUGGUGACUAGCAGAGGGAGGCCAAGUUCAUUGUCAAUCAAUUCAGGUAUCAACAUUUUCUGAAUGUUUCAGGACACGUGAAGUAAAAUCACAUUAAAAAAAAUCACAGAUGAGGUUUCAGCUACUUCUGGACGCUACUGUGGAUAAACAUUUGCAAAAUCUAUUGAUUUGAUUUGCCUAUUUAGUUCUGAUUACAGAUUUUUGUUUUGUUCAAUCUUGACACUUGAAUGCAUAUUUCAUUUGAAAUGGAAUAAUUUGCAAUUUUAAACUGAUUCAUAGUAAAUACAGCACAGUAUGAUGUAACAGUUUUUAUCCAACUUAUUCCUCGUUAUAAUUUGACCAGGUUGAGCUGCAGUUUAGCAAACCAUAAAAUCCAUAAUUUACUGAAUUGGUCCCAAUAAAGAACAACAUAUUUGAGUUUUUGCACAAGACUGUCUAAAGACAUUUUUAGUUUUCAUAAAGAAAAAAAAAAUACCAAAGACAGAAUAACUGUAUUGAAUGUUUUAAAAUUAAAUCAUCAGAUUUAAAUGAGAUAGAUUGGGAUCCAAGAGUAAAUGGAGCACCCGAACACAGUACAAUGUAUUUUGGUGGGUGGGGCUUAUCUGAAGGCCCAAUAGUCUUUUAACCAGCACCAGCAAGUUGUCUUUAGAUUAUAUUAAAGAACUGGCAAUGAUCUCUCUGAAUAUGUGAAUUGACUUCUUGUUCAGGUCUAAGGAUGUACUCGAACAAGUUCACACUGACAAAUGGGGACACACUGGCUAACUUUACCUAUCAGGACUGCCAAAGGCGAAAUGACAGGACAUUUACACCUGAUAGAAAAACCAAGUGUGAGCGCAGAAAACUGAGGGGACAGUAGUUUAAAUGCCGAGACUGCACAUUCAUGUUAUUGUGUUGAACCCAUUUUGUCUUUUUUUGUUAUAGUAACAACACGAACAGCAUUAUAAGACUUCCUGAAGGGGUGAAAUUUCAGUGUCACAUUCUGAUAAUGGGUGAUGGAAGGUUACGAUGACUGUCAUUAUCGAGCAUGCCCAUGACAAAGCUAGCAUGCAGGAAGGGGUGGACUCUUCCCUCUUGUGUAGUAUUUGGACUUGUUUGUAUAAAUGCUGCCUAUUUUUUUUUUUACAUAUAAAAUUGUUAGAGUUUCUUAUACAUCAAAUUUUACAGAAAUAGCAAGAGAAAAUUGAGAAAAAUGCAUCAGAAUGUUGAUCGUCAGUGGCUGUUUGCUGCUUGUCUAGAUCACAGAUUGCAAUUUUUAGUGCUUAAAGAUAUGAACAAUGCUAAACCACUCAUGAAUAUUUCUAUGCAAUUAUACAGAUUUGUUUGAAAAAUAUAUGUCCCCUUCUUCUGUCCCUAUCUCCUCUGUCUCCAUGAGCACUCUGUCUCUGUCUCUUUUCUGUCUCUUGUUCAGGCCUGAAGCUCCAGGUACAUUGGUCUGAUUUUUUUUUUCUUCCUUUUUUCCAUCAUGAGGCUCGAAUGUGAAAAAAGGGAAUGGAAUAUUUGAUGGGGAUGGGCUCCCAUAAUCAAGCCGAAAUCUCCAUCAUUAUCCUUUAUCAGCCGAUCCCUUUUUAAAAAGCACCGGGAGUUACCGGUGUUUUACAUGAAUUUUGGGGCUCAGCGGUGCUACUGGGAGCCGAAUACAUUUGUCAGGUCGAGCCUCUCUUACAAAUGCACUGCAUGCAGUCCCCCUCUCUUUCACACAUACAUAAAACCCUUGGUAAUGGCAAAAUCACAAAUGAAGGGGGGUUGGCUGAAUAAGUGUGACUCCGUGUGUGUAUAAGAGGGGUAGAAACAGCAGAAAUGUGUGUAUAUGAAUAUAGAUGCAUACAGUUUUUGAAGGCAAGUUUUUUGACUUCAUUUUCGGAUGCAAGAAGAAUAUUAUGCAUUUUUUUUCACAGGAACCCUCAAAGAGACUCUCUCUUAUAAAUUUCUGGAUUUGAGUUUUUCUCUAUUCCGCUGGACUAACACAGACGUGAAAAAGCGAUGCAUUUUUGGCGCCAUUUUUUUCUGGUUUCUAAGAGGUCAUCUGCAAAAAUGCUGCACGUUUUUUCUUUCAUUUACACGUUUUUGUCGUCUUUAAUAUGCUUCUGCCAGCCACGUGUAGUCAUCCACACUAAUAUGAUGGUGCGAGACUCCACAUAUGUCAGAUUAAAAUAUCUUGCUGGCAUGUGAGAAACUCAGAUUUGUAAUUGUGCAUCCCUGUGUAGUAAAAAUCAGACUCAGAAGAUUCAAGCUUUGUGUCACAUUUGAAGAAGAAAUCUCAAGUGGGACACAUUUAGCUGCGGCGUGAACCGAGCCAGACAGAAGACUUCAUUUCACAGCCUUUUGUGAACAUCCAUGUUGCCUGGGAUGUGUGUUUGUGUGGACAUGCUAGCUAAAGGGGACAUCUGUUUGCCUGGAGGUGGGGGCUGACUCUCUUAGCGUGUGUGUGUGUGUGAGUAUGUGUGUGUGUGUUUGUGUCCAGGUGGCCACAUGGGAACGUGGAUGCAGACAGAAACACACUGGAGCCCAAAUGGCAGCGCUGGCAGUUUGUUCUGGAGUCCACGUCUGAGCAGGUAGCUGCAGGUGAGGGCAGGGGGGCUGGAAGACAACAACAACACUUCACUUAGGCCUAAUUAGGAAGGCAGCAGGGUCAGAGUCUGAGCAAUAUGUUGCACAUACGCCUCUGCGCUUACACAAGGUGGAUUAUGGGAUUCUUGACUGGGAGGAAGCUGCAGAAACUAGCAGAAUGGUGCAGAAAUUGUGCUCCCACCUUUUUUGUUGAGUUACAAAAUUCAGAGAUUUAUUUCCCAUUUCCAUUUUUGUUGAGGCCUAAGCAUGCAAGACAGGGAGAGAGCCUCACUGGAUUAUUGUUCUCUUUCUCUUUUGCCUAAAUAGUAACAAAAUGGAGGUCUUAACAUGCCUGAAAAUUAACCAUUUUUCGACCCAUCAAGCUAGGGCUGGUCGAUAUGGGAAAAAGUUUAUCACACUAUAUUUUUUUCAUAUCAGUCAGUGAAAAUGAAAUUUCACAGUGCUUAUCGGCAAUAAGCUACUGCAUCUGCGAGGUCUUUCUGAUUCUUUGACGUUUCAUCGUAAGGUGUUGCGCUAGAGAAAGCAGACUGAACAGUCGGCUGUUUCGGUUGCACAGGCGCCAUGGGCUCCUUUCCCCGCUUGGGGUUUUUACCUUUGCAUUGCGUGUGCUCUGCCGCAUGGCACUGCUUCAGGUGGUGAAAAUUAUUUGACUUUGCGAGAACAUGUACUCGAUAUAAUUUUCAGUGCACAUUACUCUGCUUCAUGUCUAACCUCAAAAUACUAAAAUACCUCCACACCACCGACAUUUUCAUGUCAAUGUUUUUGAUCAUCUGUUGAGACUUCAUCUGCAUUUCAGCCGCAGGUAGCACUCAUUUUCUUUUUUUCUCACCGUCAGUGCUGUCGGCUUCACGUGUUAAAAUGCUAUGGUUGCGUAUAGUUGCAGCCUGCAAAUACACAGUUGUUUGCUACUUAGUUCUAGUUCAGCACGAGUUGGUUCAGCGCAAAGUGGACCCAGGGCAACUCCCCUUUUCAUUGGCUAUUCAUAUAGUCUACCAAAACAUGGCAGAAUGCCAACUAUCGAAAAGCAUAUUGACCAUGUUUUAUAUUGAUAUUGAGGGAAAUUAAUUUUUCGAUAUAUAUCAUAUCGUUUUAUCGCCCAGUCCUACAUAAAGCCAUCUUAACAUUUAUUAAACAUCGACGCAGUUUCAGUGACGUCACUCACCAGUUUCUGAAGCACAGAUUUGAAGCCCGCUGGCGGCAGAUAAACGCUGACUCAACCUGACUUUCGGUUGACCUACCGUGAGACAAAGAAAGUUGGGGCGAGGCUGCAACCUGCUCACUAUCAGAAAAAAUUGUGUCUGCUGUGCAUCUUAUUGGCCUAACUACUUUUUUAAAUCAUUUGCUAUUUUAAAAAAGCCCAAAAAUACCAGUAAAUUAGAAUAAUGAUACAUGUUUAACUACAGAUAACUUUCUGCAUUGAUGUAUCCUGGUGUUUUCUGAUUUGCUCAAGGAUCACAGUUAGGUUUUACGAUUAAACAAUACUGUAGAACCACUGUAGGAUUUAGUUUUUUCUGCUGCCUUUACUAUCUGUUUUUUUGUGGAUCGUUCUCUGACCUUUAGCAAAAACACACUUCAAACUUAUUAAAGAAACAUUGAUUUCACAGGCUGAACAUAUGCCCCAGAAUCAAACGAGAUAAAAAAAAGGGGAAUAAGAAUAAAAACAGAGCGCAGGGAUCAAACAGAAGUCAUGUGAUCAGAGUGUAUUGCUCCUGUCCUGGGGCAUGAUUUCCUGUGAGCACCUUGGACCACACUCUCAAAGUUGCGUGCCAAGUCCCCUCCCCCGACCGCCAAACAGUCUCACUCGUCCAGGGCCUUUGACCAGCUUGCUCCCUAAGUGUAAAGGUCAGGGUGCUGAGACGACGGCUGGGGCUGCCUCUGAGCGCCGAGACUCAGGCCAGUUUUCCUCAGUCUCUCCCUGCUGCUUAAAGGUUUGAGCCGGGGUUGGGUGCUCCUCCCAAGGUGCUUAAAGAAGGCAUUCUUCUUCACCGAAACACCUCCAUAGUCAGACACCAGGGCAGCUAAGGCAGCAGCCGGCCAACAUUUAGCUUCCUGCUGCUGCGCGAAAAGUGGGAAAAGGUCCUCCAAAGUUCCACCAUCUGACUACAAACGCAGCAGACAUCGCCCCGAACCACUCAUCAGAGGUCAGCUAUUUUCUCUUCCCCCCUCCUCCUGCCUCCUCCACCAGGCUGAGGUUAGGUGAGUCUGAGCUGAUCCUGUGCCGGGGAGGGCAGCCGUCACCCCGAGCGUCAGGCUCACACCAGCAUCCAGCAGCUCCAGUGUGGCCAGGAUGAAAGGCAGAUGGAGGGGAGCGGACUGUACCGGGCUUGGCAGUAUUGAUGUCGGAGAAAAUGAACCGACUUCUCCAUCGAUCCGCAGAGGGAAAAUGUAGAAAUAGAAACGGUAAAUCUGGCUCUCUUGACUAACAGCUUAACAGCGGCCAUCUUUUUCUCCCCCCUCUUGUCUUUUGCUCUUUUUUUGUUGCCUCCUAUGUAAACCGGGCCAAUAUUCCUGCAUUGAUGUUGUCUAGAGGGCAGUAAAGCAUCCGAAAGCUAUAUUGGCUUGUUUUGUUCUCCUCUAGAUGAAGGGCUGCUGUGUUUUCAUGAUCAAUAGAGCAGGCCUGAGAAACUAUUCAAGUUACAGUUAUUUGAACAGGAGGGCAGUCGCACAGAUCAGGGAGCUGUGGUUUCAUCAGAUGUCCCAGGAAGGAUUUUAACUCUGUCCAGCAGCAGCAGCAUCAGUGAAGAGAUGAAACGCUGCAAGCCUCCCUUUUAUUCCCUUUACAUGGUGAUAAAUACAGUAGCAGUAAACUGUGACCUCUGUUUGCGAACAAAUACUUUAAAAAUUAAAGGCAACGAUAGUUUUAGUGUGGUUCAAAUUUCUACACAAGGGAUCCUCCUCCAUCUGCACUGGAAGCUUUCAAACCUGUCAGCAAAAGCUAACAGGGGUUGAUUUAUAUUUUCCUCCAUCACUUCUCUCCUUGACAUACAGAUUACCUGGUUAAAAAGCUGCAAUUUAGAAGUUUAGGGGUGAUUAAAAUAGAGCCAGAGAGCAGGUUAACAGAGUAAUAAGUAGGAUUUCCUCUCUAAUGUAUCAAGCAUUUGCAUCUGCAGAGUUUUAUCUGUGAACGAGUCUUGAUCAAUACCAAUUACCCUGAAAGUUUCUUAGAGUUUCUAAAAAGUUUUUUUUGUUUAUGGACAAAAUCAUAACUUUGCAAUUUUCUAUGAUACAAAUCUGAUUGUCAAAAGUCUAAGAAUGAUUUGUCUACAGGGGGCGCCAACAUUGACACACUGAUACAAAUUGUAGGUUAAUCACAGGAGCUUUUUAAAGCUUAAAAAUACUAAGUCGACAUUUUGACACCAAAUACUGAUUUGUACAUGACUUGACUGUUUUAAAGUUGUAAUUCCUUUGUCCCAGUAUUGUAUGAUUUACAGAUGUUUCAUCUCUGGCAGUGUAAACUCUUUGAUAACUUGCUAACAUCAGUGUCACUGUAAUUAACCAGACUUUAUAAAAUUAAAACAAAGUAGCUCUGUGACAUCAAUCAUUAGAUUCUGAAGAGACAUUUUGAACCCAAACUAUGGUUUUUACAGAAUGACACAAGUGGCAUUGAUGACACAAACUAAUUUUCCACCACUCAAAAGGUGGUGCUGAGUGGGGCAAGCUCAUCUGUCUGACAUAACAGCCACACCCUCAAAUACGGAAACAUAUGUAUAACUCUAACCCCCAAUUUCCAUCGCAUCCGGAACAGCUAGGAAAAGACUGUAUCCGCCAAUCACAGCUGAUCGUAACCAUUCAAGUUAAUGUGUCAAUUUCCACCGACUUCUUUACGGAGACAAACAAGCGAAAGGUUUAUAGACAGCAUUUCACCCCGAUGACACCAUGGAUGACGAGAUGCUGAUUCUAGAAGUCUAAAAGUGAAUUUCCUCCUUUGGAAGGACACAAUUUACUACUUACGGCUGUCUUUAUAGAUACAACUUGUUAUUGCGCAAUUCCACGUGAAUCCGUGGAUUCUUGCUGUCAGUAAUCCGACUCGAAAUUCACCUCACAAAUGGAUCCGGUAGGAAUUGGGGAACAGCGAAAAUCGGAUCGGAGCUGUUCCGGAUGCAGUGAAAAUUGGGGGUUAGCCUUGAGGAGAAGUACUGUGACCACUUUGAAGAAAAGUAAUCAGAUUACAUGUGAUCUGAUUACUUGCCCCCCCCAAGAAAAGUAUAUAGGCAUUAGUUUCAUCACACUUGAAGACCUCUGUUGACAGAUUUGGUCAUGUCAGUAUAACUUUCAUUUUAUUGUUACACCUGUAAGUAUAUUUUCGGAAACUUCUGGUUAUUUUGAUAGUCUGUGUGAAAAAACUCUUGACAUAAAAAUACUUUGAUGAGGCUAAGAAGAUAGAAAAAAAAGAAGUGUGCAGUAUUUGUGCUCUCAGCAAACGAUCAUCAGGAAGACUGAAAAAGAAGCGACAACAAGACGGCUAAACAAAAACAAUCAACAGAGAUUUGAUUGACAGGACCCAGGGGUGUCUAGCACCCAUGGGACUAGACCUAAUUGUUGGAGCCUCACAGGGUGCAAAGUCAGCACUGACUCUGAUCAACACAUAAUAAUCAAACUUAAUCUGUUAGCAUUAGUUAUGCAUAAUAUUCAGUGGCAUAUGAGUAAUACACAUUCUCUAUUCAGCUCAGUGUUUAGCUGAGUCGUUGAGUCUGAUUCAAAGAUACCUGGUUCACCGUGGGUACAGCCGAAUAUAAAUUCAUUUUUACUAUUUCAUAUUUUUUUAACACCUUCAAAUUUGAAUGUUUUUAUUAUUUGGGUUUGUUUAUUUUAUUCAUUGUUCUUUUUUUGUUAUUAAAUCCAAUAAGGUGUUCAGAGUUUAUUCUAGAGGACACCAUUGGCACAUGUAAUGCAAUGAUAAUCCAUCAGAUGCAGAAGUCAUGUCACGAGUAACUUUUAAUGACACGUGGAAAAUGGUAGAUCCAUGAGCCAGAUGGGAAGUUAAGCUUUCAAAUAGUUUCUGAUGCUUCCAGAGGAAUAUUAACUCGACUAAUCCAGUUCAUGAUUUAACCUGAUACUUCAUAAAAUCUUGUGCAAAAUGUGUUUUUCAUAUUACUGACAUUAUUCAGAAGCUCCAGCAGGUUUUAUUGGGUGAUUUAUCCACAUUUAUCGUUUAAGCCCUUGAUGCACAAUAAGCUUUAUAAAGCCCUUGAUUGUUAAAGUAAAUAAAUCUGAUUUUGAAAAAAAAAGUUUUUAAAAUUUUUGAGAGUUGUAGAGAGACUACCGCUUGACCUUGUCUUAACUUUGUAUCCACACACUUGGUACAGUUUUCAUGUUAAUGCAGUGAGCUUUCAGGCGUUCUUCAGAGCUUUUCAAACAAUGAAAAGGCAGUUUUAAAUAAAGUAUGCUGUAUAUCUGUGUGCACACACUGAUAGUGGAGACCACACCUUUUAGAAGGUGUAGUUUGGGUUUAGGUGCGAGUCAUCAAAAUCCCAUAAAUCUGUCACCAUUGAACAGGCAUCUAAACCUGACUGUUCAAAACACACGUUCCCUUUUUUAACUUAAUAUUCUUAAACUUUUUUCUUUUUUUUUCUGUCUGUAACUUAGUACUUCAUGUUUGUUUUACAACAUACUGUUUCAGUCUUCAUUUUGUGUAUUUAGUUUGUCUGAAUUCAUAUAAAUAGAACUUUAUGGAAAUAAGAUCAUACAAACCUUUAUUCGUACUGCGGUGGGCAAAAAUUUCAGGGUUAACAGCAAUAAAUGAUCAGCAUAGCACACACAGAAGAAACAAGUAAUCAUAGAGCUAAAGCACAGAUAAUCAUAAAAAAGUUUUUAAAAUGAACAAAAUGUUAAGUUUGAUAGAAAAAAAAAGUUUCCUGUUAUUGCACUGGAGUAAAGUUUUAUGUAUUUUACAAAAUAAAUAUCAAGUUUGUGUGUAUUGCACAUGGGUGGUAGGACUGAGUUUAUUUACUGGAGCAGGAAGGAAGGACUUAGAAUGUCUCUUUGUCAAAUAAUUUAAUAAUUCAGGUGUCAGAGAGAGGAGCAACCUCUUUAAAAACGGCACCCUUUAUCAUUUAAAAUCCCCAUUACUAUUACCAUAACCUCACUAUGCCAAUUGACAACCAUAAAAAUAAUAGGCCUGUACUAAUUGCUGUUCUGUGUCUAGAGAAAAAAAAUGAUUUGAUCAACGUUUUAUCCUCAAAAAUGUCUGAUUACCAUGAUCUCAGAAAACAGAGCCAAAAAACAAUAGGUGUGACCCUUGUUUCAUAAUUAUUACAUCUCAAAGCCUUUCUCAAAGAAACAGUUGAAACUCAAAAACAAGAAUAAAGAAACUAAGAGGCUCUUUUCUUUCUUAUGUGUGUAAAUCCAUGAAAUGGCAGACGGCUGUAAAUAUAACUGUUGGAGAUGACUGAAAGAGCAGAGAUAGCUCAGACAUAAUUCAUUGCAGCUAGAAAGGGUGCUUGCAGAUCACAUGACACAUUUAGGGGGUUUUAAUGCAAACUUUUAGUCAAAAGUUUGUGUCUGAUGAGAGAGACUGAGGUGUUGCUGUGGUGCAGUGAGGUAAAAACAGUUUGUACGCAGAUUUGGUUUUCUCUUUCACACCACUGUGUUGUUUCAGAUUGAAAAAAAAAAUGAAUCUCAUUUCUCCUCCUAUGCUACAGCGAGCUCUGAGCAGAGUGCCCUUAGUAUUUUCAUCUCGCACAUCAUGCUUUUAAUUAUGGGACAUAUCGAGCAGCGUGUCCAAUUCACAAUGGCUCCGCUGGAAUAUUCAUGUCCAAAGUUAGAGGAAAGUGGAAAGGGGAGGGAAGUGAGAUGUAAUUGUAAUUAGUGAAGAACCUGGUGCUGCCAAUUCUCAGAGGAGCAUCUGAGUCACCUGCUGUGUGUAUGUGUGAGAGAGUGUGUGAGAGUGUGUGUGCGAGUGCAUCUGUCCUCCUGGCUUAGUGUACCUGGACACACCAGGGAGUGUGACGAGCUCUCUUGGCUUAACUAGGAGAUGUAACUGUCUGUCUCCUCGCUCCGGGCUGAAGUGGCUAGUUAGCAUAUGCGCUGCCAUGCGUGCGUGUUUACCCUAUACCAGAGUGUGUGUGUGUGUGUGUGUGUGUGUGUGUGUAUAUCUGAGUGCACGUGUGUAGGCCUCAUCUCAAGUCUCACCGGAGACUUGUUGUCUAAGAUUAAUGAAGGUCACCGGAAUCCUCCAAAGUAUUCCGAUAAUUAAGGCUUUGUUUAUCAAAAACAAGUUAUAUUAAGAGCAAAAAGAUUCAUGGUAAUUAUUCAUAAUCUUAACAAUUCAAGUGUAGCCACCUCAUUUGUGCCUUUAAUUCUUCUUGUUAAUGUUUUGCAUAAAUCUGCAUAAUUACUUGAGAUGCCUGUUGUAUUUUUGACAGCUACUCAGUUCGUGUGCACUAAAGGGUAUCGAAUGUGCCGCGCGCUGCAUACUUAAAAAGCGGGCUGUAUGGCUGCAGCCGCCGAGCAUAUUUCAGCCAUCAAGCUGGCAGCGCGGGGCGGCAAUGCACGCAGAGAAUAGGGUGUUUUCUAUCAAUCGGGGUAAAUGAAUGCUUCUGCUGCUGCCGCUGGUUAGAAUGAGGGCUUUUAUGAGCGAGGCGUCCCCCAAAUCACGCCGCUAAACGAAGACAUUGGUGUAUAAAUCAACAAACGCCCUGCAAACAAGAGCUGUUGAGAGUUUGCUUUUAUUUUGAAGAUCAAAUCCCCUCUAUAAUUCACUCUGCCGAUAUAUUUCAAUGUGCCUGUGUGCAUGCCCUGAGCCUGUGUAUAUAGCUUGACAUAUCAAGCAGCCCUCUAGUAUAAUCGCUGCAUAAGUCUGAUGCAGUAAUCACAUGUAAAUGACCACUGCAUGGAAACACUCGCUCUUAGUUUACAUAAUCUUGUAAUGACCUCUUGUAACACUCUGCCUGUGAUAUUGGCCUUAAUAGAUUGGUCUUGCUCUAAAUUUUUUUAAUACUUUUUUUUUACUUGCAGCGCCGGGCUCUGGAAUUACACGGAAAGUGAGGCCGGCCUAUUAGCACCAUGACAUGAGUGAUUUAAUUUACCCUCCGUCUCUCUCUCUCUCUGUCUCUGUCUCUCCUCUUAUUUAGCAUGCGACAGGCGUGGACAGCAAUGCCUGUGUGAUUGGGUGAUGAUUUUAAUAAACACACACACCGCCGGAGGGGCCACAGGUCAACAGUGUUUGGAUUCAUCAGCUGCACAGGUAGGAUAGAGCUGCGAAUGAUUACUCGCACACAUGUACUCACUUUUAACAAGCGGUCAACAUGCACUGCAGAGACAACACUGACUUUAGCUCCUUAUUUCUGCUGUUUUGUUCUCUGCUGCACUCGUUCGUUACACAAACUCUGCAUAUUUGCAUGCUAAGUGUAGGCUAAAGCAUCUGUGCAUCCUCUGUGUGUGUGUUUGUGUGUGCGCGCUCCGGUUGUCCACUGCGUCACACUUCUCUGCGUACCCAGCCCUCCGUGCAGGCCUUGUGCUCCCGCUCAGAGAAACAUGUGGCUCAGAUGUUAAUUGAAAUUUGUCUAAUGAAGUAAAGUUAAGAAAGACUGAGGGAGAGAGAUUUUAUAGUUGGAGAGGUAGGUAGACAAAGAGAAGGCAGGGAAGAGAGGAAGUGAGGAGAAAAAAAAAAAAAAAAAAGAAAGCCUCAACUUUCUUUAAUUAUGUUUACCCAACAGGCUUUGCUUCCUCAUUUAAAUAGCAUAAACAUCUGGCCGUGGCGCGCCACUAGCAUGGCGGCAGUAGUCAAGCAAAUCUUGUGGAAAAUAAUGAAAUUAGAUCCCUGGUGCUGUGACAGUGGAAGGGCAGAAGACAUCCGCUCCAUGUUAAUAAAAUUGCCAUGAAUGAGUGAAUACAAUUAGGAAAUUGUCAGUGGCAGCAGUGAACUUUUGUAACUCACCGAUGUUUGCAUCAUUCGAUUAAGGCAGCAAUUUGGACUUGUUUAUUUGCGGCCGGUGUGGCUUUUAUUAAUUGUGACCCGGCAGUGAUUGGCCUGCGAUUAAACCAGUCACAUAUGAUGUGGCUGAGGGUGAGGGAUGGAUUGCUGGGCAGGCUGAUGGAUGACAUUUUUUCUUUUAAUUGUUGUUUAUCUCUCUGUGAGAGCAGAGUGAGGGAGAUUCGACUCUGAGUGUUUGUGUCAUGUGCGCACUCGGAGGAGAGUGUGUGUUUGGGUUUGCAUGGGAGUGAUUUUGAGUUGAGAUAGUGAGGUUGUCUGGUUUUAACUGUGGUUCUUCAAGAGUUCAUUUAUACUCUAUGCAAGAUACACGAUACAUAUACGGAUAAAGCCUUUUGUCUGCUCUUUGCGUUCAUUAUGUCCAUCUUUCUGCUUGUUCUCUGCAAGCUUGCUUACAUGGACCAAAUGUUGCUUCACCAACAAAAAUCUGGGGCGGUACUGGGCCAAGAACUGAAGUCAAUAGUUCAAACCAUAGACUAUUAAAAUAAAGAAAUAUGUCAUACAUUGAAAAAAUACAUUUUUUUCCAAUCUGUCCGCACUAUGUAAAGUAUUUAAUAGCCUCAUAGACUACCUCUGUCUAUAACGUCCCCUCAGUGUUUGCCUCCCUCAAACAGAAACAAUAAUAUCUCCCCCACGGUCACCAUGUCCGUUGUCAUAAACUGUUGACUGUUCUUCUUUUGGGGAACAUGAGACAAAGGACAUGACUUUUUGAGACAUGACAAAUGAGACUACAGACAAUUCUUAAUCUUAUUUUUGAGGCUAAACCCCUAAACCCUCACAAUCCGUGUUGAGUGUGUUCCAUCAGCGUCUUGUGCUACGCAGCAAAUACGUUUGCAUUCUAAUCAAUGCAGCAUUGCACAAAGGAUGCGUCCCAGCUCUGUCUCUGCACCGUGCCAGAAAUGUCUUGGCACGCCACUCUGCUAAAGAUAUCCUUGGAGUCUAUUUUCGACACUCUAUGCUUCCAACAUGCAUCAAUCUCAACAGAGCAGAUAGCAUCAGGCAGGAAGUCGAACACAAGCAGGAUGUAGUGAAUCCAGUAAAUUUUAAAAUAAAACACCACAUGCAGAUUCCUAAAUGUUUAUCAGUAUGUGUUCAUGAGAAAUACUUCCUGGUUAUGGAUUUAUCUUUCUUGUGCUCCGUUCACCAACCAACCCUCAUGAUGUAAUCAACAACGUCACUUCAAGAUGGUGGCUCGCUAGGUAGAGAGCCAACUAGAAACUACGAAAAUAAACUUAUUUCUAUAGUUUUCGCCAUUUUUCAAAAUCCAAUGUAAGCCAAGGUCGUUUAUUAAAAUAUAUCCUACUACUACCAGUAACAAAAUAUGCACGUUUCAUUUCCACUUUAACACAACAAGCCCAUGGCCUAUCCCUGAUCCAUGUUGACCACAUCACAUUGCCCUUGAGGGCCACCGUUGCUUGUAAAGCCUCACCAAAUAGAGGGUUGAGCAGGGGCGCAUUUCAGUCUUGACCACUAGAUAUAUUUCAGGGAAGAGUUCCUAAAACUAACUUUGAGUAGUGCUAAUUAUUUGAGCUGGAGAAGCUGAUUUUAUAAAGGUUAAUAAAAUUGAUGGGCAAAAUGUCCAUAUCUAUCUAUCUAUCUAUCUAUCUAUCUAUCUAUCUAUCUUUACACACACACACACACACACACACACACACACACACACACACACACACACACACACACACACACACACACACACACACACACACACACACACACACUCAUAGAGAGAGACAGAGACUGCAGUACUCUCAAAUAAAUCCUUUCAAAUGCUCUCAGUCUUUAUCAUCUUCACUCUUGGGUCUGACGUUCACAAAUCUGAGCUCCCUUUGCAAAUAUGAAGCAGUGGGUCUGUACCCUCCUUGCUCUGUGCUUUCUAGAGAGAGGACUGUGUUUACUUUACAGCCUCACGCAGGCAAGGGAAGGGAUUACAUUUGUGGAAAUGAGUUGUCAUUUCAGGAGGUAAUAAUGGAUUUGGGCCUGAGAGCUCGACAAACACAACACGGGGAGAGCGGAGAGGAUGAAACAUGGGCGCCGAGGUAGGGAAUGUGUGUGUACAUAGUGGAUUUGUGCGGCACAGAGGAAAGAUGGAACACACACUCUCACACAGAAAAGUACACAGGCGCACAUGAACUAUUUGGCUGGACAUCUGUACAAAUGAGGGUACUGGUGGAUUCUGCUGGGAUGCCUGGUUGGGGGGUGGAUAUCCCACCACAAGAUUCCUCCAAUCUUCAAAGCCCCAGUCCAGUUGGAAGUAAUGGUUUCCAUCCUUUUUGCCAGAUUGGGUCCGUCCUGUCAUCACCGCUGCAUUUUCUGACAACUGUGUUUUAUCUUUAGUCUCGGCUGCCCUCAGAAUUGCCUCUGUAGUACUGUACGCUGGCUGGAAACGUCUCUUUUGUCUUUGGCUGAAGUUUUGGAAGUUCCAUCCCCGUCCGCCAAAGGAAACAGACCUUUUGGUUUUACCUCCUGUCAGUAAUGGUGACCUUUGGACUUCACAGUAGUAUGCCAGUCACAUUAAGUCCAUCAUCAUCACACAGGGCCUCUUGUCUCCAUAUUCCAUAUGUAUAAUGUGUCUGUCAGUUGAAAUAACAUCACUGCUGAUUCAAAUAACAAAGCUGAAUCCAUGGAUUAUUCUGGGAAUUGACCCGAUUGGAGGUCAUGGCAUCUUAACAGGGUGUGUGAAGGAAUAAAGUCCAACUGGUUUAUUUAAUUUCCAAUCACCAAUAGUCAACUGGGACCUUAUUUGUUCAGGACCCAGAAAAUAUUCACUUUGAUCAAGAGAGAUUUCUAUAAAGCCGUAUGAAAAUCCAACAAAGACUAGAGCAGGAGCAACAGCAUGGCUAACUUUUGUAUUUGCAGAGAUUCAUAAUGAUUUCUGGCAAGUGAGGAUGGGUUCUCUAAAAAUAAACAGACAUCGAUCGACCUGUUGUCCUUUGACAGUAAAAUGUCCCACGUAAUGUGAAAACUUGCCAUGAAAAAAUAAAAAAAGUUGGGUUAAGUUGUUUGUUUUUGGACCAUUUCCGCCUGUAUUGGGUAGGACAGAGAUGGGAAAUGUGAGCUGAGAAUGGGGAGGGGCAUGCAGCAAAAGGCUUUGGUCAGGAAUCUAACCAGCAAAGACUACAGCCUUUGUGCAAGCGGCGCACUUUCACAUUAAUUAAUCAUCUAUUUAUUUUGCUUUAGUCUGACUGAAAAAUGAUGUGAACAGAUUUGUCUGAUCAAGGUCUGUCUAACAUACCUUAAUAAUGCAGUUGAUUGAUUUUCUCUCUCAUGUUUUCGGCUUUGUCGAACUGAAGCUAGCCUGAGCAUUCUGCAUGUGCUCUAGUGUUCACUUGCCUGGCUUUGAGCAAACAAAGAAAGGACGCUAAAAAGCCGAAACUCUCUAUUAUUCGAAGGACAUUACAGAGCUGUGGAAGUGAUGUUGUUUUCAUCGUUCAGCAUAAAUCCUGUUAGCCUCCUGCUAACACGUCCCAGUGACUGUUUUUACACAUUACCGGUCCAUUGGGAGAUGCCCUGAUAGUAACAAACUGAAAGGGGGGAAGUCGCCACCUAACCUAACAGAGGCGGCACACUUCUGGCAAUCAUUUGAUUCUUGCCCAGUGCAUGUCAACUGGGACGAGGACAGUAGUCCAGUUAAAUUGCUCAAUUGAGCUAUGAAUAUAGCUCGACUUGUCUAUGCAUGUGAAUGUACUGACUGAAAAGCUUUUUCAUGGUAUGCAGAAUUAGCUUAUUUUUCAUAAAAGUUUGAAGCUGUUGUCUUGUUUGAUAGUUGUCAUGGACCGUAAUAAGAAUGUUCUGCCAAGUGAAGUUUCCAGUCUUUUUGGCUUAGAGGGAUAUUUCAGUAUUUUUGAUGAGCCACUGUAGUAUACUGCAUUAGAUAGAUAGAUAGAUAGAUAGAGAACUUUAUUAAUCCCCGAGGGGAAUUAAUACUAGUUGCACUGAUGUAUAGGAUGCAGUUCACUUUACAGAUGGGUUGAACUAAAGCUUGUGUUGUACACAGAAUUUUACAGCACAUUUGCCACCAAUGGGUGAAACCAUUUGUCACACUAGUAUUUCCAGGAAGAAGGAAAAAAUGCCUCUUAAGUCAAAGCUCUUUGUCUGUAAACUAACACAGUUAAAGGCAAAAAAUUUGGACAUCUUUACUUGAUUAAACUUAUUUGUAUUCUUCUGGCACGCUGAUUCUAACUUGCACCCUGAGAUAUUUAAAAAUUAUCCUCAAACUUGUAAAAUAGCUAUCAUUAAGUCUUUGCCCUAUUAAGGCAUUAAAGGGAUCAAAGCAUCUCUAGGGUCAUACGUACCAUCAGGAGUCUAAGGCAGAUUUCUUCCUCUAAAGCCUUUAAAUGCGCCUCAUACUUAAUGACAGAGCCAUAUGCUAAAGCUAUUGAGAAUGUAUGUGCUUUGAUGUGCGUAAAAUGAUUGUUCCAGGUUAUGCAGAGGUGAGGGGCAGAGGGGUUUGGGUUCUAAUACAACUGGCUUUGUUAAAUACGCUCCAUAUACUAGCAAAGACACGCUGUCACAUACAGCUGUGAAAUCUUUUCUGCCAUUAAUGCUACACAAGGUAAGGACUUACAGGGACUGCACAUUCCACAGACAUUAUCGUUAGCUUGAGUCCCUCAUACAGAGAUUUUCUAUAGGUUAGGUGAUGGGCUGGUUGUGUAUGCGUUUGUGUAUGUGCAUGAGAGGGUGUGCACGCUUCUAUGUGUGUGUGUGUGCCCCUGUGCCGGGGAUGAAUCUGUGUACAAGUAUCUACUCUUGCAUAUUUGAGUGCUUGCAUGCCUGCACGGAUGCACGUGUGUGUGUGUGUGUGUGUGUGUAUGUGUGUGUGUGUGUGUGUGUGUGUGUGUGUGUGCGCACAGAGACAGAUGGGUAAUAGCCCCUGUGCUGAAAACGGGGCCCUGUGUAACGUGCAGCCCUGAUUGCAGACCUGAUUACCUGCCAUAUGCUAGCUGAAGGGUUGAGGGCCGGACCAAAUGAGAACAGUAUGCAAACGUUAAAGCAGCGUUUUUAUAGCGCAGUCAUUAUGCCCCCGCUCUGGCAAAUGAAAACGAGCGUGGCAGGGAGGGAAAAUAAUGAAGUCAUAAAAAAACGGACGGGUCACGGUGCGUGGUCGCCUCUGCCGCCACCUCCGAGCUGUAAUCCCAUUGGCUGGAGGGAAAGGGGAAGGGUCCCCUGCUAAGAUGAUGGUAAGGCUUGUGUUAGACCGCAGGGUGGCCCUGUUCCAUCGGAAAGUCUUCCAGAGAGGGGCGACGGCAGUUAAAGAUCAAACUGUAUUAUUUUCCCUGGUGCAUCACCUUUACUUGGGGAAUGAGUACAAAAGCGUGUGUGUGUGUGUGUGUGUUAGAGAGAGAGAGAAAGAGAGAGAGAGAGUGUGUUCCUGUGUGUGAUGUGAUUAUGUUCCUAUUAGCCUUUGCAUUCUCCAUUAUGCAUGCAGUGUGCGGGGCUAAACUGACCUUGUAAGAUGAUCAUUGACUCUCCUUGGAAAACACUUGUUAUCCCAGGAUUAACACACACACCAAUUACUACCUGCUUGCCACAUGAGCUCAGGAAAUAAAACAUUUCCUAUCUGUGUCUCUUACAAAGGGGGGACAUCCAGCCCUCUGUGUAUUCACACGGAUGCAGGGGCACGCAGAUCCAUACGUAACUCUUUAAGAGUCAACUUAUUUUACUGCGCGGUAUAUUAAUAACAGAAACACUGCUGAUAAAAGCAACAUUUAAGAUUAUAUUUUUAAAAAAUCCUGUUCAGUCAUGUUUCCUGGCUGGAUUAAAAUCCCAGGGGCUCUGCAUGAAUAAUGUGCUGUGGUAGCUCCGCCCGUAAUUGGUGGGUUUCCUUCAAAAACAUGAUACAUCCAUUUUAAAUAAGAGAGCUCUGAUCGCAACUAUUAAUGCAGGAAAAGGAGGCUGUUAGUUCAUCUUGGUGAUGUCUCAAUUAAAGAAUGGGCUUUCAACAAUCAGGAGACGCGAUUUUGAUCCUUUUUUGUUCAUUUUUAAGAAUUAACUGUAUUGAAAUAUACUAAGCGUCUGUGUCUCAUUUUAAUAUUUUACAGUGUAUCUAUUUGAAAAUUAUGAAGAAAGUUACAAUAAGAUCUUGUUUGAAAGUUUUUUUUUUUUGUUAGUAUUUUUAGGGAAAAAUUGUCUACUUAUUCAAAGCAGUCUAUACCUUUUUUAACACAGAAUAUUACACAAUUUUGAAAACAAAAAAAUUGUUGCUAAAAGUCCUUAAGAGGUUUUUAAAUAUGUAACCAGGCACAAUCAUUUUCUGAUUAUUUAACAACUUUGGUAGUUACUGUAGUGUAACAAUAUAAGCAUUUAUCUUGCUUCCACUGCUUGUAGAUUGAUUUUUUUUUUACCUAUCAAUGUAUGUUGCCUUUGCUUAUAAGGCUGGGUCAGGCCCUGCCCAAGACACAAAGUAUAAAAAGACCAAUUUUCCUCAAGUCCCAAGCAGCCAUAAUGACGUAUUAAAGGUAUAGGAUUAACAACAUUAUAGUUAUUUACAUAAAUCAUAUUUAUGUAUAAUGGCGAAGAAAUGAUUUUGAAUUACCAAGGCCAAAGUGUCAAACAUUUGUGACUAAAAUGAACCAAAACACAUUAAUUCACCUCUGUAACCAACAAAAACGUGAGGCAGUAGAUUAAAUAACUUGUAGUGCUUGUCUAUUGGAGUAUGUAUAUGCCAUCUCUGUGAAGAGUCAAAAACAAAGUGGCUUCCUGUAAAGGGCUAAAACAUGUCAAAAUUGAGCAUAAACAUAACAUAAGCUUUAGAGGUGCUGACUUUGUAAAAAGUAGGUAAAUUACUAAGUUCAGUUGACUCCAUCAGGUCUGAAGCCUUGGUAGUUCUCCACCAAGUUUCUCUACAAAGGGGCUGAGCUGACCAGGAUCCCUGUGGGUCAUACCCCUCUUAUCGACAAGUAUCUUAUACAACCCCACUGAAAAAAUCUUCCUUUGGACUUGGAUCAAAAACCUUUUUUAUAGGUCGAGUUCCUUUCUCAGGCCAAUGGAAAUGACAUUAAAAUGUGUCUAUUCUGUUUGAUGCUGGUACAGGAGGUGAUUUCUAUUCUGGUUCUGCCCUAAUCAGGUUGUAAAGUGAAUACUUGCCCAUCUUAAUGAGGUUCAGUGUUUGUGUACCGUGUGUAUCACUUUUCUGCUGUUUUUGGCAAAGAAAACUGAUUCCCAUUUAACAAGCUGAGACUCCCAGCGUACUACAAACCUGUUCGUUGCAUGUAAGGAAUGACUCCUGUUGCCAGGGGCUUCCCAUCACUUUUCCCAUUUCCAUCCAUCAGGAGAAAAGGGGAACUUGUGCAUAAUCCUGAAGCCCAUUGUGGCCUACUUAGUGGGAAGGGAACACGUCUUUCCGACUGGUCGUGCCUUUGUAUGUGGGUCAGCUUCAUUCAAAUUCUCUUUCAUUCCAGCUCCUCUUCCGACACUGUGGCCCAUCAUUAGCUGUAAUAUAGGUCACCCCAGGCUUUGUGAGGCUCCAGCCCCAUUUGCAUUCUUGAUUCAGAUGAAGCAGUCAUAGUGACUGUAGGUAGGGAGGUGGGAAGCUAGGGGGGAAGGUGGCAUCAGAAGUAAAGGCGAAGCUUUUAUCACUUUUGAUGAAAGGAUGGGGUCAGUCUGGAUACAUGCUUAAAAGGAUCAGGGUGUUUUCCCAGUGGUGGAGAGAUGAAACUCUUCUGCAGGUUGAAAUUUACAGCAGGUACUCUCUCUCCCCUUGUGCCGUGGUUAAAAACAGCAAAAUGAAGAGGAAGUCUAUUCAGACUAACAGUCACAUGUCAUUAUCUAAGAAAUAACCACUUAAAGGUAAAAGUCACUACCUAGUCAUUAUUUAAUGAAGACCAAAAGUACAAAGCAGGAAAAGACCUGUGGUGGAGUUGCCUCUGCACUUGUAAUUUCAUACAAGUCCUGAAUUAACUUUAUAACAAGUAAUUUGAGUUUUAAUGGAGAAGAGUGAGGAUGUACUUUUCUCUGUAAAUUGUAAUUUUGUCGAUUUAAAAGUUUUAGUUGAAAUGCAAGAAAGCUGUCUUUACAUUAACUUGUAACUCGUGAAAACUUUUCCCAUCUCUGUUCUUUUCAAGUAUUGAACAAUGGGACUUAUUUCUACGAGUUCGAGUUUUAAAAGUCGCUUUUUCAGUCGUUUUUAAGGACUUUUUACUUUUGGUAAUAUUAUAGCAUGAACCACUCAGUAUGCUUACCAAAGUGAUGCCUGCAGUGUUGUUUGGCAUUGCCUAGCUGAAAUAUGAAGGUCUUCCCAGAAAAAAUGUGUUGGCUGGAUGGCAGCUGUUGCUCCUACUAUUCAGCAUAAAUGGCGCCCGCCCAGAUGUGUAGCUACACGCACCACGGACCCUUCUGCAACUCCAUACCAUCAAGGACUGUAGCUUUUGAGCUGUGUGUUGAUAACACACAGUGUGGUCCCUCUCCUUUGUAGAGGGGAGGACACAGGAGUCUGUGAUUUCCAAAAAAGAAUUAAUUGAAUUUUGAUUUGGUCUCAGGUCCAGAGAAGUUGUCAGUGUUUCUGGAUCAUGUUUACAUACAUUUUCUCUUGGCAUGGUACAGUUUCAACUAAACAUGCACUGAUCGAUCAGCGCUGAUUUCCUCAAGUUUGGGGAAUCAGUGAUCAGCUGAUCCUUACAUAUGAAACCGAUUUUAUCCACCGAUCUUAUCAACCUCUGCAAAGGUCUGAAAGUCAGCCGUUUUUUGUUUUUUGCUUUGCCAGAAUGGCAGGCCCGCCCACUAGGUCAUGUGCGUCAGCGCAAGUGGCACACACAACAGUCUUCCAGAGCAUGAUCAACUAAGCAUGUUGAACCCACUACAAGGAAACAUCAAACUCAGGACAGUUUAUUGGUGAUUUAAGUCGUGUUGUUAGUUUGUCCUGUAGAUCAUUAUUUUACUAACAUUGUCAAACCUUGUGAUUUCCUUUAUUUGUUAAAGCAAAAUACUGCUGUACACUUUAUUUUGGUAAGAGGCUCAAGCAAGCCUGCAGUGUGACCUGUUGUGCAAGUAUUGUUAAUUUUUAAAAUGUGGAAAUAAAAGACAGAAGAAACUGAUAUAAUUAAGUAGUUUGAAAAGUGAUAUUUUAAACUUUUCAUGUAUAUUAGAGAGAACUACCUCAUGUGCAGUUAAAACAAACACAAAAAGUUUGUAUUGUUUCAAAAGUAUUGCUCAGUGUUUUUCAUCAAAAUAAGAUUGGAGCAUUGAAGGUGUAUGUUGUCAGUUAUUAAAAGAAAAUAAAAAAAUCAGUAUCAGCCAAAAUCGGUAUCGGUAGUUCAAGCUUUUUAAAGAUCAGUGACCGGCCAGAAAAUUGCGGCGAUUUCCACUACAGAGUCAAGUCUGUUUUUAUGCACUGCUCACUGAAGGUCUGAAGGUCAUAGCCAUUCAGUGUUGAUUUUUGGCCUUGUCCUUUAUGGUCAAUGGUUUCUCCAUAUUCUCUGGGACUUUAUUUAUUUGAUGACAAUUCAAGUACAGUUCAACAGAUUUGCAAACCUUCAUGUUUAAUAAUAAGUAAUAUAACUAAGUGAAUAAUUCAGUAAUAAGGUUUUCAAAGUAACAAUAUUAAGUGUUGUGUGCUGUCUGGGGUAGCAAGCUGGAUUUAAGUGUCCUUAAUAAGAUACUUUAUGCAGAUUUUUUUUUUUUUUAUGAAUGUUUCUCUUUGCACAGGGGAGUCUGCGUCUCUGUCCUGCAGGCAAAAGCAGAAAGUGGUAAUUUAGCGGAUGGGUGUGGUCAUCUAAAAUAUUUCCACGUAGGCUUUGGGCUGCUUUUCCAUGAAAAUGGAACAGUCCAGUUUGUUUGCAGUCUGGGGUUGUACUGCCGAGCUGAACCACUUUUAUACUCAUCAGUAGCCUUUGUGUGUAACUGAAGUAGUGCAUGGCAGACGCACAAUAUGAUCCAGAAGUAGCAGGCACUACUUUUUUCCUCUCUGACUGGUUGUAUACUCGAUAGCAGCAUAAGUGUCUGUCUGCGAGGAUGGUUGUUUUAUUCCAAGUUUGCUAUGCUGCUGUGUAGCUUUGAACACUGCUAAUAGUCUUUUCAUCAUUUGUGUUGUAAUCCUGGCAUCGAAACGGGUAUCUAUUAAUAGGUUGUGCAUUUAUUUUUAUUUGCAACUAUUCCCUGUAUUAGACGGUGCACUCCUUUUUGGAGGGGGGCUGUGUUUGGUGUAAAAAAGGCAGUUAUCAAAGUUGUAAACUCUUCAGCUCCAGGCCUCUGGUUUAGUAUGCAAAGGCACCAGAGUGUAUUGACAGUUUUUUUUUUCCUCCUUGGCAAAUUACAUGUUUCCACCUUAAUUGUUAUUGGAGAUGUUAUCAUGAAGAGCGGAUGCAGCCCUCGCUUCCGAACCUGUUAAAGCCUGACAGUGGCGUGAAGGGGGCAGAGGAGAGGAGUUAUGCAAAAUACGGCCUAUGUAUAAUUAAUGACCCCCCCCACCCAUCUCCUUCUCCUCCUCCAGCCCCUCCACACACAACCCUUCUAUCCUCUUUAGGAUGGACAGCUGGCGCCAGGGUGUCUUUUUGACCUCUAAGGGCUGUGGUGUUAAAUUGAGAUACUGAGGGCGAGGAGGGAAUGGGAAUUGAAUAAGGGCAGACGCUGAAGUGGAGACACACAGUCAGCUUAGAGUUAUUUAAUGAAGACCUUCCACGUGGUAUAAUACCCAUGUGCCAUGGAUUGAAAGAUUAUUUGAUCGUAUCAAUACACAGACAUGCAUGUCAUUAAAUAUCCGUAUUGAUAAAAUUCAGUGAAUAUAAAGGAAGAUGUGCAUUUAUUUAGAAAUCUGACCAACUUAAUAUCUUGAUAUGUUUGGUUUUACCUUCAGUUUAUUCUGCCCAUCCUAGAUAUAUGUUCUGGUUAUGUACACUGCAGACACUGAUGUACAUCUGCACAGUUUUACAGUACACAGUACAGUAUUGUAGGACGGUAAAUGUGUGAAAAAACAUAGUGGAAAAAGGUUCUUGUGUUGAUUUGAAGGAGACCCUCAGUCGUAGGAAGUUUAAUGGCUCAUGUGUUCCUCUUGGUCACAUGUUUCUCCACCAUUCCUUCUCUGCUCUGCUGAGCCGGUACAGGAUGCUGCAGGAGUCUGAUAGAGUUGUCAAUCAUGAAGCCACACCCCUUUUUCUAAAAUAUUUGUUUCAGUCAGUGAAUGCUUACAGUGUCCAAAUGAAUGUACCGUCCAUUGUUGUAUCACACAGGCAGUUGCUGUAUAUGUAACCUCAUCAUUGACUAUGUAUUGACAUGUAUCAUAUGGCCUAGACCCAAGAUGCCCAAUCUAAGUAUAGACCCUGGACUCGUCAUAGUUGUUUUACACAUCCUCUCUUACAUAUCCACCACCACCUUGAAGGAGACCUGUUAUAGUCAUCUUUACCCUUCAUCUGGAAAGUCCUGUGACACGUGGCCUUGUUCGUAGCUUAGCUGGCGCUUGUACGAACCCAAUUCAGCACUAUUCAGCCUGUGCCUGAAACACUUCUUUUCUGUGGUAAAAAGUCAGACACAGCUUGUGGGUGUUACUUCUCACACAGUUUGAGAUCUGAGGUUAACUAUCAGCUCCCAUUUAGCUUCACAUUUUGUCAUGUAAGCAUAAAGCUAGGACUGGGCAAUAUGGGAUAUUACUAUAUAUUUUCAUAUCAGUCGAUAUCGAUAUAUAUCACAAUAUAAAAAUGGAAUUUAACAGUGCUUAUUGGCAGCAUGUCUUUAGCAAUACAAUAUCACACAAACCUGUGAUACUGUCCCUUUGAGAAGUGUUUCCUUUUUUCUACUCAGGCAUAAUUCAGUCAGCUAUUGAGGGGCCUAAUCCCACAUGUUGUCUAUUAGAGUCAGUUUGACACCUGAUAGCAAGAAGUCUGUAGUCGUUCGUGAAGAAUGAAAUUUGAAUGUAAGUUACCAUUUGAUGGAUAAUUUGCAUAUAUUGACAUUAUUUGGCCUAAAUUAUAAUUUAUUUCUUCACCCAUGGUUUAUAUGUUAGCCACAGUUUUUGUGCAUUAUACAUGUUAUGUAUCCGAUAUUGGUUAUGAUAAAUUAGUUUACAAAUUCCUGAUAUUCCUUUUCUGAUAUUAUUCUGUUUCAGCAACCAUACCUACCUGUACUCUGUGCGCAUCAGGACCUUGAAUAAACGUCAUAAAAUGCAUACCUCCCUGCCUCGUGCGUACCAACGCCCCACAAUCGAUAGUCAGAUCCUUAACCCUGAUCAGGCCAUCUACCUCAUCUUACUAACAGUCCUUCACAAGCUUCUUGGAGACACUGGAAAACCUGUUUGGUGACUACACCACCAUCAGUGUAUCUCAUGUUACAAAACUUUCCUGAGGUUUAGGGACACAAAACACUGAAACAUUAUUUGUAUAUAUUAUAAUAUGGUUUAGCAUAAUAGGUCUGUUUUUAACUCAGCAGGUGAGCAAAAUGACGUCAGUGUUUCAGACUCAUCCUACCAUCUUCACCAGAACGUAUAUUUGUAUUAAAGCACAGGGACACACUCCACACUCCAUUCCACGCACAGCUGACUUUUGCAGGCUCUCUGCAGUUUACUUACUGUACUCCCUAUCUCUCCAUUAAUUGAUCUAAACAGGCUCAGAUUAUCUCGGCUCUUAUGCAAAAAAAAGCCCGAGUCACUGCCAACUCUUUCAAGAUAGCAGGAGGCGAGACAGACAGAACUUUGGCUGAAACUCCUCCUGCGCCUUAAUUCCUGACGGGGAACACGUUAAUAUCCAACCACUCCUCCGCCACCGCCACCACCAUCACACGUCCCCCCCUCCCUCUUAUCUCCACCCUGAGCCGCUUUUGAUGUCCCAACUCUAAUCAACUCGUCCGGGCCGACGGAUGUGCGGCUGACACGGGACAAUCGUCGGGAUCUAAAUCGUUACAUCUCCCCUGACAUUACCGUGGCAUUUUUGUCGUGGCAGAGGUAAGGAGACUGAGGAUCGGUUCACGGGGACCAUAAUUCUUUCCACUGGGAGGAGGGGGGUGGGGGUUGGCAUAUUCAUAUUAGCGUGGAAUUAGGCCCCUUUUUAGAUGUGCUGGAAAUCCAGUGUUGGUGAGGAGUCCACACGCGUCCUUAUCAGGGACAGCGUAGGCCCUAUUCAUACAGACUGCUAUCAGCAUAAUUCUUUUUGACAUUUCAGAUAAGCAUCUUAACGGAAAGCUCCGAACUAGGCGGACGGGGGAGUUGUCAAAUAAUGAAGGAAUCCUACAUGUUUACUACUAAAAUAUCAACCUUUUAAAUAGGAGUCUGGAUUUGACUGUUAUCUGUGAACCCUCGUCCUACCGCUCCCUGUAUCUCUGUGAGGGACAGGGGUUAAAGUGUGAGAGUGUGUGUGUACUUACUGAUAAUUUACAUCAACACGAACACACUGCACUGCUUCUGCGUAUGUGUGUGUGUGUCUUUACUGUAUCAGAACAUGCCAUAACACGGCACAUUAAUCCUAUCCGCUUCUAAUCUGCUAAUAUUUCCUGGAGAAUUAUCUGAGGACACUGUUUCAUAUGCAAAUACACCAGAGAAACGAGUAAACACGCCGCUCACUGCCCAGUGAAACAUCUCCUGUAGCCAGUGUUGGUUGGACAGAUUAGGCUUCCGCGGCACUGAAUGUUUGUGCGAGGUUAUAACAGGGAGUAAACACAAACAAAUUAUCCUUGGAUUACGGAUCAACCUCUAAUCAUUGGUCAGCAAGGACAAAGGCCUCACUCGUGUUUCAGAUUAGCAGGCUGGAAGGAGCUCAAUAACAACACAAGUCCACCAAAAUUUCACAGUUUUGAUCCACAGUGUGCAGAACAUGAAAUGAACACAUGACACUUAGUCCGUUUGAUUCUUUGCAACUGAGACCUGACCCUGGGCCAAAUCCAGGCUGGGUCCGGGUUAUUUUCAGUCUGUACAGGUCAUGGUCGGCGCAGUAGUCUCAGGUCUUUGUGUCAAUAAUUCCGCUGUGGAUCUAAGAGGUCGAUAUCAGCUCAAAUCAAAAGUGAAGUUGACAUUGUUAUGUAAGGGGGAUGUGUUUUCUUAACCAAAAUAAGGAUUUAAUCUACUUUCAUAAUAAAGUCUCCAUAUGGUUUAUCACUAUACUUUGACAUGUAGUACAGCAUUCGACUCCUGCUGGUGUUUUCUGUCCAAAACCAGAAGAGUGACCCUUAAAAGUAUCUGCGAAACUAGAGAGAGAAAGUUCCUCAAAGGACCUUUAAUAACUUAAAGCCACAAGAUAACUUCAAUAUCAUUACCUUGUGUGCACAAGAAAAUUGUCAUUCAAAUUUUAGGAUAAAAAAAUGUAAGUCAAUAACUUGUUGUUGUUGUUUUAAGAUAAUUAUCUUGUCCCCACAGAAAAACUUAUGCACUGAAUAUGAAAAUCUUGUGUGCAAAAGGAAAUUGUAGUUUGUGUCGUAACAAAGUUGAACUUGUUCACACAAGAUAACAACUUGGGCGCAUGAGGAAGUUAUAUUGCAAAAGAAAACCAGUGACUGUUGUAACUAAAAUGAUAGCCUCAGUUAAUGGGGCUGUAUUUGGAUGUUGAGACUUGAUUUGUAUUUUGAAUUUCUGCUGUUUAAGAUCCCCUGACGCAGCAGUAUCUAUGACCUGUCGUCCACACUUGUUUGUUUUCUUGCUGUUCCUAAGGAAUGAGCUUAAGAGCUUUUAGAAGCUUAUCUGUGGUGUGUUUUUCCACUCGUCUUUGUCUAAUUAUAGUUGAAUUAGUUGCAUUGGUGUGUAUUUUCUAAUAUAUGAAAUAAGUAAAUCAGCAUAUCUAAACCAACGCCCCUAUAGACGAAUUCGAACUGGUUGCCUUUGGCCUAAAAGAUCACACAGCAGCCAUUAGAGCCUCAUGAGGAAGGGCUCUCACAUCAGAAAACAAAAUCAUACCCAGGACGUUUGUUUUAUUCCUGUUUUACAUUUGAAAUAAGCCACAUUUUUACCCGACAAGCCCAUAUAUUAUUUCUUACUUCUGGAUAUCACAAACUAAAAUGAAGGCCUGAACUGCCUAAUUGAGGUAAAAUGGAUGUGAGAGAAUCAAAUCAGUUCUUUUCUUGAAAUAAGAUAUUACAUGCUAGUAUCUCUGUGUUGCUGUGUUUUUGCCCAAGAUGUCCAUAAUGAGAUAUAAAAUCCAGGCGUGUCCAGUGAUGCUGAUUAUAUUUAGUGUAUUGAGAUUUUUUUGGCUUGAAAUACGGUGUAAAAAUACAAGAAUCCACCUCAAAGUAGACAAAAGCAGCCGCCCGAAUAAAACUAAAAACUCUCGUUCACCUAAUCCAAACAGGAAUAUAUCAAAAUAGAAAGUGCAGACCCACGGAUGAUGACAGAAUUAGUCAUAAUCAAACCAAAUCAAAUGAAAGCAGCCAACGUGACACUUUCAAGAGGCAUCAAAUGUGAUUUUUAUUCCCAACACAAACAGGUUUUUUGCAUAAAGGAAAGACAAACUGCGGUGUGUCAAGGUAAAGUAUUUAUUCUGUUCAAGCACAGAGGGAAAGAAGAAGCGGAGUGACUGAAGGAGAAUGUCACUAAUAGGACAGAAAUAAUCAACAGCAGCGCCUGAAGAAAGCUGCCACACAUGCACGUUCAUAUGUUAGAGGGCUGUGGCCAGUCAGCCACAUAAUAGAACAAUCACUCUGUCACUCAUCCUCUGCUAUUCCUGUGGCUGUUACUGCGUUUAAAAAUUACAAAAAAAUCCUGCGUUUCAUUCUCUUUUGUCCUUUUUCUCCUCCUGUCAUUUUCGUCUUCCUCUUCUGUCCUGCUCUUUGUUUCCUCUGUUCCACUCUCAGAUGUGUCCUUGGUCAACGUCUCCCAUUAUUCCUUCAUCAUUGAUGCAUUGUAUGUCUUUGGCAACCAACUAUUUUAAUGCGUCUUCCUCACUCCCAAGCACAUUUUGUCCUACGAACACUUAGAUGAAAAGAAUCUCCUUUGAUAUGUCAGGAUGAAUCGCGUGGUGGUGAUGAAACAGAUCAACUAUUGUGUCUUUUUUAAAUUAUUUCAGUAGUUAUGUGCAGGUUUUUGUGGGUGUGACAGCAUGAAACCUUUCAGGCGUGUAAAAAGCCAUGUCAAAUUCUCUUUGGAUUUUCUAUGAAAAAAAAAAAAAGAAAGAAAUGCUUAAUUACUGCAGCAAGGAAAGGGAAAGUUUCUGUCUGCGGCAGACUGAUGCUUUUUCAACAACACACAGCUGUGGACUGGUUUUCAAUGUGCAAUCAUCCUGUCUUUUUUUUUUUUUCAUUCUCAUUAUUAAAAGGAGAUUUACAAAGCCGCUACAUUUUGAGUUACUAAUAGAUCACAGUGAGAAUUUCAAUGCAAUGUUUAUCAGAACAAAUUAGUAAAAACCCGAGGAUGGUGGAGUCGUUUAAAUCAACACAAGAGUAAAAUGCAGUCAAACUUGAGGCUAAAAUAGAGCAGAUUUUAAAAUGCUCUUGUCUCCAGCCUUUACAGCAGCACUACUCACUCCUGACAACAGACAGCAUCAGCACACAACCCGUUAUCAUUGACAAGCUAAAUACUCAUACCUAGAGGUAAAACCCAGCAAUGAAAUAUUAAUAAAGUGCUGGAAACAAGGAUACGGUAGUACUGUGUAGCUAACUGGUCCAUAAUAGGGGGAAGUAGUGGUUCCUGUACAGGCUGGCAUCGGCCAUUAAAGAGACAUGAACCAGUUUGCAUUAGUCGAGUUUAUGGUUUAAUGUUGCUACCUCGAUUAAUUAUACUUAUAAACCUUUUCUGAGAUCACCCUUUGGUUGCUCCAGUCUGCAGGAGAUGCAAAACAACAGCAACAACAAAAGAGGGUAACACUGCCGACCUGCUCACCUCCAUUUUUACCUGCACAGUUUAUUGUGACAGAAAGAGGAAGUUGAAGGGGUUGAGCUCUGACAACUUAUUAUUCAUAUUUAAGUCACUUUUUUACGCCUCACAAUUAUCUUGGCCAAAAUGGUAUCAUAACAAUAUUACGCUGAUUUUUCUGGAAAAUAAAACAACACCAUCAGCUUGCGGAAAGACGAGACAAAAAUGAACCAACAAAUGGCUACUGUAUGCUUGUUUUAGCAAAAUAUCAGUGUAUGUAUUUUUAAGAGAGAUGCUUAACAUCACUACCAGUAUGAUUAUUUCCAUGUCAAAACAAGACCUGGAUCUGGAUUUGUCAGGAGAGUCUGGUUUAUAUCCAGUCUUGUGAGACAUUCAUAGUAGGAAUUAGCCUGAAUACUUUGUUUCUAGUAUCAGUAAUGUGUGGGGUCAGUACAGGUUUGUUGUUUGCUCCAUAGAGCCACUGUAGGGUGGAUUUAAAAUGAUUACUACUCUUCAUUUGUAUCUGCAUUUAAACAAAAACAUAGAUCAGACAUUUAAACACCGUGUAUUAUUGAAACAAAAUAAUAAAGCCCCAUUAUUAAGGUGACAGCUGAAAAAUAGUGCUGAAAAUAAAUACCAUUUUUGGACAUUUUUUGAUCAAGUAUGCUGAAAAUGAUGGGGUAUAUUUAGAUAUAACUUUCUUAAUCAUUAAAGCAUGUAUUCAUACGCAGGAUUAAGUCAGAAUUUGGACAGUCUUUUGAUUAAAUGAUGUAAUUUUGGAUUGUUGAGCCACAGAAAUUAAGGUUAAAAUAAAGGAUUUUGAGGUGGGAAUACCUGCAUCAACUGUCACUGAUGUUAACGCAGAGACAACGAAAAGGUUGAAGAUCUGAUACCCAAUCCACCAUGAAUAACAGGUUUUCAUCUGCUCACAGGCUGUUCAUGUGGUUUAAAUAGCUGUAUUGAGUCUCAUAGCGGCUUUGAACUUAUUUUUUCUGUCCUCCUGUAAUGAAGCUUCUAUUCCAAAAAAAAAAAAGUGGUAUUUCUGUCACCCUUUUUUUUUCAAAUUUCACUUCAGUUAACACUUUUAUUAACCGGUGAGGAAAUUUAGUGACAGUUUUUGUUUAACAGUGAGUGUUUUGUCUCCUCAAACUAUCUCAAAGGUCACCGUCAAAUUCACUUCCUCACAGAAAAUAAAGGCAACACUCGACAUAACUGAGGGGAAAAAAAAGGAGCUCUUUAAAAAUAUCAUUUUUCUUCUGUUUUAUGUGAAAUGCAAAGAGGUCCACACAAAUCACCCAAGCAGGUAAAAAGGAAAGGAAAAAAAAAACCUCCUCUUUUGCUUUUUGCAUUUUGUCAUAAGUAUGCCUCCUCAGUCCGGUGGCAUAUUUUCAAUCAUUAUUAGAAUGCCGGCAGCUCAAGGCUCGCAGGCUUUAACCUCUGCUGUGUUUGGUGUGUGAUAAAAGGCGAAAGCACUAUCAAUCUUUAUUGUCUGGCCCGCACACUGUAAUUGCAUUCAAUAGUCCACUGAUUCUCUUGUCUGCGCUAAUGUCGGGGAGCAGAGAGGAGCCAGAUGCUCUGACUGCAUCGCACACACACUCGCUCGCUCACAUGCAGAUAGACACACAGGUGCACAAACACACAGUUCAAGCUUUUAGACUCAAAAAUACCAAUGCAAGGGCGCUCGAACGGGAGAAUGCUGCAGGAUUAUUCACACAAACACACACCAGACACGAGCAGCGCCCCGCUUGAUAAAUUGUUGACAGUAUAGAUUGUGAGCAGCUGUGCAUCCAGAGUGUGUAUAGAAGAUUCAUCCUCUGGUUUCCCUGUCAGGUUGUUUUUCUGUAUGUACAGUAUACACGUGUGAAUCUGUGCCCGUGUGCCGGCGACGUCACCGCCAAGCCAGGUCAUGUAUUAUUCAAAUUUAAGCAAGCCGAAGGAGGGGAAAGAGGAGGGGUGGAAGAGCUGGAGGAGUGCCAAACACUCGAUUGGAUCUCAAUGAAUAGUAAAGAGGCUGACGGAGGGAAGGAGAGGAGGACAGGAGGGGGUGGAGGAACCUGGAGAGAGAGAAAGGGGGAGACAUGAGUGAGGUGGCAUGAAAGAGGAAGAGUGGAGGAAUGAGGAAAGGAAAGACAUAUAUGAUGUAGCUGAAGGACUUACUCAGAUGGCCUCUUGUAAUUCUUCACUCACACUCAUAAUGAAAUCCAGCUGCUGUGUUCUGAUGUUCCUCUACACAAGCCUGGUGGAGUUUACCGCACAAAGAAGUGUGUUUGCGAGCUUUGUUUGUGCAUGUGAAGUGUGCGUGCAGCCGAGUGGUUUGAUUCCAUAUUACCAAUCUGUCUCUGCGAGUCAGGUGGAGGUGCAUAUUGCGGCGCCUCACCACACUGUGAGCAGCCCUCGAUAAGAUAGACACGCCGGGCUCCAGGUAAUAGAUUUGGGCUUGUUGUCAUAUCCACACAGAGCGCACAAAGCGUCCAACCCCGAGGAUCAAGCCAGAUGAAAAGCAGGGCCUUUGAUAUUGGUUAUGCUGAGACCACUCAUACUUUUAUUUUGUUGUAUUUUGAGCAGCUUACACACUGGAUGUACAGUAUGUCCACAUGGAUGUUGUCCUUCCUUCCAAGGUGAUCAGUCAGAGAGAUGCUGAUUUUUGAACAGAAAUUUAAAUUCAGUUUCAGUCUUAGUCAUAUUCAGAAAAUCAAAGUUGACUUUAGUCAUAUUUUUGUAUUUAUUUUGUGUUGUUUUGAGUCAGACUUUUAUUUUAAACUCAUUUAAAUGGAUGUUUUACUGAUUAUUUUGGAGAGAUUUUCCUCGUAGAUGUGAAAUCAUUAGUAGGGAAAUAAAACUUUUCCUUGUUUUGUCACUGCAGUCAUAUCUACCAAAGAACGGUUUUCUUUAAAAUUUGGCUUCCUUGAAAAAGAAAAUUCCCCAACAAUGUGAAUCAAUCAAUACCUUGAGUUUGACUCACAGUGAAAUUAAAAGAUCUAGAGCUCCCCCUGUUGACUGGCUGCAGUAAAAGUCUUAAACCCUGCCUCCUCCAUGUGAACAGAUGGGAAACUAGUCAAAGUAUUAAACUGAAUUAGAUGAAUAACUAUUUUUUAAACAUGAUUCCCAUCAUUAUAGUUAGUACGCAAUAUGCUAAUUUAUGCCUAAAUUUCGGGUUUCUAAGAGGCAUAGUUUAAAGUAAUUGUGUUACUUUAAAAAGAAAAGGGGGGAGAUAAGGUCAGAUCAUGGUGGAGAGAGGGUUUAGAUUAGUCGGGUAGAGGAGUGACAACCAAAGAAAAAACCUCCAACAUAGGAAUCAAUUAACUUUCUAUCGCCAUGAGUGAGUGCUUCAAAUCAACACCAUAACUUUUUUUAUUAUCAUUUUAAACUGUCCCUACCUGAGUGAUCUUUGACAUUUUAUUGGUUAAAGGCACUUCUGUGCAUGCCUUGGCUGCACCAUUGCCUGUCUGCGCCCAAAAAGGUGGUCUUUUCACUUCAAAACUCACAAGUGUCAGAAAUGAUGUGAUGUUACAGCCAGUGGAAUUGAUAAGUAUGUCAUUGAAUCAACAUACAACAUCGUUAUUUUCCUGUCUUUUCAGUUUUAAAGUGUUUUUUGCUUCCUUUGAUCCACAAAGUACCCUGUUCUAAUCUCAACCAUUUGGCUCAUCCUUAUGUCUAACAUAAAUAUGACUAAAAUUUGUAUUGUCUUCCCUCACCCUUUACAGGCCACUGGUUUGAAAGAGGUGCUACCUUUGGUAGGCUUAUGAUAGGACAGUAGCUGGCUAGUUUUGUUCUUCUGCCAUAUAAACCAACUUCUUUACAAAAUGCAUCAGGUAAAAAUCAUCCAAUCACAAUGGAAAAGCUGCACUGAGGCGGUAAAACUUGAUACCAGGUCACAUGUUGCAAUUAAAUAGAGAGGGAAGAAAGAAAGAAAGCAAAUAUAUCUGUAAAUGGUUGUUAGCCUGAACACUCAUUAUUUGUCAGGGCAACAUGAACAAAGAUACAAUUCAUUGUUAGAUUUUUAUUUCCCACUUACAUUAUAGUCAUAAAAAAACUACUAAUUUAGCAGAUACUUAACAUUUUCGUUGACAAAGUGACUGUGCCAGAACUUGUGUGAGGAAGUUUUUAUCAUUGGGUCACAUGUUUGGAGUUGUUUUGUUAUGCAGACACAAUGCACUCACGGGGUGUACGUGGUGCUAAUUAAUGCUUUCAGUGGCACUGUUUUUGUUGCUCUUUUAAGUGGGCCAAGGCUAACAGGCUAACUAGCAUUUAAAUCCCUGCUGAAUUAGAAAUAUCCAAGUCUGCGGUUCGUCUUACAACCUCCAGUCAUGCAUUCGUACAUUAGAGGUUAUUAGGAUUAUUAAGAUCAUGAUCGCACAGCGCUGCGUCCACUCCUCAUGAUGUUGUUUACUGCUAAGCCUCCUUUGUGCGGCUGUCUGUGUGUGCAUACAUUUGCAUGUUACACACAUGCACUCAGAGCCAGUGGGGCAUGCAGCCUGCACACUACAUACAGUAAUACAUUGCUGAAUAUCAAAGGAAAUUACCCUUCACCUUGGUGCAUGGAUCUUAGAGAGUUCCUUAACCAGAGGAAUGGGCUUUGAACCAGGCAGAUUCCCCCAGGGCCCGUAUCCCGGCCCCUCCCCGGAACGCCGCACCGGAUAAGGGCCGUAAUUCCCACUUUUAGGUUUCCAUUAAUCUGAUCCUGACACAGGGGAGACGGGCUGCUUUGCAUAUCGCCUUCCCAAGAUGGAGGGCUAUUUACAUGAUCGCCUCCAGAUUGAAUAUGAUCAGUGGCCCACCUCCUCUGCCGUCCUCUGCAGCUGAGACAGAAAAAUGCAGAUUUUUUUUUCCGAGGGUAUUUGCUGCAUUAUCAUGGGUGAAAUAUUAUUCACUCAGGUAUGGUCGCCAUAGCGUUUCGAUAUGUCUCAAGUUAGACUUGAUGGAUACGUGUUGCGGAUAUUACAGCGCCGUGCUUGAUUCCCUUGACGAAGGCCAAAUUUCUUUUAUGAAUGUGACAGGAGAGAUGGAUAGAUCGACCCAUUUAUCAUCGCUCACUGAUAGCGCUAAUGUGAAGAGAACUAACCUCCCCACACACAGCCCGCCCCUCCCUCUCGACAAAUGUGAGGAACACCAGCGAACAGUGCUCCAUUUGAAACCAUGAAGGCAAACCCCCAUGUAAAUGUAUCUGUAAUGAACGCCGCGUACAGGAGGUGCAUUAUUCUCUUUCUGCUACAUUUAUUUCUGAAUAUCAAAUGAAUAUGAUAAAUGUGGAGCGAGGGGGCGGCAGCGGCGGUGGCGGGGGGAAGCAAAGUAAGCUGAGGAUAUGAGAUGAGUGAUAUUGUUAUUACACCACCGACGAUGAGCAGCAGAAGUUGAGACGCUGUGUGAGACUACAGCGUUGGGGGGUGAACACACACACACACUCGCACACACACACCCUGUGCCUCACACACUUGCUCUUUCCCAUGCAAACAUGUCGCCUCCAUGUCCGUCCGUCAUUAUCCAUCCUUUGAACUACCGUCUUUUUUUCUGUGCUUUUCUUUUUUCAGCACGUCAAGCUGAGACACAAUUCCACACUCACAUGAGUCCCAGUUGUGUGCUGAAACGCACCGAGACAACAACAAUGGGAUGUGGAAAAAAUAGAAUAUCACUGUACAAACACCACCGCUGUUUAGUGUGAUGAAAGAGCAAAUCCGCACUCACGCGGUGUCGAUGAAAUAUUGGUGACAAGGCUGAGGAAAUGCGCACGCUCUUGUGUUACUUCAAAGUAUUUCUACUCUUGGCAGGAAACUAGUAGGUGGCUGUAAUCAAACCAGAGGUGCUGCUGCUUUUUUCCUGUGAAAAAUAGGUAGGGAGUAUUUUUCAUCGCACCUUUACUUCGGUUCUGUUUCAUGACAGAGAUCAUACAAAGUGUGAACCACCGUCCGACUCGAUAAUCACCAACCAAGAAUUCGUGCAUGGUACUAAUUGUCACUUGGGCGCACACUUCACGUAAACAGUGUGAUAGAAACCUAUCAUACCAGCUCACUCACUUUGUCUCAGGCUGUUUGGGACGCAGGGAAAACAUUCGAGCUUCCCCUAAGUGCAUUUCAUGCUUUUAAUUGACACUAUUGCAUGUUAAUUCGAAGCAUGUCACGGAUGUGUCACACCAGUAAGCUGCCAGUGUCCGACCUCAUGUAACGUCGAAUUACAUUCCUGCUGCUUAUCGCCGUGACAAUAGAUAAGCUUUUCCCAUGCAACGCCAAGCGGUGUUGGAGAUGAGGUGUUUUUCUGUGCCUGCUGUCCUCUUCACUUAGGAGGUGUCCUGUGAACAUGCUGAACAUUGUUUUUGUUGUUUUGUAAUUCAAUUUCCCUCACUCUGAUUACUUUCUCUGUCUAACUCUGAAUCUGAUUCUUUUUCAUGGAUCCAGGUCAGCAUGGCUGAGACAUUCAAAUAAGGACCCCUGAGACAAAUACCCAAAGAUAAACAGCAGCACCUCUACUCUUACAAAUGUGUUUCUACUAUACAUACGUCCUGCUGGGGUUUGUCUAUCACUUACAAACUUUCUAGAGGUACUCAUAAAUCCAAAAAAUGAAGUAACGGCCCAGAUUUUCUGAUAUUUCUGAAAAAAAAACAACAACAAAUAGAACCAUAAAAUAUGUUGAGCCUCACAAAUGCAAUAUUGUAUAUGACUCUAAUUAAACGGGAGCGUGGAGAUCUAAGGGGUAGAACAGGCCGAUGUAAAGCCCAUACGCACAGGAAACUCAUGAGGGAUAUAAGUCAGCACAUAGACUUCAGCCAAAAGCUUCUCUCUAUUUCUUUUGUGGUCUAAAUCUGUGUUUUAUAUUUGGCCCUUUGAAAUCUAAGGCCUGGCAUAAACAUCAUAUUUUUUUAACCUGUUGUAGUGGAAAUCAAACUCACUCUGCAAUUGAAUCUUAUAAAAUGCACAGCUGAAGCUCCUUUAUUUGAUAGUGCUGUAUUGUCCCAUUGUUAAAGCGUGACCCAUCGGCUGUUUAAUACAUGAUGACACAUGAUGAUGGUGACAUAAACUAUUGUUUUGUUUUGUUUUGUUUUGUUCUGAGCCCAUCAACAGCAAACACCAUGUUGGAAAUAGUGACUCUAUCUAUUUUUUGGUGAGGCAAAGAAGUAGGGUUGGGACAGGGCUUUGGCAUCCCAGUUAUAGCUAUAGUGUGCUUCUCUGUUAGCCAAGUCUGCUGUGCCUCUGAUUCUGCAAAAGUUUAAAGUUUAAUGUCUUCAAAACUGACAGGUUAUAAACAAAUCACUGCCUGUUCAGUCUGUACAUUGUGCAGACUGAGAAGUGAGCCAAAAAUAUUUGCUUGUUCCAGGCAGUAAACUUUUUUUUUUGUUUUUCUCUCAAGAUGAGCUUUUUCAUAAUGGGUGUGUAUGUGACUUCCAGUGCUUUUACAGCCAGCCUCUAGUGGAUACUGAAGGAAGUGCACUUUUUUUACUCAUUCGCUCCAGAGGUUGUUUUUUGGCACAUCCUGAGUGCUCAUACUGUACAAUUUUAUUUAAGGAGCUUUUACAAAUAUUCAGGAACUUUUCCAGGAAUUUGCCAGACAGAAGUUAAGAUAAGAAAAACACCUUUAACAAGAAAGUGAAGUACAGUUAUCACCUUUCUACACCCUGCCUCUCACUGAUGCCAAACGUAAGACAUAACAUAUAGUGAUUGUUUUGGGCAGAACUCAUUUAACAGGUUCAGAAUUGUACCUAUUGCCAGUUAACAUAAUGUUUCAACUGUCUUAAUAUCCAAAUGAAUCUAUAAAAGGAUUCUACCAUGGUUUAUAAGCUGGGAUGUUCUAAAUUUGACCAUUUUGCGUGUUUUAAUGAAUUUUUUGUUUAAUCUAUGCAAAUACACGAGCAGUCAGUCCCUUUAGUGUGGUAAAUUCCAGCAGAUAUUUAACAAUGAAAGAGAUGUUUUUCUUUCUUUUUUUUUUGUUGUUGUUUUUUUGAUGCAUAAAGUAUGGUACAAUGGUAAAAUGCCGCACCCACAAUUGUGCAAAAUACAAAAAAUAAAAACCACGUUGAUGUGGUAUGUGUUGAACUGUUGUUAAUUCAAAAAAUAUUGCAGACAAGUGCUGAUUUUGGACAACCACAAUCUUGCUCUGUGAUACACUCAUGUUAUCAGGGUCACAAAACUGUCGGUCUCAUUAGCGCCAGUCUGAAUCUGAAACGAGUCAAGACAAAUUCAAAAUGGCCGCUGUAAAAGUGGUAACUGUGAGAUGUGGGAUGAUUGGCUUUGACGCCUCGUGGCCUGUGUGUGUCUCAUGCUGGCUCUAUCCGGUCGAAGAGUGAUAGCACUGGCCCCAAGAAUAGCUUCAAAUUAUUCAGAGCGAGGUAUGACAAGCUCUGGUGAAAAAUAUGCUCGUGCCUGAGUCCAUCGCUGCAGGCCAAUGGAAGAGAUUAAAUUUAAAGCUGUAAGCCAGUAAGUAAUAUGCUAUCAGAUCCAAAGACAGACACCUGUCAUUGAACAGCAACAGGGGACACAGGGACAUGGGGAUAACCCAUAAAAGUUUGGUCAUAACAUGCUCCUUGACUCAUUAGAAUGACUCCAGCUUGUACUUUUCUACCUGUUGUAUCUUUGUAUCCACUUACUGCACAUAAGAACUUCAUCAUACAUUUCUGAGUGCUUUUACGUUGCAGGGUUUAUCUUAAAGAGGACACAAGAACUCUGCUAGUGUACUACGCAAAGGCCCAUGGGUUGUUGCCUACUCUACUUUGGGCUGCAACAGUUUCACACAGGUGAAGUGACACCAUUAUCCUAAUGUAUGUGCUGAGGUCAAAGGAAAUCUUGUUUUAGGCUUUAAUACAUCAACAUAGGUGUUUGCUUUUACGUGAGGCAUGGACAGUUAGUGCAACAAAUACAUUUUCUUCUAAAUCAGCUGUUCAGGUCUGCAGGCUUCAAAAGAGAAAAAUACAACUAUACUAAAAAUGCAGUAAUUUGACAGUGAUAGAUAUGCAAUUUGCUGUGGCUGCGAAAAGACACAUCUCUGAACUGGAGUUUACAAAGAAAGAUUGGUUUUAACUGGAGAGCAAAGGGAUCCUACGUUACCUGGUAGUGCAGGUGUGUAAAUAUUGAGAAAGUCACCACUGUCUCAAAUGGACUUGGAACCACCUUUAGGGACCUGUCUGAGUCAGAGGAUUACAGUGGCUCACAUGUGGAUGCAGUCUACAUCACAUUCCUUAGGUUCAAGGCUGUACUCAAUGCCUCUGUCAGUUCUUGACAUCCACAGUCAAGUCAAGCUACAGCUCAACUAGGCUAUUUAGUUGGACUUGAUCAAAACAAAGGUGAACGAGAUAUACAUCACACUAUGACAAUAUCAUCACGUUUACAGAUCCUGAUUUUUUUUUUUAAGGUCUUUUUAAAUUUUGUCUCUUUUAUGGCCUUUGAUUGUCCUUUUUUUUUUUUUUUUUUUUUGUUCACUAUUCAGCUCAAGGCCUUUGGUGCAAUAAAUGUCCAACUGUAUUAUCAAGGUAUGUUAGUCCAGCUAUGAGAAGUUUGAGUUAGUGUGAUUUAACUCUUAGGCAACAAAUAGAUUUUUGCAACAACAUGUGAACAUACUGUCUUUAACAAUGUUUUUAUAUUCCAUAAUGACCCCAGCAGCAGUCUGAACUAGGGUUAUGAUUCAGCUUCAUUUCAGACCCACUAACAGGAUGGUCCAUAUCACCAAAAAAGCUAUUGACAGUUACUCUUGUCAAUGACAUUAUUCCUUGUUUUACUAAUUUGUCUCGACUAAAUUUUGAUAAUGAUGUCAAGCAAACUGUCGAGGAAAAUUAUGGUGAAAAACCUGUUCAAUCAAUGCUCUCACAAACAAUAAGACAAAAUAGUUGGCUUUGUUUGAAUGAACCACCAAUUACUUUGCUGUUUGUUUUCCUUUUUAAGCCAAUCAUUUAUCUGCAGCAAGUGUGCCACCUCUAUUUAUCUCCUGCAUUGUCAUUGGAUGAUUUUCCACAAGGUGCUUGUUGGUAAGAGGUGUGUUUACAGUCUUUGGUAGGAGGCCAAACAGCUAGCUAUUAGCCAUCCUAACAAAAGCCAAACAAAACUCACGCUGGCAGCUACAAUCACAAAAGAUAGUGCAGCCUAAAGGGAGGGAAGGAAGAAAAGAGAUGACCUGUGGACAUAUUUUGAAACUACAGCUUAUGUUUGAUGCAAUUUUGCUUCAUAAAAGUUUCUCAGUAUUGAAAAGGAUAGAGUAUGAAGAGAAUUGUCGCAUGUGAAUCAUGAGGGAUUCGGCUUUUCCUCCUUUUUAACAUAAGUCCUAUUAUUGCGACAAGAACUGAAUCAUUCUGUUAGUGCCUACGUGUGCAAGAGAAAGUUAGCCGGUGAAGGACGGCAGCAAAUAUUUGUCAUUCUCCUGCACUUUAUUCUGGUUCUUUGUCGCUGUUGACACUGCUAUUAUCUCUCAAAUACUGAGCACGGUUGUUAGUAUUUGUAGUCAGAGCCGGAUGGGUCAUUUAGUUAUGAAUCAUCAGGCACCAUGAUUACCAAAGAAUUACGUUUGAGCACAAAACCUUAACCUAGCAAGCUUUAUACUCAUCAGUGACAAUAUAUAAUAGACUAAAUAUAUUUAUGCACACACUCAGUUUAGAUGGUGCUACAGACAGACGCAGCCUCACACAUACUACCCCCACCACACACGCACACACACCAGAUACACACACUGAGCUUACUUUUAGCCCUCAGGCGUCGCAUUUGAGAGUUUCAUUUACUUGAUUAAAUCAUAUUUGCAUAUGGAAAUUGUUUGAAAAUGAUAUUAAUUUGUUAUAUUCAAAGGAGAAUUACUUUCUCAUAUUAAAAGCUAAAUCAGACAAAGGCUGUGAGAGUGACAGGUGAUGAUAUUGAACUUUGCUCAGUUGGGGCCCUUCAAUGGAAAUACACACACACAGACACACACUCAAAGUUGGACAUAACGUUCAAUUUUCCCAGGCUAUGAAUAUGUUUACAUUUCCUCGUCUCAGGUGUGUGUUUGUCCAAAUCUGCUCUCAAAACCUCGUCUUUUCCGCCUUCAAUAAAGACGAAGGUCAUUCACUUGGCAGCGAGCGUCAGGAUCCUCCUCGACCUCCUGUGUUGUGUCCAGGUGUGUGUGACUGAUGCAGCUCAGUGAGACGCCACCGUGGGACAGAUCUCCUCCUGAGCCAACUUAACUUAUCAGGAACACGGACCAAAAAAAUCAGGCUAAUUAAUUAAGAACAGUAUUAGAAGUAAUGGGAUAUUAUAAUAUAAAUUGCUACAUUCUGGAACCAAUUUAAUCCAAUUACUGGAACCCCUCAUGAAUAUAAUACCUCCAAAAUCACUCCGUCAGAGUCCAAAGGGAGAUGUGUCUGACUACUUAGACUGAAAGAAAAGAAAAGGGGAAAAAAAGAAAUCUGCUCCCUUUUAACAGCGAACACCAACGAUGAUUUAAAUGGUUGAGAGGAACUGUUAAUUUGAGUAAUAAACCUAAUGAUGACUUUUUUUUUCUAAUUGACAUUUCGACCGUUUCCAACCUGAGUAGGCUUUUUGUUUGAGCUCCCUGUGUUUGAUAAAGACGAAUGACUGGAAAGGCUGAUUGGUGCUUUUUCUCUUAAUGGACUCUACCCAAUUUAAAAAAUGUCUUAAAAGAGACAAAAGAACUCUUAUCCUCCUGCUGUUUAAGUGGAGUGCAUUUUGGAUAAAUUGAAGAGGAGAAUCAUAGCAAAUUUAGGGGCUCAGAAAUCAUUUUACGAGGGAUAAACCCACAGUAGAGCACAUGACACAAUACGUGAGGGCUGCUGGGAGAAAGAUGCCAGGAUUAAGUGUCACAUUAAUGAAAAAAAACAUGGUGCAGUUUGAGUGAAUUUACUCCUCCUUAUUUAUAAAUGCGAAAUUUUCUCCAAAAGUUCCACCACCAAGAGGCAGAUUUUUGGGCUAGCCUGGCACGAGAAUUCUUUUUUUUUUUUUUUUUUUUUAAUAAAAAAGCGUAUCUAAACCCCCUUAAAUAAAUUUUACAAUUAUGUUAAUUUUUUGCAGAUCAAACACUACCUUUUGUCUCUUUGCCAACUUUGUCCCGAAUUUGUAUCGUGUGUUUUUUGACAAAAAAAAUAAAAUAAUAAAUCCCCACAUAUUUAAAGAGCAAAAUACCAUAAAUCUUAAGUCACUCACUGGCCUAAUCAAACCCGUAGUCACUUGUGCCAGUCGGGUAUCACUGUACUGGGGCUGUCACAGUAUAAUCAGUGAUGUUGGUAACUACAGCACCCAGUGGUCUCACUAAGUUUCCAUUCUUUUAUUUGCUGGUCUUUGGCAAAAAAAAAUUAAAAUAAAAAACCUCACAAGAACAGAGGUUAAUAAAUGUGAGGAUUUUAAACACAUAUUUGCCAUAAAGUUGUAAUCGUUGAUGUCAAGAAUCCACACAAAGACUAUUUUUGCAUUCCUAACAAACGGUUGAGUGUUAAAAUCCCAAGUUUUUGUUUAAUUCCUCUUCCUAUUUCUGUUUUUAUUCCUACACCCACUUUUGUCUUUACAUAUACUCUGUUUUUAAGUUUGGACUCUGUUACUUCUUCUGACUGUUCGUUGUGCAACAGACCACACACAACCAUUCAGACAUUUUUCUGACAUUUGCCAGUGGACUAAAGUGACGAGGAGGCACCUUCACGCAAUACAAAGUCAAUGGAGAGCGAUGAAUUGUUUUCUCCUCUGAUGUGGGCGGGUCUUAAUUGCGCUCUGUCUCCAUUCAGAUUGAUACUGUGACACAUUGGAAGUCUAGACCAGACAUGAAUCACACACUGCCUUACUUUAGUGACCAUGCCUUUCUUCUUUAGGGAUAAAAGUUUGUUUGAUGGCAUUGACUUGUCAUUUAACACACUACUGGAAAAGAAAGAGAGAGAAAAAAGUAACAAAGUUUGACAAGAGGAAAAAGUUUAGAUGUGGACAUAUCAGCAGGGAAAAGCAAGAGUGGGUGUAUGCUGUGCACAAGUACUAAUUCCCAACUUGGUACAUUUUGGUCUCAGCAGACCAACGGUGGAAAACCUGGCAAACUGUUGAGAUCUAACCUCUGACAUUUCAACCUUGACAAGCAGCCACAUGGCAAUAAAUAGUACAAGUCAAAAGACACACUUUAGUGAAAAAUCAUAGUUGACAACUCAUUAGCUUGUAUCAGAACAAGGCUAAUCUUAGAAUUCAACCACUUCCAAGUUCACUACAUUUAAAAUUCACAGAAACAAUAAAAAAGUAAAACAUUUAUGUAAGCAAAAAGACUGCUAGUGUUGUGGUAAAAUGUGACCCUACCAACUGGAGACUUUUGUGGCCUUCAACUGGAACUCAAAGUCAGAAAAUUGUCAUGACGUUGUGUGAAUGAAAGACUUUUUGUUCUUGUGGAAAAUGGGUGGGGAUGCAAUGGCUAGGCAACAGCAGCAUGGAUGUCGAAAGAUCAAUUAUUGCCAUGCUUUCUUCAUAUGUGAAAAUACUAAAAUAAAUCAAUGUGCUGAAACACCACAGAGGAACAAAACACCUGUAAGUUAAAAUAAAUUCAUUCUUGCAAUGUUGUGAAAACCACAAUAGGCGUUGUGCAGAAAUGUGAGUAUUUUAAGUUUAAAGUAGUUAAGCUUUUGGAAUGUGUCCAUGCUCAUCAUUGUCGUUUCAUCCCCAAUAACCAAUCUAAAUUAAGAGGGGGCUGGACUUAUGAUUAUGUCUUUGUCAGCAACGACAGAGGUAAAAGUGACAAUACUUGUUUUCUCUAGGUAGAAUUUUCAGGUCUAGAGCUCUUAAGAAUGCUAUGGCAUGGUCGCUAUUUACCAUUGUGUGAACGCUAAAGAUGGCACAGAGAUUUUUCAAAGAGACUGAAAGCAAUAAUGUGGGGGAACAAGUUUGGUGAACUAAUAGUAAAUGUCAGUGAGCAGGUUCUCUGAAGUUAGGAUGGUGGACAGUGCAAAAAAACAAAACAAAAAACAAACACUUUGGUACUUUCAAAGCAGUCAAUUAUAAAAUAUCUCUUUACCCUCCUUGCCGUAUCUUAGACUCUGAAAUAUAUUUGUUUAGUUGAUAGUGGCUAAAUGCUAACAUAAACUAUAUUCUGAUGUUAGCUGAUAGCUUGUUAAGAAGGUGUUUAUUUUGUCUUGAUGUCUCUGUGAAUUUUGAGGAGGCGAAAUGUCAAAAAAUUGUCAGACUGUGGACUCAGUGUUGACUAACACAGUGUAAGACAUGGUGACAAUAGCUGAGCUUCCCACCUUUGCAGGAAGUCACAUAGUCGCUGUGGGAAUUUGGUCCAUGAUGUGUCUGUUUGUAUCAUCAUGACAUGUUUUUAUUCUGUCCACCAAUGUGAUAAUACAACUAUCAGAUUUUCAGGAAUCCAGACAGAAGCUGCUACAAGCGGGGAACAAAGUGUCUUUGAAAGUUUUUGAAAAAGAAAUGUUUUUUUUUCUCACAGAGAGAAGAAAAAUAAUAAAGCUCAGUUGCUCUUUUAAUCAGUGACAAUUUCAACCAUUCCAUAAUGCAUAGUUAAUUACAUCAACUUUUCUUCUUUUUGAUCAAAGCGAGAAGGAAGAUCUCGUUAAACGGAGGCAUACGGAUGUUAGUGUGAAAUAUUGUGAAGUAUAUGAAAGAGGAGCUCUGUAUUCCCCAGUGGAUCCUUCAGAUAAUCACUCCAAAGAGUGCAGCCGAAUGAAUUGACGUGAUUGUUGUUGUUGUCGAGAAACUCCUCAGCUCACCAGUAAAGAUAUUAUCCCGUACUACCAAAUACAAUAAAAAUGAGUCAAUUCUCUUUUAUUGAUACUCUCACGAGCAAUUUAGCAGGUAGUGUUGGUGGUCCUAGCCCCACCUUAUUCGUAUCAACAAACAACAGGUAAUGUGAUAACACACAAUCUAAUUGUAAUGGUAGAUGCAGCAGAGAAACCCCAUACACAAGUGCUACUUUGGUGGUAUUAAAGCCCUCUUAUAUGUCCUUAGAAUUUCAUCUGAAUGCCUCAAGCCCAAAGUACAAUAUUUGAGUGAUGGGUUUAGUCAUUUAAUAGUUCCAAGAGUGGAGUGUGGCAUUCUUUAGCAACAAAGAAAUUUAAGUAACAGCUUGCUGCAAAAAAGUUCUCUCACAACAAGACAAAAAAAAUUGUAACCUUGAAAAAGAGCUUUUACAUGUGGCCACUGACAGUGUCUUCAGCUUUUUGUUUGCCACCAUUCCUGAAAAAAAAAAAAAAUUAAAAGAUUAUUUAUUUCCCUCAGUAAAUUGAUUUGAUUGAUUUUGGACUGCAUUUUUUUUUGAAGUUUUUUUUUUAAACGCCAUUGCUGCCAUCAUACCCAAAAGCCUUUGGGAGCCAAGGACUGUGCCAAAGUUGACACGAACUAAAAGUUCCUCACGGGAGCUUUAACAUGUUUUCACACCUGAAAGUCUGGACUAAGGUCUGUGUUUUUGUUUCAUUGUAUACAUUUGGUUAAGUCUCUUUAGGUUUUACACUGUCAUUACUUCAAACAGACUAACAAAAUUUAUAUGACGAACCUACGUGGUAACAUUGUGAGCUAAGUGUUUUGCUUGUCUCUGUAGUUUACAGCGAUCGGUCAUUUGACGUCAACAGGUUAAAUAGCGGGUCUUGAAUGUUGUAAACUUGAAUGAUAUUGUCGUUCUCUCUAUCAUAUUAUUGUAGAUUUUGUAUUACUCAUGGUGACAACUUGAAGAGCUGUACAUGAGGCUGAUCGGAGCCUAUUAUUAGACGGCAACUUCAUCAUCGUCGUCAGGAACGACUAAGAAAGUAUGCAAUCCUGUGAGCCACACCGAAUCUGUGUGAAAGUCUGUGUAGUUAAUCUUUUGAUAAGAUAAGCUGUCAAUAGUGAGGUAUAACUUGUUCUAUCAUACUACAAAAUUUCCUGUUCUUGGAUAAUCUCCAUUCAACAUAAUAUCAGACACUUCUACUCCUCAUGUCAUUUCCUGUCGUUGAAAUGAAGGUCUGAACCUUUCAAAAUAAUGCUUUCACGCUGGGCAUGAACCAGACUAGGGUUAUGUUUGGUCCAGACCAAGGUCCAGGGGAGGUUUCAUUUGUUUUGGACCAAACAGGAAAAUCCAAAAGUCCAGACCAAACGAUGUUGGGUGAAAGCUCCCUAAAAUUUCAAAAUCUUAGUAUUGAGUACAUUUUCUUAAUAUGGCCUCAGUACUCUGACAAAUAUCACCUGAUUUAGGGGUGUCUGUCUUCUUUAACAAUGUCUCUUUCACUCAUCUUCCUGUGUCUUUUAAUAUUCAUUUCCAUUUCUGCUUUUUUUCCUCUUAUCAUCUUAUCUGGAGACUGGUCGGACAUGUACCAUGUACAUUAAGUUUAUUGCUCACCAAGUAUAUUUAACUGAAACGGAAGUUUUUGUCACAGUGUCAACAGGCAGAAUUAAAAUGUGCAGGUACCUUUUUCCUUGGAAUGAUUUGAUAUGAUGUGUAUGAUCUGCUUGUGUCUGGGAUUGCCAUUUUCAGGGGAUGCUGACCAUCUUAAUUAAGUAUUUUACAGAACUAGGCAAAAACAAAGUCAGUAAUGAUAAAGGUUGGAGGCUUUUAGUGUUGCCCUGAGCAGACUUCACAUGUCUUGAAGAGGGUGCGGUUUCAAAGUGACAAAUGUAGGGUAAAUUUUCCCUAAUUAGAUGAAGCGAUUGUGUUAGAAAGAUUACCACACACAAAUCAAGAUAGAGACCUGAAAGAAGAAUUAGGUUGAAACUGUAAACCAUGUUUUAGGCAGAGUGUUUGAGUGUGUGCUGCUUUUUUUUCAACCAUCCUUUCUUUAAACUCUCUUAAAAGUGAAUUAACAUUGUAGAAAGGCACCUUUAAAGGCUUCAAACCUCCCAUAGUGCACUUUUUUUUUCUCUACUGCCAAGAAACUCACUCCAUACAGUAAGCACCAGCCAACACUUCAUUCAAACAGCGCUUCACUGCUGAGAAUAUUGAAAUGACUAGUCCUUGACCAUAAACUGCUUGUUGAAAAGUUGUUUUCUGAAACAAAUACUGGUACUAUAUAAAAAAAAAUAAACAUUGACGUCCUAGUACCUGCACAUGAACGUUUGGAGCUGAGGUGUCACUUUAACUGAAGAGCACUCUACGUACAGAAAGAGAAUCAACAAAUGACACCAAGCUGUAUCAAAGAAAUCACUUAACUGAGAUGAAAGUUCAAACAAACAGGUAAGGUUAUCUCCUAUCUCCCCUGCUGACAUUCAGAUAUUUCAGUGUUUUUUUGGAAUGAUUUUGUUCAUCAUUAUAAUGUCACUCUUUGAUGAUAAAGUUUGUCAUACUCUUUCUCUUCUCAAUGCUGAAUUUUUACACCCUGGAGUCAACCUUUACAGCACUUCCUGAAGGAACCACGUAGUGAAACUCCCCUGCUGUUUGAGCUCGCAGUCAUUUUUAGAGCAGGUCUUUGGCAGGCGGCAGAGAGGUGAAGCUCUUGGCUCCGUUUUCAGCCAUACUGAGUUAAUCACAUCCGUGCAAACCUUUUGUCACUGUGUGCAUGUCUGUUGGUUCGUACAAUGAUUACUCAUGUUCACACAUAAGCUGACUCUAUAUGUGGCUUCACUGACAAUACUACCUUUGCUUCUGUGUGUUUGUGUGUAUGUGUUUGAAUGUGCGGCUGUUUGUUCUUCCAUGUGUAUGUGUGUGUGUGUUUGUGCACGAGUGGGAGUGGAUUUGGCCCUCGCUCCUUCGUGAUUGUGACUUUAUUAAAGGUGUUUGUUCUGUGGGAUGGCAGAGACACAGAAGAAGCUAAAAUGGAAAGCACAUAAUCUGCAUAUUAUACACAUCAUGUGUCAAAAUAUAGAAGAGUGAUUUAUGCGACAAUCCCUACCCAUGACAUUUGGCUGCUUUAUGGUAUCAGAAUGUAAUGAUAAAUAUCAUUUAUUAUAAGCACAGCAUAAAAUUACCACAAGCUAGUCGCCAAAUGUUGCUGAAUGGAGGAUUUGGUGUUUAUCUCUCUAUUCUUUCAUUCCAGGGAACAUUGUAAAAAUAACCAGUGAGACAUAGGAUAUUAAGCCCUGAAAAGGUUUGAAAAUACUGGAAUGGGGGAAAACUGGUUUGAAGAACUGCAGAAACUGACCAACUUUUACUAAUCAUGUGGGUAAAUUAGCACUAAUUGUUAAAAAUAAGUUUAUGUAUUGAUCGAAGUUGCACAUUUUCUUUUAUCUACUCCUGAUUGAAAAUGAGUACUAUUGUAAUGGCUGCUGUUAGAAAGGGAUACUUUACACUUCUAUGUUUUUGUGUAGUCUUUAAUCUGAGUUGACUUCUAAAAAUGUCAACAAAAAGGAGAAGAUAAAAAAAAUUGCUGGUUCUGGUGGCAGUAGAUCAAUAACUUCAGAGUUCUAAAAAGUACAGGUGCAAGUACUUUUAUAUAGUUUUUGGAUUUUUGUCCUCUCAGUUGACAGAACAAAGAGGUUGUUAAACUACACCUACUGUUUGUGUGCAAUUGUUGAUCUGAGCUUACCUUUAAGAAGACAAAAAACACCAACCUAGCAAACUCACUCAGACCAACAUCUCCAGUAUUUAUCUCCAGUAUCUCCAGUAAAGUAUUUGACAAUAUUUACCAGAUUGACCCAAAUGUAAGACAUAUUUAUAGCCGCAACAUACUGUAAAAUCCACCCUCUUGGUUAAGUUUUGAACCAAGUGGGUGGAUUUUACUUGACCCUUCAGCAGUGAACUGAAGAACUGAUUCUUACAAUUUUAUUUGAAAGAUAUUAAAAACAUCAUCUUACCUUGUUGUAUAGGUCUGUAUUUAAACUAUUGUGUCUUCUUACUUGCAGACUAUAGGAGUUAAAAAGCUACCUGUGGCUUACACAGUGUGUUAUUUGUUGUUUUUUGUUCAGAGCUAACUCUUAAGUGAAGAAGGCACAUGAAAACAAACAAAAACUAAAUAAGAAAGUACUCAUUGAGGUAACAGUGUACAUAUAACUCAAUUGUGCUUAAAACUACUUUGCUGUUCAGUUUAAUGUUUUUUUUUCUUCUUACAAGAGUUGCUGUUCUACCCCUGCCUGUACCAGUCAUUUGUAUAUUUGUUCUAUGUUAUUUUUCAUCUGAGCUGACACUUCAAAAGACAAAUCACGCAAAAAAAAAGGCGAUCAACCUCUGCCUUUACCAGAUACUUUUUGUAUUGUUAUUUCUGAUUCAAGAUGGUCCUCCUAAAGAUUAAAGUCAACUAACAAGUUAUUUAUUUAUUUAUUUUUUAUCAGUUGAUUCUGGUGGCUUCGGUAGGAGAGUAAUGUCAAAGCAGUUUUUGACUCAAAUUAAAUAUACAACUUUAAAGAAGUUCCGCCACUAAAGUUAACUUUCUUCAGUUUAGCUCAACAGAUUUAAAACUCCAUAUAAAGCCUGUCAAUGGUGAGAAUAAACCUUUUUAGCAGACAUGUUUUGAUCAGACACAUUUUACCAAAAUGAUAACGCUGCAUACAUUACAGACUUCUUCAGAGUUGCCAGCUGGAGAAGUUUACAAAGGCAGCUCAAAACUUUUAGUACCCAAUUAUAUCUAUUUAGAGAUAUCCCAAAAUAUGCAAAAAUAGAGAAAAGCUUGGAAAAACAUGAAUUUUUCCAUAAUUUUCUCCAAUUUUCUUGUAGCUCUGAAAAUAUAUUUCAGAAUCAUUCUGGAAAAGGUUACCCAGGAUGUCAACUCUCGUCUUAAGUGACUGCAUAGUGCGUCCAGGCUUAAAACUGUUGGCCAGACAAUUUUUCAUUUGUUUGGUUAAAAAAGAAAAAAAACUACCAAUCCUCAAUGACUUUAUGUAGAUAAUUACUUUAGAAAAGGAGGAAACAUAUGAUGAAAGGGUAUUUCAAAACAAUACAGUCCAACCAAGUUAUCUGAAGUGACAUUUCAAAACCUCUUUCCAAACUGAGAAAACUGAAGCAUGGGUCUAUUAGAAGAGGGUGAGUUAACUCUGUCUGUGAAAACACUGAUGGUGCUCUUAAAUGUGUCUCACGGUCACUUUAUAUUGGUAAAAACUCAUACUUUUCCUCAUCAAGCAUCGUAAAAAGUUCCUUCUCUCCCUGUGUCUGACCUGAUCACACACCUGAGUGAGAUUUCACCCACCCUGACAUGUACCCUGCUUUUCAAACCCUCUCUCUAUGGUUACCUCCGGGCCUCCUGCCAUACACCUCACAUGCUGGACGCUCAGGAAUGAUGGCAUGUAAUUGAGCUGCUGUAAUUUGUAGUGAUUGACCCAGAGGGCUGGCUAUUAGCAAUUGUCAGCUCUAAUGAUAGAUCCCUUUAGCAUUACAGUGCCACGGCCGUCCCCGGUGUCCGCACCCGCUUAACUUGUUAUUUAUAGAUCAUGUCAGGCCUGUAAUAAACAUAAAGCAUAAAACUGCAGCUAAUGUGCUGCUAAUGAAAUCUGGACAUGAGCAACUUUAUGAAUUGAAAUAAUUCACAUGACUGUUCCAGCGGCACUGGAAAGGUUAGCAGUGAGUGUGUGUUGUAUCUGUGUGUGUGUGUGUGUGUGUGUGUGUGUGUACAUUUCAGAGGUGCUGCCUUGCUCAUUUGCAGGGUGCAAAUGCUCUGUAUAUUGCAGCCAACAUGAAUGAAGUGCACUGUGCUGAAGAGUUUGUGUGCCUUUGGAUAAGUGGUUGGAAAAUACUAUAUUCAGUCUUUUUUAUGACCUCCAUGCUCUUCACCUGCAGUGUGUUGCAAUGUAGCCAUGCUGGAUCCUUGAAACCUUCUCUUUCAGGUCCUUGUUGCUUUUCUGCUCCAAAAACCUCAUCUAUUUAAAGCCCAGUACUUCAGGGCUUUUAUGGCUGGUACCUGGUUUAUAUGCAAAAUCUUGCACCUUCACAUUAAAAAAAAAAAAUAAAUAAAUAAAAAUAAAAGGAAAUCCAGAAGCACUUUUGCUUACUUAAACAAACAACAAAAUCUAUUAUGACACUUUUCCAAUUUGAAGCUUUUGCACAACAUUGCUGAGAAAACUCUGAGAGUCUUUUCUGCAAAGCCAGAUGAAAAUUUAGAUUUGAAUUGAUCAACUUCUUGGUCAACAACAAUGGCAGAGGGAGACGAACUGAAGCCUGCACUCACCAAAAGAUUUUUAAAAACGUUUACAGUUUUGAAAAGCUCAGGUCUCAACAUGAGAUGACAAAUGAUGACAGAUUUUACAGUUUUGUUCCUUCAAACCAACAUUGCGCAGUAGCAUUGUACGCAUUCGGCGGGAGAGUAGCUGUGAUGACGCUCAGCUCAAACAGCUACUCUCCCGGUGAGCUACACAAUCUUCAUACGCCCAUAGGCUGUAUCAAGUGUCAAUCAUAGAAAACAUGAACCCCCUAAUAACCUUUUAAAAUAGAGCUGUACAGAAAAAAGAGGACUUGAGCACAAACCAGUCUUACAGUCACUACAUUUCAACAUCGUAAGCAGGGGGGAGAAAAAAAAAUAUUCUGUGUAAUAAGUUUGUCCACAACUCCAUAAGGGUGGCUGGAGGAGGCGGGACUUAUGAGCUAUACUGCAGCCAGUCACCAGAGGGUGCUUUUCUCUUGGUGGCUUCACCUUGCUAGGAGGCAGACAGCGUCCAUUCUAUAUACAGUCUAUGACCUCACAUCACACAUUAGGACCUUUUUCACCAGCAAGCAGAGUCCCGACUCUCACCACUGGAAAGUCUCUCGUGGUCAAACGUGGUUUUAAAGUAAACAAACAUGGCAGAAUGUGGGAGUCGCUACCUGCUUAACACUUUGGCACUUUUACUACAGUAGUAAUUUUAUUUUAAUGCCUGUCCCCAUCACCUGGGUGUAAGUACGCUUCAUGAAACAUGUUGAAACGCUGUUUACACACUUGUGUCAUCACAAUGUAUUAACGCUUGUGUUCAUUUAUUCUUAAAUCCAUCUCAGAUUAUCCCUUGCAUUUACUGUCGUUGACAUGGCUGCAAUUGUUUGCCUUCUUGUUCAGUCAGCUGCUUUCAGAUUCUUUUGGUAUCGUUUUGGCGCCAUUUCUGUCAGUUGUUUUAGUUUUUUUUACUUAAGAUUAUAUUGAAAGCCAAAAUGAAAAAUAAUAAUAAUAAUGAAACAUACGGAGCAUUUUAAAACAGACCUAAUGGUUAUCACUAACAGACAUGUUUGUACAUACAGUACUGGCGACAACUCCCUUUAAGCUAAACAAGAAUAAAUGCGACGUGAGAAGCUCUCUAGAAUAGAAGUCUAGUGCUCAGCCAACACACACACACUCACACACAUGCAUAUUUUUUUAAAGGUACCAUUAGUGCUUUAAGUCUUCAGAUUUGAAAUGUUGUCCUGAACACUCAGACUUCUUCUGUUAAAAGAAAAUCAUUCCGCUCUGGUUAAUCUUGUGCUUGGACUAGAUGUAAUUGCAUCAUAUGAACUUGGUUUUUCGUGGACAUACAUGAUCUUAAAUCUUACACAUUGUGUGUUGUUUGAAUUUCUAAAUAUGAAAUUAUCCAAAAAGAAAAAAAAAAAUCCCACACUCAAUCCCACAGAUAAAGCUCAGUUUUCUCAGUGGAAGUUAAAGCAAAGACACAACAUGUCUCCUGAGCAGUUCAUCCAUCCAUGAGCUGUGUUCAAGGUGAGCGUGCUCUCUGGCGGUCUGUGUAUUUGAGCGUGUUCGGAUGUUGUUCAGAUCGCUGUAUUUUUCCAGCCUGCACCGUAAAAGCUGCUUGUUUGAGCUGUUGUCCACGCCGUCGCGUAUUUACUCUUUGUGGCUGUGUUUGCGCACACAUGCAUUCACUUGUGUGUCCGUGCAUGAGUGUGUGUGUUUGUGUGCGUGUGUGUGUGUAAAUCUCCUGCUGCCUCGUCCCCCCACCCCAUCUUAUUGCUUUCUUGAAAUCCUCUUGAUUCGCCCAGUCCCUGAGGCUAGAGCCCCAUACACAGCAGAUGUUCCACUGAAAAGGCCAUGAAUGUUUAAUCAUUUGUGUUAUUGAUGCCGCCUUUUUGUUUGUUAGCAAGUGUGAGCGACUCUUUAGGGUCUUAUGUGUCUAUUUUUGCAUGUUAUGCAUCCGUUUAUGUGUGUGCAUGUGGCAAAAAGAGGGAUCUGAGAAAAUUCAAAACCAUCAGUCUUUUUAAUUUCUUUUUGAAAGAAAUCUCUUUUACCUCACAUGCCCUGCAAUGAAUGCAUAAUGAAGUCUAUUAAAAAAUUUUAUUUGGGCUCAUUAUUGAGUGUGCUGUGUCAAAUAUCACAUCAACGCACUCUCACAAAACAGGACUAUCUUUUUUUUUUUUUUUUUUUGUCAAACAGAAAGUUAAACCCUACCUCUGAUCAUGGAUGAACAAACUGGGCUCCGUCUCUAAACUGUGAUUUGUUGGACUUAAAGCUGCUGUUUUAGUAUUUGAGCUGACAGCCAGAUUUGAUCAUAAUUAGACAGCAUGCCGUGGGCUUUGAUUGGCACGGUAAUUGGAUUGUCAUUGGGGCUGAAAAGCUAUUAUCUUAGGAUCAUGCCCCAUGAAAUUUGUUGGAAAAACUUCUGUGGCCGUCAUUAAGUCGGCCAUCUUGGGGGCCUUCGCAAAUGAGCUUUUUUUUUUUUUUUGUGCAAGAAGAGAGAGCGAGAAGAAGGGAGGAGGAAAAAAAAUAAAAAGGUACCUGUGCACCACUGGGACCCUUAGAUCCUUCGAAUCGCGGUGAAGACAAUCUGGGCUCUAUUGAUUAAUGAUAUUAGCAUAGCAGGUAGCGCUAAGUCGAAAAGCGGCGUGCUGGGUUAUUGCCCAUCGCUCUCGCCCACUCGCCAGUAACAGGGGUGGGGGUGAGCGGGGUGAGGAGGGGGAAGGGGGGGCGGGAAGUAAAGGAAUGGGAUAAUGAGAGAGAGGUGAGCCUGGAAGGAGUGAAAGGGAGGGGAGCGAUGAGAGGAAAAGGGGAAACUGCGGGGUGGCUUUUCAUUUGCAAUUGUUUAUGUAAAGUAUCAGGUGCGAUGCCCAUUUUAGGGGAAUAAGUAGCAAUACGAGGUAAUGAAAAUGAGAGCGGAGAUGGGGAAGUGAAAUAGGUAGAAUUCCUCAAAGCCAUUAGGCAAUUAAGUCGACUCACACACCUCUGAAAGCUGAAAAACACCAGCAGAGAAGCCUGAACUCUGAGUUUCCCUCUUUUUCUGUUUGAUUCUUUGCACUCCAGGAGUCACGAGUCAAAGUAAGAGCCCCUCAAAUACCCCCAGAUACGGUCAUUAGACAUUUUACUCUACGGGCCAGGCACAGGAGGCCAAGUGUUUACUUUUUCAAUUAAAACUACAAGAGAUUAAGGAAAAAAAAAUCAACAUAAUCAGAUUAACAGGCUUUAAGAUGUAGGACAAAUACAUGUUUUUUAGAGUAACUUAUUUGCCACUCAGGGCGAAUACGUUUUGAUCCGUCACAUAUAUUAAAAUGUUCACAUGUAUAUUUCUGCAGUUUAGGACACAAAUGUAUGUUUUUCGAGAGACACUUAUGUGACAUUGUUUAAGAAAGCUGGCUAGUUUUACUUUAGCUAUGGUUAGGUUAGAUUGUGUAAUGUUCAGUUUAAAUUAUAUCAAGCUGCGUUAAUUUUCAAGCUGGUAAUGUGAGUUUAUGCAUCUCUCAGUAAAUUCCCACCCCUCCAAUCACGAAGCCCCCCUGAUAAACUUUAGGAUCAUAAACACAUCCUUCAUUGAAGCAGCAGCAAACUCUGGUCCUCUAAAGAUUCAUAAAGGACUCCUCAGUAUAGAGAGAGAGGAUGUAGACAAGAUAGAUUUUAACGCCGCUAAAUUACAAAAUUGGAAAUUACUUGCAGACUUCUGCGAAGCUCACACGUCACUUUGGAGUAAACUAGGAUCCAAACCAAGAUAAUGUUAUGUAUUUAUUCGACAACUAUGUCAUCAGGAACAUGGAUGGUUUUCAUACAACCAACUGUUUUUUUUCAAUAGAGCCUGAUGGCGGUACAGUCCUAAAGAUGGCAGCAACAACCAGGAGAGUCACAUGAUUGAUACCCAGUUGCUGUUCAAGCACCAUUAUUCUACUCCUGUUAUAAGUCAACAGACACUAUAGACACUAAAUGGACGCUAUUUGGCUGUCGGUCCAGCAGAGUUGCCAUCUCUUUUGACUUGUAAUGCCAAACUUGUAUUGAUACACUUAAAGCUACAGUGUGUAGAAAGGGGAAUAUUGAGUCAGUGUUGUUUUCGUCAGGCAGGACGAAAACUUAAAUGACGACGUCAGACCCCUUUUUUCCUUGACGAAAAUGAGACUAAGACGAACGUCACCAAAGCUCUGUAAAGACUAAAAUGUGACGAAAAUUGUAUUCAUUUUCGUCAGACGAGAACGAGACGAGACUAAAUUGUUAUUAGGUGGACAAACAAAGUUUCAAAACAUGCUUUUUUUUGUCCUAACAGUCACGCCCCCAUCACACACGCACCAAAAGCCUCGCUCGCGCACAGCUGCGCGCACACACUCAUUCACUUACACAUAGCGGCAGGUGGACGAGGCGCGCACACACACACACCGUGGCGGCAGGCACAGCAGCGGUGCCCGGUGGCCGAAAAAAGAGGGAUGAUUUUUGGUCCUACUUCAGAUACAGUUCAAGUGACAAUAAAAUAAAAGUGACAAUAAAACACGGGACAGGGAGACGAGACAGACGACAGUUGUGGAGCCACAGCUUCCUCAUGCUUCAAACUGUCGGGAAAGAACACCACGAACCUCAAAAGGCACCUUUACGUCGACUAAAACUAGACGAAAACCUUUUGAGUUUUCCUCGGACUAAAACUAGACGAAAACUAUCAAGGAUAGAAAUGACUAAAAUGGGACUAAAACGAAGAAGCAUUUCGUCAAAAUGACUAAGACUAAAACUAAAUCUAAAAUGCCUGCCAAAAACAACACUGUAUUGAGUGAUGUCCAGCAGUCAGAUUUUAGAUUGUGGAUCCUUCUUGCUCUCCCUUCAUGUCUAUAAGUCGUUUUUGAUCUUUGUUGACAAGAAGCUCUUGUGAUACAUGACAAGUAUGAUUCUACAUUUGGAAAGUUUUACUCUAUCAGCACUAACUUGUUGCCACUCUUCAAACAAAAACUCUGUGGAGGGGGACUUACCCUCAUUCCAAGUUCACAAUAACAAAACAGUUCUGAUAUCCAGGUGAUUAUAUACAAAUUUAAACUAGCCCAUGAAUAUAAUAUACCAUUUCCAUCAAGUCUGCUCUGCUUAAUGGUGUUAGAAACUACACACCGGGCCUUUAAAUACUUUAAUUGCCAACUGGGGACAUGCUUGUGGAGAGUUGAAACCUCUGGGAGGACUUCUACAGUACUGUCAACGCGCCGUCUUUCAUUUUAUUGUUAUUUAUUUUUUAAUCAACUGAAAAUGAACCCAGAGUCACAAGCUAAAUAAAAUGAACAACAGCACCCUCGCUUUUCUGUGUGUGUGUUUGUGUUUGUGUGUGUGUGCAUAUGCUCCUGUCUGCACGCCUCAGGCUAACAGCCCCCAAAUUGACAGUCCCACCCCUCAAGGCCAAUUCCAGUGUUGUUAACCCUCGGGGGGCCAAGAGGUGACUACUUGGCAGAACUUACUCUCAGCUCCCUCGCAGAAAAAUGAUGACAGUAAUACACUCAAAUACUACAGUGUGUCAUGCAUUAGGGAGCAUUAUGUUAUGGUUUUUCUGACAUAAAACAGAGGGAGACUCUGUUUGUGUGUGCGUGCGUGCUUUGCAAAUGCACUGCCUCUGGUUUAUGAUACAACACAGUAUUUUGCAUACAUGAAUGUGUGGUUUAUGCAAGAUAAGAGAUGUAGCUGUACAUCAUAUAUGAAAGGUGUAAUACGGCAGGGAAAUGUUUUGUUGUGUUGAUAGCAGCUCCCUCCGUGUCCUCUCUCUCUUUCUUUGUGUCUGUGGGUGAAAGUUUCUGUGCAGGCACUGUUGAUCAUGGCCUAUCAAGUGUCAUCUGAUUUGCAUUCAGUGGACGCGUCAUUAUUCACAACAUUUGAUGUCCACAAAAACACAUUAGACCUCUCUGUUUCGGAGCCGAGUGGCGUUGGCCGCGACCGCCCAGACAUCAUUUGUGCACCCAAAUAGUCCAAAUGUAAAUUGAUAUGUAAGAAAAUGCCCCAUUAACUUUUUCAUUAAUGGUUAUAAUGCAUUCUGAGUGUCAUCCGCAGGGCGGUGCGCUUCCCUGAGCAAGUCCGCGCACACAUAUGGCACACACACACAAACAGCACAGAGCCACACAGAGAGGUUCAGACUCAGGCGUGCAAAUACACAACUCCACAGCUCCACUGUACACAGGAAAUACUGCAGCACACUGAAUAAGAAUGAUGUGUAAACUUCACCUACAUUCAACCAUCGAUGUUGUGUAUGAUUUAAACCUAAAAAGCAUCAAAUGAUUGUUUUUAUUCUGUCUGAUUUUGAUUAGACCUUUACCGAUCUUUACUGACAGAUGCAUUCACAGCUGUUUGAACAGACACUUUGGAGCUCUGGUUGGCUUUAUUGUUGAACUAUUUAACAGUGCUGUGACAGACAUUUCUGAGUGCAAAGUCCCCCACUGUUAAUGCACACAUAUACAACAGAUUUUUACAUCAAGAGGCUGAUGCAAAAUGCAGUUUCAGCUAUGUGCUCUGUCUAAAUGCACUUAACAAAAGCAGGAGGUAUAUUUGCUCAGGUCACCAUUGGCUUGCAUGGCUUUCUCUCAGUAUUUGCAUUUCUGAUAGCCCUCGUGUUAAACUUAAUCUUAAAUGAAAUGUCAUUUGUCUCUCCCUCCUCAAUCCUUGUAGAUACACUUGAGAACAUAUUAUCACGCCCUGUGCAAUGUUCCUGCAAAAUGCAGCCCCUAAACUCAAACCCAGCUCAUGUUUUUUUAUCUUAAUUACAGUAAGAAUAUGUGAAAUGUUUUAUCAGCUCUCAUAAACCACAUUCACCUGACAAAUCAAGGUGAACAUCUAGUUUAAAGAUAUAGCCAGCAGAAAUAAGUCUUGUAUUGCUUGUCACAAGUUAAAAUAAUCACCAAUGGGGCAAUGGGUUCUGAUAAUUAUUAUGAAUCAACUCAAAAAUAUGCAGGCUGAAGUUGAAGCUUACUUUGCCCACGUUUAUUAAUAUAACAGUGAGCAUGGGCAAACCUGUCCCACUGAGCCUUUUUUGGUCUAAAGAGGUCUAAUAGACGUCUAAAUGUAGCCUAGAUGACUGGUCUAAAAUCAGGCUACCACAGGUCUAAAAAUAAAAGUUUUUUUGACGUCUAAAUUUAGACCAAGUUUAGACCAAGUCUUAAUAUGGGCUAUGUUUUUAUUACACUGUAUAUUGCUUAACAGCUAUCAUAAUUAUUUUGGUUCAGUACUUGGAGAUCAGUUCUGAAACUCACAGUUACUUUUUGAAAUAAAUAGUUAUCCAAUGAUGGAUUAAAGUGCAACUUCUAAAUUCCGUCUAAAAAAGAAAAAAAAAACAGAAUCUAGACGGUUGAAAUUUAAAAAAACUAGACGUCUAAUAGCCGUCUAUUGCUCAAUGGGGUACUACUUAGUCAACAACAUUUUAAUGACUUUUCUAACAAUUCACGCCAAAACAACGGGCAAACAAAAUUAAAACAAAGUCCUGAAAACAUUUCCUACUGAUCUACACCGUAGCUGGAAAAUCAUUUUAAAAAUCAAGAUAGGGCUAUACAAAGCAACUUCGUACAAAGCAGCUGUCAUCAUCGAUAAGACUGCAGAAUUCAAAUUCAUUUCAGCAGGAUGACAUCUCUGCUAAUGGACUAACUGUGUUGUUUUUUUUUUGUUGUUUUUUUCAGAAAUGUGCCCACUCCCCAACCAGUCUCAUGGAGGAUGCUGCCCUGAAGACCAUG